GGGGGGGGAGCUGCUGCUGGCAGACGCAGUCAAGUCAAUGGGGAUUAUCCUCUCUCUCUCUCUCUCUCUCUCUCUCUCUCUCUCCUGGCGCGCGCUGCCUCUCCGCCCUCCUUCCCCGCCUCGCCUCAUCUUAGCGGGCGAUGGUGAGGAAACGGAGGUUUCAGCAGCGGGGUCUUUUCUGGGGGUAGUUUCAGUGGCUGUGGAGAAGUAGUUGCCCAAGAGUGAGGGGGGGCGCUUUACCCGCCCCCCCAAAGAAGAAAGGUCAGUGAACUAAAAUGGAGGCUCCGUCGGAGAAGGUCUUGGGGAGCGGCGUGGUCCCGACUCCCGAGGCGGUCCGCUCCUCAGUGCAAAAGUCCUGCGAAUCACCUUUUCGAAAGCUCACCUACGUGCCCUGCUCUCUUGCAAGGGGCUCAAGGCAGCCUCCGUGCCGCCAGCCGCCUUCCUCACCACAAUAACCCGGUGAGGUAGGACAGGCUGAGAGAGGGAGGCUGGCCUGAGGCCGCCCAGAAGGGAUUGAAAGCGGUGUCUUGGCGGGCAUCGCCUUCCUUGGCGCUGUAACCACCGUAGCCCAGGCUGGGUCUCAAACGGGAUGGGGAUAUGUUUGUGGGCAUCGAUCAAGCUGGAGUUUCUGAGCCCUGCAGCGCUUUGUUUCUGCCUCUGGUCCUCCUUCCUUUCGGUUGUCACUUUCCGCUGUAGAUUUCCCUCACACAUGUUCUUAAUUCGGGAGGCAAUAUGCUUACAGUAUUUGGCUAUGGCAGCUGAUCUGAAUGAAGCAGAAACUGGAUAAGAAUAAAGAUGUGAUAAUAUGGAGUAAGAAGGGGGACAUUAGCUAUGAGUACUUGUGCAUGAAAGAACGGAAAGGUCCACUCUUUUUAAUUCUGAGAAUAACUAAAGCAUGCCAUUCCUUCACCCUGGCAGCAACACAUUACAGGAAUGCAUUCCCUAGUUCAUAUUUUGAGGACAUAAGGUUCCCAACUACUCUCUUAUUGAUCAUCUGCAGUGUGCUAGUUGCUGCUGCCAGAUACAGUUCAUAUCUCUGUCCAAGGUUUUCCAGCACACUUUCUGCUUGCAGGAAAGCAGGUAGCUUUGGGGAUAUUGGUCUCCUGUUUCUUACGGGCUUUCAAUUAAAAACAACACACUUUUGAGUGGAUGGUCAAACAAAGCAAUGCUAUAAAAAUGGCCCCUGUAAUUGGAGGCAUAUUCUUUGUGGGAGGGACUGAGAUUGUGUGUGUGUUUAUCCCUGGAGAUGCAAGGGAUUGAACCACUACAUACAUAGUGGACGCUCCAUCACUGAGCUAUGGCCCUCCACGAGUGGUUUUCUUACACAGCAAUGCUGACCUCAAGAUUUAUGGGAUAUAUCUUCCAGCACACCAGGGGUUGUACAUCGACCAAUCUCUGAAGGCUGAAAAGGAUUAUGAUUGGAUCAACUGGCAAUAGUUAUAAAUUCUGUAUAGGAUAGUAGUCCUGUGCCUUCACGAGGUCAGUGGUAGAACAUCUGCUUUGCAUACAGAAGGUUUCAAGUUCAAUCUCUGGCAUCUCCAGAUAAGGGUGAGAGAGACUCCUGCCUGAAACCUUUGGGAGCUGCUGCUAGUCAGUGCAGGCAAUACUGUGAUAGGUGAACCAAUGGUCUGACUCAGUAUAUGGAGGCAUCUUAUGUUCCUAACAGAAAAGGGAAUUUCAGCAUAUGCAGGUUUUUCUACUAUACUGUGAUGGGAGGAAGUGCACUGUUUGGAAUACUUCUUUUUAUAAGGUUUAGGAGCCCUGUUUUUUAUUGAAGCAGGGUGUUCUUUUUGUGAAUGCAUUUCAGUAAGAGCCAAAAGCAAUUGUCUCAGCAGAAUAGUUGAAACGGAGUGGGUCUGUUCAAAAACCAUGAAAGCCAGCUUUUGGUGAUUAGGCUCUAGUAUCCCUGCUGUUCCAUUAGUUUGGUGGUUUUCAAUGUUCCUGUGUUUGAGAAACCCCUUUCCCAUUUAUUUAUUUUUGCUGGUGAGCCCUUGUGUGUUACAGUAGAUUUUGGAAAGUGGGGCACAGAUUUCUCCUUAGGCUUGCUUCACUCAUGGAACAGAAAGGGGUGCUAGAAAUUGUAUUUUAUCACUUCAGACUGCAGGUGGGGUUGCCAUUUUUUAUGCUCCUGCGUGUAAAAUGUUCCCUGCAAGAAGAACACCAGCAUGUUGAGAAGAAAGGGACUACUAUCUACCACAACAUUUUUGUCUGCUACUUUAGCUUUUAACUGUGGAGCAUUCAAAACUUUGUUGCCCAACCUCCAGUCUGAAGUGGUAUAAUCCAUUCUGCUACAUCAGAACUCAUACCCCCUCAGUCACAGACUAUUGAGUGGUAUUCAGCUAAGUUUUACUUAGAAUAGAACCACUGAAAUGAAUUAACAUGAUUAAGACCUGUCCAUUAAUUUCAAUAGGUCUACUCUGAGUGAAAUGUAAUUGACUAUUACUACUGUACUUUGUUAAAUGGGAUGCGGGUGGCACUGUGGGUUAAACCACAGAGCGUAGGGCUUGCCGAUCAGAAGGUCGGCGGUUCGAAUCCCCGUGACGGGGUGAGCUCCCAUUGCUCGGUCCCUGCUCCUGCCAACCUAGCAGUUCGAAAGCACGUCAAAGUGCAAGUAAAUAGGUAUUGCUCCGGUGGGAAGGUAAACAGCGUUUCCGUGCGCUGCUCUGGUUCGCCAGAAGCGGCUUAGUCAUGUACGCCAACUCCCUCGGCCAGUAAAGUGAGAUGAGCACCGCAACCCCAGAGUCGUCCACAACUGGACCUAAUGAUCAGGGGUCCCUUUACCUUUACUGUACUUUGUGUUCUGAUGAUACACACAUGUACUGUAGCAGGCACCACCUGUUUUGAAAUGAUGUUUGCCAUGUUUGUUUUUAUAAUUUGUGUUUGUUUUUUAAAAUUACUUGUAUUUAAACCAUUUAAAAUCCUGAUUAAUCAGUAUGCCAUUUUAAUUAACAAAAGUUUUAAAAUUGAUUGAAGCUCUAGAAUAAAUGUGGAAGUAUGUGUGAUCUUUUCAGUUUUGUUUCUUGUCUUGGAAGAUGAGAGAGUAUUUUCAAUGAAGUAUAUGUUAGAAAGACAAUGGUUGUGGAAAUUGGUGUAAUUUUCAUGUUUUUAUUUUCGCAUUGAACUGUGAGUUUGGUAGUGUAUGAGCAUCAAAUGUGAUUUACUUCUGAUUAAAAUGUGCAAAUUUGUGGUUGCUAUGUAUGUUAUGGUUGCAUUUGUAAAUUUGUGGUUGCUGUUCUGUUCCUGCACAAGAGCUGCUGAGAACGUGAGGCUGUCUGUGUGUGCGCACGCACGUUUUGCUGAGCUUGGCAUAGUCAUGCUAGCACAUCUUUAAACCGACUAAAUUAAAUGACAUGUGUCUGCAGAAGUGAGCUAAUACUAUCACCAUGUCUUAUUUCUGCCUACUUAAUGCUCUCACAGAGAGUGGAAAUCUCCACUGCUGAAGAUGGGAAAGAACAUAUUCGUUUGACAUCCGGGUGUUCUGCCUUUAUACACCAUCCAUCUCCGUGUAUCUUUCUCCCCCUCUCUUUUAUAGGGCAGAUGGUUUACCCCAUGUAGUUUGCUUCAUUGAGACUUUGUUGGCAUGUCAAGCUGUACGAGGGCUGCCUCUGCUUCCAUCUCCUCCUCCUCCUCCUCCUGCUCUCUGUGUAUAUAUGGAGGGGUUUCCUCCGAAUAGUACAGCCCAGACAGAAGGUAGAAGGGAGAGGAUUGCUCUUCACCUGCUUAUCAGACGAGGUUCACCAUUACCCGGAAGUUCUUCCUUGUAAGGAGGUGGGGGUCUUUUUCCCCCUUGAUGCAGUAAGCAUCCCCCACCUCCUUUUUACUGCUUCCAUGGGGUUUGUUUGAGAGGAGUCCACAGAGAUGGAGAGAUGUCUCCCCGCGGGCGCUAGCCCAAACCUUACACAUUUGGGUAAGAAGGGGGUGGUCUAGGGAUGGUUUUUGUUCCCUAAAGGAUGGGUGGGUAGGAAGAAGAGAGAUCGCAAAAAGAGGAGGGGGUCUGGGCGGCUUUUGUGCAUGUGACUACAGUAUGUCUGGAUGAAUCGCCGUGCUGAGCACUGUUGGGAGUGUUGGUGGUUGGAGUAGAAAAUGGAUCCGGCCGGGGAUUUAUGUUAUUAUCUAAAGUACCAAUACUUAGAAAUUAAAUUAUUUGAAAUCAACACGACUUAGUUCCUAGAAAAUAUGUGCAGCCUUGAGGUAUCAAUUAGUCGUCGUCCCCCCCCCCCAGGCUGGGGGUGAUUUAAUCUGUGAGUGUUGUUUGGUGUUCAAAAGACAGGUGUGUGGGGGGUCACGAUGGAUGGAAUUUCUUUGUUGGGUGAGUCAUGUGCUCAAAAAUGAUGAGGCAGGGAGGAACGAUAGAGCUGGAAUUUUAUACUGAUAUUUUAUUUAGCAUGUGGAGGAAAGAGGCAGAGUACGUGUGUAUAGAAUUCCAAUGGACCAGAUAGGGGAAGAGAAGAAAGCCUCUUCUUAAAUUAUUUGUGGCUUUUACUCUCAUUGUUCCACAAUGUCCUAUUAACCACAUGCCUAAAAAACCCCUCUAUUUUCCCUUUUGUAUGUGGUUUCUAUUAUUGUUUGUUUGCAUCUACCCUCCUGUGUUGUGGUAUCAACCUCAUUCUGCGGGAUUUUUUUUUUAAAGACCUUUUGUGUGUGGCUGUGUAGUUCCUCCACCCCUAGGAAUUUUGCAGACUGGAUUCAUCAGUGGGGUUUUUUUUCCUCAUAGAGGGGAGAGUGUAUAUGUAGAUUGUGUUUGUUUUAAAAUAACUGUGGCUACAAUACUAAACGCACUUCCUGGGGGAAUAUCCUCCACAGGACAUCCUGGGACUUUCUUCUGAGUAAACAUGCACAGGAUUGUGCUGUUUGAGUAAUUUAGCUUUGUUGGUGAAAUAUUUCAAUUGGGAUGGGUGGGGGGUUUGAUCAGCGCUUCCAUCUGGGGCAUCUCUCCUUGUCUGAUCACCCAAAUUAAAUAUAUAGUUCCUUUGCUUUCCUUAGAUGGAUUUUUAUUAAUUGUUCUUCAGAACCAUUGCAGUUGUUUGUCUGUUUUGUACCUUAUAUCAUGUUAUUUUUUGAUACUUUAAUAUCCAGCUGCCUUUAGGUUGCAUUUGAAAUGAAAGUCAUAUAAUAGUAGGGACAAUAGGUUGGUGAGUGCUUUCUGCAUACUUUUGUUGUGCAUUAAAAAGUAUCAAUCAGACAAACCCAGGUUUCCUAGUUGUAUUAUGAAAUUUUGCUCAUGGUUUGAGACUGUAAAAAAAGGCAUUUAAAUAUAUCCUGCAGCUAUCUAGGUUCCUGGUUUAGUUCCUGUUGCCGGCAGAAAGGUAAGAACUUGGGAGCUGAGCAGCAGAUUUUAGUAUCUGGGUCAUGAAAGUGGAAAUAAAGUCCCCCAUGACUUGGAAUUUUGGCUUCUAGAUAUCCAUUUGUCUCAGAAAGGUGCAAUGCAUAGAUCAAGAUUCCAUUAAGCUGUUGUUGAUUUGGCAGUAUGGAAGGAUCUCUGGCAAUAGGGUGGUGGUGGUGGGGUCCCUAAGAAUGGGAAAGAAGGAAAAGAAAAGAAACAUAAUUUUUCUUCAUAGCAGAAUUCAAAAAUAAUAGGAAAAAUACAGUGCUUCAUCGCAGUUGUUGGUGUUUGAUGUUCUGGUUGGGUGCUGAGUUUCUUUGGGAGGGUGUUGCUGUUGCAGAAUGUUGUGAUUUAUUCACACCACUCAUCAGAAGGAGCCUCUGUCCCCUGUCCAUGAGUUUAUUGCUAGUGUCUGCAAUUAUGAUUUUUAAAAAAUACAAGGCUUCUUAGAACAGAACCUGAAAGCAGAAACAAUUCAGAUUAUUUUAAGUUACUGUUGAAAUGUACAUUUUAAAUAAAAGUCAUGUAGAGUUCCAACAGUUCUAAAAAAAAAAAAUAUAUUAGCCAGCUGUUAUUUGUGUGCGUAUCUUUCGGGAGCAUAGCAGACAGUUUUGACUUGUAGCUGAACCCAAACACUGCUGUUGGUCAAAGACCAAGACUCCUUAAAAGAGGUUGGGUCCCUUACUGAAUAGUUUAAGCAUCAGAGACUAUGCAUUUCAGCACUAGCCUGGUAGCCAUGGGCAACAAGGAAUUCCAUGUAGGUGAGUGAGAUGGAGUGCUUUGUCCCAUUUCUGCAGCCAGCAUAGAAACACAACAGACUGCAGAAGGGACCAAACUCAUCAUCACUCGUCAGCUAGCCCCAAGUAGGUUAGUAUAUAUUUCUCUUUUUUUGCAUUCUUAUAGCUUUGGUGGACUUCUUUACAAGGUUGUAUUAUUUUGUAGAGUUAACAACAAUAUUACCUAAUUUAGUAUUUUAUCCAUCUUUUUAAUUUGUUUGUGGGUGACUUUUAAAAAGUGGCAGCAAAUGUCUCCUAUUGAAGCAGUUAGAACAGGACCAGAAAGGGACCAGAGCUCCCUUUAUCAACCCUAUUAGGCUAGACAAGCUUGGAUUUUGUGUAAAAUUUAAGAGAACUGUUCUGUUUCUUGGACCUAGUAGUAAACCCUAACACUAGACUUUGUACCUCUCUCAAAAUAAGAGGUGGGCAUUCCUUCCCUCCAUAGGCAUGGUUAGUUCUGGACUUCUCCUUGAGUGUUGGGCAGGAGAUUGCUUUGAGAUUAUUGUUUUAGUUUUGUAUGCUGCCUUUUUGCUUCCUAUAGUCACUUCUCAAUAUCCAACAUGAUAUGGAUUCUUCCCUUUUUUAAUAUACCUGCCUUCUGAGCCAUAGUAGGUGAUGCUAGCAGUUUUUAUUUUGCCUAAAGGAGGAACAUUGAGUAAAAGAGACAGUCAAAGACUGAAUUGGAAAUAUAGGUAGUUCUGUGAACAUUGUGAUCAAAUAUGGAGGACCAAAUCACACUUCUGAUAGUACAGAUAGAGAAAGCAUUGCUUUUAAGUCAGGGUUCCUGGUUUGUCUUAUGUUUCUUUUCUACUGGCUAGAAUAUGUAGAUUUAGCAUAGUUACAAUGCUUGUUUACUGAUCAUAAUGAAUAUGGUACUAUCUGUUUAAAUUCUCCUAAAUGCCUCAAACAGCUUUUUCCUAAUUUGCAGGUGAACUUUUCCCAGUCCUGAAUAUAGCUUGAGUAUAUGGCGCUUUGUCAAAUGAACAGCUACAAAGUCACAGCGGUUCUAUAUUCCAAGAGUAGCAGACAUUUUAAAUGUUAAAUCAUUUUUUUCUGCAUAGGUGAGGUUGAGACAUUUCCUUGACAUUUCUGAAGUAUAUGUUAUGUUCAAGAGUUGAUAUUCUGGCAGAUGCUGCAUUUGUAACACUUCUGGCUCUUCCCAUGCCUUGUCCAGGGUUUUCAACGUAGUCUUUAAGAAUGAACACAUGGGAAGAGUAGCUUUUGCAUAUUGUGAAGAAAGCGUACUGGAGAAGAUCUUUUGGGUGAAAUCCAGUUCAAGCGGAAAGCUUUCGAUCCAGCUGAGGAGUCUGCUAACAUAAGAGGAGGGAAGGUGAUUUUUGCUGAUUUUCUCCUUCCCACUGCAGCCUCCUGCAGCACCUUCCACACUAUUCUGGAGGGUCACCCAACAGUUUGGAACAAAUUUUCAACAGGCAUGGUUGGAAGGGCAAAUUGUCAAAAAUCACCGCUCCUUGCCUAACUUUAGUAGACACCUCAGGUGGGUCAAAAGCCAUUCUAUGAGCAAAAUGGCAACAUUUUAUUUCACCCUUUGUUUUUAGAAACGUUAAUGAUGAUGAUGAUAAUAAUAAUAAUAAUAAUAAUAAUAAUAAUGGAGUUUUUAAAGAACAAAAUACCCUGUGAUUUCAUAUUCUUCUUCUUCUUCCCAUAAAAUAUUAAUAGUCAUUUAGAUAGUGCUUUUUUAGUGUUGAGCCUUCUUUCUAUAUGUUACCAAAGUAAUUCUAAUAAAGGUGAAGGGCUGAAGUUGAGUCUUCUCAGCAGUCACCCAGUGAGUUCAUGGCUAAGGUGAGCUCCUGGCUUGCAUCUAAAACCCUUAGUUCCUAUGCUGCUGCUGCUUUCAUUCAUGCUGGACAGCUUAUUUAAAGUGGCUUAAGCUUCAAUCACUUUUUGACUUAGCCAGAAAUUGGAUGUAGGAUUGGUUUUUGGCUAACAGCUACUAUACAUCUAUGUUCAUAGCUUGUCUGAUUGUGGAAGGUAGCCAAAACUUGUGAGCUGGCUCUUUUAAACUUUAUAGAUGUGCUGAUUUGUUAACCAGAAUCUCUAUUUUUCUCUGUCAGUAAAACUGUAACCUCUUCCAUCUAUGAAUGCUGUUUUGAAACAAGGUUCAGCAUCAACUAUGACUGUUGUUUCCUCAAGUAGGAACCAAUGUAGAAAUCAUUUUGACACUAAGGCAAUUUCAGUUACUGUGGUUGUUAGAGAUUCGUUUCUGACACUGAAUGUGUUGAUCAUUUGUAUUAUAAUUGUAUGGCCAAGCCCACCCAUCAAACUUCCUCAAAAGAAAAUUUUCUGGACUGGCCUUUCUCAUCUGUCAUAGAGGACUCUGAGAUCUCAGAUCUCUUUAUUGCAACCCUCCCUCCACGCUGCAAAGUUUUAUACCCAUGAUAGCUAGAGACUCUGUUCCAAAAUAUUUAUGUGGAUUAUUCAGAUUACAGAUAUGAUUAAUCUUAUAACUAACUGAAUCUGUUCUAUUAGAUGGCUAAGGUUUUGAAGAAUCAUGGAUCAGGGAAGGGGAAUCUGCUGUCUGGCCAUUUGUUACCCUGCCCAGGUUUCUUUAAUGUGAGUCAGAAGUUAAUCCAGAAGCAUUCAGUGCCAGAAGAGAUAUGAUGGAUUAGAUAGUCACAGGUGGAAACAGCAUUAUUAUUGUUUUUCUGUAUGGAGUUGAAUGGGACCUUGAGGAUCAUCCAGUUGAAGUUUCUGCAAUGGUAGGUUUCCAUUGUUCUGCCAUUUUUUUUAAGGUUAAGGAAGAUGAUUGCAUAACUUCUCUGGACGACUCAUUCUAGUGCCCAACUAUUUUUAUAAUAUGGAAGAGUUUUCUGAUAUCCACCUUCAGCCUACUGCAACUGAAGCCUGUUACUCCCUCUUCUCACUGGCAACCAUAUUUAAAAUAUAUGUUUAUUGGCAUAUUUUAUAAAAUAUGGUUACCAAUGCUAGACAACAUUACUUUAGCCCUGUUUAGGGAAGUUUUUAAUGUUUGAUGUUUUAUUGUGUUUUUCAUUCUCUGUUGCGAGCCACCUAGAGUGGCUGGGGCAACCCAGUCAGAUGGGCAGCAUACAAAUAAUUACUAUUAUUAUUAUUAGCUGAAACCUAACCAGUGCUAAACAAGGUCAGUAUUGCUGCUUCCUAUGGCUUAAAUAUAGCAUUAUGUUAAAGGAGAUGAACCCAAAAUGGCAUAGUAGAUGCGUUUUUUGGCAAUCCUGUCUACUGCUGACUUGCUUUCAGUUGUGGCCAAUUAUAACCUUGGCCAUUCUCCACUGUAUUCAAGUCUAGAUACUUUCUUCAAUUUUGUUUUAAGUAUUUUCCUCCCAAGUUAUAGCUGUUAAAUUGCAUUUUAUUACUUUAAGACAAGACAGAUAGCCAGUGCUUUCUCUCAGUAUUUUUUUAUCUGUUUUACUAGUUUUAGUCUGGCUAAUUUGUGGGCUCAGUGCAUUGUAACCCAACCACAGUCUCCAUGGUUGGGAUGACUAAAAGGUAAAACAAAACUGAACCCCGAAUAAGUAAAAACAUUAAAUUGCCCCCAACAUUUCCGUGAUCACAUAGUCUCUGUUUUCUAAAAUGACAUGGUGAGCAAAUGAAGUAGUUGAUUUAAAAAAGAACAAAAACAAUGAACCUUUUUAAAACUUGCAUUUGUGUAUACAAGCUGGGGCUUCUCUGCAGUUAAGAGUCACCAUGGGAAUGUCACUGGCUCAGCUGGCUUUUGGCCUCAAGGGUGAACUGUUGAUCAUAUGUCAUAUGUCUGCACCUGUUAGCAUAUUCACUUAGUACCAUUUUUGCUAAUGACCUUGGCAGCAAAGUUGCACCUGUGAAUUCAUUCACAUUUUGCCCCAUCUUGUCUUUUUGGUGGUGCUGGGGUAGCUAUUAAUAACAUUUAUUGUUACAUAGUGAGAAGGUAGUUAUGAUUAAUUUUCAUAGAAUAUUUGAAUUUAGAAUUUCUUUUAGCCUUUUGAUUGCAUAAAGAGAGCAGAGCUACAUAAAUGAGAUAUUGAUAGAAUUUCACUGGCUUCUUUGGUAUAAUGUAUCCGCUGUGUUGAGCUGCGUAUCAGUAAUCAUUUCUUAGCCAUAACACGGUGGUGGCGGACCGGCUGGCAAAGGUUGCCACAAAUCCUAGUUAUUUUGAGAUUUUGUCAGAUGAUUUUUGAAAAUCUAAUUUAAUAAUGGCUUGAUUAUAGUUCUAGCUACAGGUUUAGCAACAAGCUGAAAGACUUCUCAAUAUUUGGUGAAGCAAAUACUUCUUUUUACAAACAUUUCUUUUUGUACUGUAUGUUCUGCUAUAGCUUAAUAACACUGUCUUUAAUAAUGCUGUUUAUCAGCCACCUAAGACAGAAGGCUUGCCGAUCAGAAGGUCGGUGGUUCAAAUCCCCGCGACGGGGUGAGCUCCCAUUGUUCGGUCCCGGCUCCUGCCCACCUUGCAGUUCAAAAGCACGUCAAAUUGCAAGUAGAUAGAUAGGUACUGCUCCAGCGGGAAGGUAAAUGGCGUUUCCGUGCGCUGCUCUGGUUCGCCAGAAGCAGCUUAGUCAUGUUGGCUACAUGACCUGGAAGCUGUACGCUGGCUCCCUCGGCCAGUAAAGUGAGAUGAGCACUGCAACCCCAGAGUUGUCCGCGACUGGACCUAAUAGUCAGGGGUCCCUUUACCUUUAAGACAGAAGUAGACUGACAAGUCUGUAAUAUCCUUGGUCUACCUUUAAAAAAACUGGUAUUGCUUUGACUACCUUCCAGUUCAAAUAUAUAACUUAGUGAUAAGUCACAUACUUUUUGUAAAAGAUCAGCAAUUUCAUACUUGAGUUCCUUUCAACUCUGGGUGAAUGCCAUCCAGCUUCAAUAAGUUGCCAGUUUUGAACUUGACAAUCAGUACUAAAACCACAUCUAAAAAUAUUUGACAUAGUUAUUCUGAUGCAAUCCGCCAACACAGUUGUUCAGGUACAGGUAGCUCUCCAAAAGUUUCUUCAGUAAAGACAGAAUUCAUUUAGACUCCAGUACAAUUUUCUUAUCCAUCUUCAGCACACAUAUUUAUUUAUUUAUUACAUUUAUAUCUCAUUAUUCUCAGAGGAGCUCAAGGAGGCACACACAGUUCCCUCAUCUCCAUUUUAUACUCACAGCAAUCCCGUGAGAUAGAUUAGGCUGAAAGAUGAUGACACACUCCGGAUCACCCAGUAAACUUUCUGGUUGAGUGGGAAUUUGAACCCUGGUCCCCCAGUCCUAGUCCACCACUGUUAAUCAGUGCACCACUGGCUCCUUUUAAUGGCUUGUCAUUUGAUGAUUCUACUGUCCCCAGUUUCCUGCUUGGGAUAAACCAGACUUCCCCAGCCUGGUGUCCUCCAGGACUAUUUAUGAGAUUACUAAAAAGGAAGGUUGCUUUUUAUUUCUGAGUCUUUGAAAUAUACUUCAACGGAAUAUUUUUACCUGGUCUGUAAUUAUGAAAUGUUGCUCAAAAGUGAACUGAGAUUGUUGACGGAAAAGAAUGCUUUAACCCACGGUUGCUUUGCGAGAUAGUUCAAAUAUUUGUUUUCUUUUCCCCCCCUUGUGUUAUAUUUCUUCCCAUACUAAAAGCUCACAUUCAAAAUAUGCUUUCUCAAAGGAAUAUUUAUCUAGCAGGGACCAGAUAUUUUUUGUCUUUAAAAGAUGCUCAGGAGAACUGCAAAAUAGUUUCCUGUAGACAUGCUGUGAUAAUAGCUUCAUAGGAGCCUUCUGUCAGGUGCAUUCCACUUAGCUGCUGAAUGAACCACGAGUUUUCAGCUUGCUCUUUUUAAAAUGAAUACAUUGUCUUCCCUACUUCCCCAAGAUUAAACUUUGAUAAAACAGCAUGGUUGGACCGAAUUAUUUCAGAAACAAAUUAUAUAUUUAAAAGCCUUUGAUGAGCUGGUUACAAAGUAAGGUGAAGGGAAGCCAAGUAGAUGUGCCUUUGUUGCAGUACAUUACAUAUUUGUAAAUAAACUUGGCAUAUGACUGCAAGUAUCUAGAGGGUUUUAAAGGGAGUCCAUUAACUCAUCCAUUUGCUUGAAGCUUUGUUGUUGUUGUAUGCUAGCUGAUUAAAUGCAUUUCCAUUGAACAAUUGAUUUUUUUUCUUUUUUACAUUUGAAAGCUGUUAAAAAAAGCCUCAAAACCGCAUUCAAAAUCCCAGGCACUGUGGCCACAGUGCUACCUUCAUAAUACAACAUGCUAGCAGGAAAUACCAGUUUAUCCGGACUUAAUUAUUAAGCAUCCACAAUGCACAUUCAUAACAUGAGAAUAGAAGUACUUCUUUCAGUUAAUUUAUAAGGAGCAAUUGUGGUAAGGGCAGGACAUAAGGGGAGUGGUGUCUAAGAAAAGCUGUUAGUUGGUUUCUGUUGUUCUGAGGCAGCAUAUGUCAAUUUAGAUACAUACACUGCCUCAGUUAAAUGGCAGUACAGUAUUAGGAUUUUUGAUCAACAGACUGGGGGUUCUGUUCCUUGCUCCCUUGUAUGACCCAGUGGAAGCAAUAUGAUUCGUGUGUGUGUGUGUGUGUGUGUGUGUGUGUGUGUACAUACUUCCUAAUUUCUUUCUGUUUGAAAGUUUUUUGCAUGGAGGUAGGCUUGAAAAAAUGUUUUUAUAUAGUCCCCGGUGUGAGGCCACAAUAUUCACUGGCCUUUCUAAGCAUCCAACAAAAAUUGGAAUUUUUAUAUUUGUUUAGGUGAAUGCAGUACUUCGUAAUACAAAUAAUAAAGAGAGAUGACCAACAGGAAAGGUGUAUUUGAGAAUGUUAGCAUUAGUUCGGCUUUGGCAACUGGGUGAACUAAUUUACAAUAGUUGAGUAGGAGGGGAGGAGAGAUACCUAGGUCAGCAAGUUCUUUUUGUACGUCAAACAAUCAGUGCUUUUGUAUACAGUAUACUUGAUGUAACAGAAUAUAUUGAAGCCAUUAUUGUGUAUGAUUUGAUCUAUAUUGCAUGUAACUCUCAUUGAGUUUAAAGCAAUAAUAAAGUUUCAGCAAAAAAAGAGGAAGAGCAAACAGGUUUGUGUUGCUGGGAUUAAGGAAGACCAGAUUAAUUAAGUGAAAGCUGCAUUUUUGGUGGCUGGCUGCUUCGUAUUUCACUUUCUAAAAUGAUCCUGUUUUCCCUCCCCUCCUUCUUGUUACAGGUUGCCAUGGGAAUCUUAUGAUAAUCUGAGAGGAAAUAAGUCCUGGUAACAUUGCCGUUACUCAUGAUGUGCCUGAAGUGAAGAGGAAGGGAAACACUUAACAUAUCCAAGUGCCAAGGCUCUGCUGUGUCAUGGCUACGGACUCUGGUGAAUCAGCCAGCACAGAGGAAUCAGAGAAACCUGAUGGAGUCUCUUUGGAAGGUAGGGACUCCUCUGCUGUUGCCCCUUUGACCAUGGAGACCAGGACCAAAGAGGAUGUCAACACACCUGCCUCUGGGGCAACUACAGAGAGGAAAAGGUUUUUCCGAAAGAGUGUGGAGAUAAUGGAGGAUGAAAAGGCCUUGGAACCCACUCCAAAGGAUGAACAGGAGCAGUUUGUGGUGGGUGACCAGAGGGUGGCUCAUCUUUCUUCCAGCGGUCUGGUGGCAGGCCAGGAGGCCAGAUGUGAGCAUGGCUCGAAGGUGAAUUUGGAAGCUUCAAAGGAAAGAACCAAGAAAGAAAUAGAAGAGGAGGCCGAGAUGAAGGCUGUGGCUACAUCGCCUGGAGGAAGGUUUCUGAAAUUUGACAUUGAGCUGGGGAGAGGGGCCUUCAAAACAGUGUUCAAGGGCCUGGAUACAGAAACCUGGGUAGAAGUCGCUUGGUGUGAAUUGCAGGUUAGUGUAGAUGAGUUCCAUCAGUCAUUCAUGUGUCUGUCUGGUGUUCAGAAGGGCUAACUUUGUCCAGCUUUUGAGAGGUACAUUUUGGGAUAUCCAGAAAUUUACAUGACUAGAGUGGUCAUACUGCAGAGGCUUCUAAUGCAGGAACUAGCAACUUGUAUGGAAUCUUGAGAAACCUGGCUUGCAUUUUUUAAAAGAACAAGUUACUAGUCUUCAUUGUUACAGAUAAAGAUAUACAGUGGUACCUCGGGUUACAGACGUUUCAGGUUACAGACGUUUCAGGUUACAGACUCCGCUAACCCAGAAAUAGUACCUCAGGUUAAGAACUUUGCUUCAGGGUGAGAACAGAAAUCGUGCUCUGGUGGCGCGGCGGCAGCUGGAGGCCCCAUUAGCUAAAGUGGUGCUUCAGGUUAAGAACAGUUUCAGGUUAAGAACGGACCUCCGGAACGAAUUAAGUACAACCCGAGGUACCACUGUAUUGCUAUUUCUGCUAAAUUCUUAGAAGCCAGAGAUAAUCUGCAGUUGUUGGGCCACAGGUCUUUCCACUACUUCUGCCUCCUGCACUUCAUUGCCACUUCUGAAGUAUUAACAAUUUUGACACCUUUUACUCAGUUCAUGUCAUAAACUGGGAAAACAUCCAAUCAUGCAGUGCUUGCCCCCUCCCAGAUAAAUAAACUGCACCAAAUAAAGUACACAUGUUAAUUUAUGCAAAUUGUCAACAGAACUGGGUUUUGUUGUGGCUUCAGUACAUUUUUUAAAGCACUGAAUUUCAGCACCCCUUGGCUACAUUCCUUGCCUAUGAUAGGAUCUCACCUGAGUUGGUAUUACUUCAUACAGACUUUUAUAAUGUAUAAUAUUGAGAGUAUCUCAAAUAGCAAGGAAUUUCUUUUUUUCACCAGUUCACAAACCAACUGACUAAUCAAUAUUUAUUUAUAAGUAAGCACGGGAAAUAAUUGCUUAUAAAUACAUGGUUUACAUACGGUUUCUGAGUGGUUUCCUAAGCAGACACUAUUAAUGGGUGGUUUCCUCUAAUUUAGGAGUUGAAGUAUCAUGUACCUUCAGACUAUUAUCUUAGUGGGAUGCUCUCCCAGUGAUGGAAGUGUAUGUCAAAAUGUGGCCAUAAAGUUGGAGUAUACACUAAUUGCUCAGGAAAGUGCUUGCCUCAAUUUCCAUUCUCAACUAGACAUUGCCUACAUUUCUUUCCCUUGCCCUCUUUCUUUUGCCCUCUAUCCAUCUCUUGGUUCCAUAGCUUCUGUCCUUUGCUAUAUCUUGACCCUUACUUUAGGCUCCUGCCUCCUGCCUCCUCCUCCGCUUCUGUUCUGUCCUAUUCAGAUAGAACUUGUCCCUAAGAUUAUUUUAGGAAAAGGCCUCAUCAAAUGUUGGCAUCAUGUGUAUGGAAACAUUGCUGAGGGAUGGAUGAAUAAUGAUGCAGAAGUAGCCAAAUUGGUCUGCUCUAGAUGUUGUUGGACUACAACUCCUAUCAUUUCCAACCAUUAGCUGUGCUGCCUGAGGCAGAUGGGAGCUGAAGUCCAUUAACAUAAGAGGAGCACUCUUAGCUACGUCUGGGUUCUUUGAAAAUUUGCUUCUUCUCCUCCAAGUCUACUGUUGUCACUCACUUCUCUUUACAGCCAGUAGUUCUGCUGAUGUUGCUCAUGCCUAUGUGUCCACAUUCAUUCUUAAGUCUUUGCUUCCUUCCAGGUCUGUUAAGCUCCACCACUUUUGCCCCUUGGUUGCUAUGCUUGCCAACAGGAUAGAGCUGCAAGUGGGCCGUGGUGUUAUGGCUGGUGUGAGUGUCACAAGAUGCUUUUUUCCAAAUGCAGGUGAAACCUUUUGUGUGCAGUUCAUUUGUAGUGCUCUUUGCCAAGUUUCAGACAAUAUUCCUCCCACAGGAUGACCAGUUUUUUAAAAAGGGAAAGGUUCCUGUAACCAUGGGCGUAGCCAGGAUUUAUGGGGGGGGGGGCAGGACACCCAUCUGCCAUCAACCUCUGUCUGGCUCUGUGUAAUGGUUCUAGGGGUUGCUCGUGCGUAAGCCGGUGCAAACACCCGGCUGGGUUGCCUGAGUGAACCUUUCCUGUCCGGACAGCCACUCACCCGUGGCUGUCUCAAUCGCUGGCAGAAUCCGUCAGUGGGUGUUUCUUAAACUUCUUCCAGCAAAGAAGCUCUUUGACGCCUAGUCUCCUCCUACUCUCUCUGCGCAAAAGCCUUCUGCACAAGGAGGGCGUAGGCAGCGGAGGACCUCUACUCUCCCCACUGGUCCCCAGCAAGGAGUCAUGGCACCGCCUCGCCGCUUCCCCCAUCUGCCCCCCUUCUCCACUGGUGCUACGCUGAUUCUCUUCCCCAGAAGAUGGGCUGCCUCUCCCACUCCCGGGACGCUCUCUGGAAUCCCUCUGGAUUUUGCUCUCUGCCUCCAGCACUGAUGGCAGUUCCCUGACAUCCACCUCCUCCUCAGGACCCCACCCCCACCCCCACCCCUGGCGCGAUUUUCCGGUACAACCUCCUCUCUCUCCUCGGUCGACGAUGCGGGGAAUCCCCUGAAGGAACUGUCAUCAUCUUCUGAGGAUUCAAAACCAGCCUCCCAUCCGCUUGGACUUCUUCCCGCUGGUUGAACCUCCCAGUCUGAUCCUUCUCCCUCGGACACCUCCCCUCCCUCCUCUUCGGAGGCAGGAAAACCCACAAAGUCCCCUUCGUCGUCUGUGGGUCCAAAUUCUUCCUCCCAGAAUCUAGCUAAUGGUUUGGGCUUCUCCGGGAACAAACCGUGGAAUUCUUCCACCAGAUACCCGUCAGUGAUUGAUUCAGCAGGGACCCAAGUGUUUUCAGACCUAGGUUCCCCCUCCCAGGCUAGCAAGUACUCUACCUGGCGACCUUGCCACCUUGAAUCGAGUAUUUCCGUGGCUUCGUUACAGUGUUCCCUCUCCUCUACCCAGGGGUGGGUGGUAACCCCUCCCUCCCGUCCCGGGAAUUCCCGCCCCUCCCUGUAAGGUGAAAGUAGGGACCUAUGGAACACCGGAUGUAUCUUCAUGCUGUCAGGCAACUUGAGUUUAAAUGCCACGGGGUUAACCUGCUGUAUUACCUCAAACGGCCCCAGCCGCCUAGGCUGCAACGUCUUGCACCAUCCCUUUAGGGGUAACCCUUGGGAUGACAACCACACCCUGUCCCCCACCCGUAUGGCCUCCCCCUCCCGACGGUGCCUGUCUGCGUGCCUCUUGUAAACUUCCUUGGCCCGCUCCAAGUUCAGCCUGAGUUGCUGGUGUAAGGCCUCCAUUUCUUCCACCCAUUGCUCAGCCGCAGGUACACUCCAUCCUUCCUCCCCCCGCCCUGGGAAGGCCCUGGGGUGACACCCGUAAUUGGCCAUGAAAGGGCUCAUUCCUGUGGACACGUGUUCAGCGUUAUUGUACGCAAAUUCAGCCAAAGCUAAUUUCUCUACCCAAUCGUUCUGUCUCUCGCUGACAUAGCAGCAUAGGUACUGCUGGAGUAUACCGUUCGCUCUUUCGGCUUGUCCGUUGGUUUCUGGAUGCCUCGCCGUCGAGAAGCUCACCUCGACCUGUAGCAAGCUCAUGAGUCUCCGCCAGAACCGGGAAGUAAAUUGUUUCCCGCGAUCUGAGAUUACCCUCAAUGGAGCCCCAUGCAGUCUAAAAAUGUGAUCCACAAACAGCCUGGCUGUCUCCUCUGCCGUUGCUGCAUGUGAGCAAGCUACGAAAUGGCACAUUUUAGUCAGUAGAUCGACCACUACCAUGACCGCUGUCUUUUCCCUUGACUUUGGCAGAUCUGUCAUGAAAUCAAUGGACACCACCUCCCAGGACCUUUCCGGUGUCGGUAAGGGUUCCAGUAGCCCCGCGGGGGCGGCCCUUUCCCCCUUUGCCCUCUGGCAUCGGUCGCACCCUCGUACAUAUUCUCGUACGUCUUCCCUCACCUUUGGCCACUAGAACUGCCUGGUGACAAGUAGCAUGGUCUUGUGCUGUCCAAAGUGCCCAGCUGUUGGGUUGUCAUGGAGUUGUCUAAGUACCUUCCCCCUCAAAGUCUCCCCUGGUACAUACAGCGCCCCCCUUAUAGUACAGUAGUCCUUCCUUUUCCUCAAACCCUCCAUUGACUUCCUUUCCGUCCCUGAGUUCCCUGAUUUUUGUCUGAGCAAACUCAUCGUCUCUGGUGAGCCCUGCCAGUUCUCAUUUCCCAACCAACGCUCCCCCACACACCCACCGGUCCUCGGGGAACACGUGCCUGGUCUCUGGUGGCCCCUCUCCUUCCAUGUACUCCGGUUUCCGGGAGAGAGCAUCUGCCCUUACGUUUUCCUCUCCCGGCACGUAUUGGAUCUCAAAGAAAAACUUGGCGAACUCCUGAGACCAUCUGAUCUGUCUCUGGUUGAGCACUCGCGCGGUCCGCCAGUAUUCCAAGUUCUUGUGGUCAGUUUGGACCUGGAUCUUGUGCCGCGCCCCUAUCAAUAGAUGUCUCCAUUGCCGAAAUGCCGCAUAGAUCGCAAGCAGUUCUCGGUCAUACACCGUGUAGUUUUGCUCCGACUUGCUCAGCUUCCUAGAGAAAAAGGCACACGACCUCCAGUUCUGCUUGGCCCCAGGCUGCAAAAGGACCGCUCCAAUCGCGCGGUCGGACGCGUCCGUCUCCAGUCUCAUGGGCUUCUCCGGAUCCAUGUGCAGGAGCUGCUCUUCCGAGGCGAACGCCUUCUUCAGUUUUUCAAAGGAUUGCUGCGCAUCCUCUGUCCACGCGAACUUCUUUUUGCUACUAAGACAAUCCGUUAUGGGCGCUGUCAAGUGAGCGAAGUUCUUUAUGAACUUCCUGUAGAAGUUGCUGAAGCCUAGGAACCUCUGCACAUCCUUUCUGUUUUGGGGGGCUUUCCAUUCCAGCACUGCCUUCACUUUGCCCGGAUCCAUGGCUAGUCCUUUGUCUGACAACCUGUACCCCAGGAACUCAACCUCCCUGGCGUGGAAUUGGCAUUUUUCCAGCUUGACCCACAACUGAUGCUUCUUCAAUCUCUGUAGCACCUCCCUGACGUCUCUGACGUGUUGCUUUUCAUUGUCCGAAUAGAUUAAGACGUCAUCCAAAAAGGCUACGCAAUUCUUGUACAGCAGGGGCCCCAACACAUGGUGCAUGAAGGCUUGAAAGCAGGCGGACCCCGAUUGUAAUCCAAAUGGCAUGACUAAGUACUCAAAAGCCCCCAGGGGGGUGAACAUGGUCGUUUUCCAUUCGUCCCCCUCCCUUAUCCUAAUCAGAUUGUAUGCUCCCCUGAGGUCCAGCUUGGUAAAAAUCUUCCCCUGCCUCACACGUGUCAAAAUAUUGUCAAUCCUAGGCAUUGGGAAAGUCACGGGUUCUGACACCAGGUUUAGGGCCCGGUAAUCCACGACUAAUCUGGGCUGAUUAGUCUCUUUUUUGUCCACAAAGAACACUGGACUGCCCCCCACCGCCUUUGAUUCCCUUAUGAAACCUCUCUUCAGGUUCUUGUCAAUAAACUGCCGCAACUCCUGCAUCUCCCGGUCGGACAUGGCAUACAGCUUACCCACCGGUAACUGAGCCCCUGGAAGCAGGUUGAUUUGGCAGUCAAAUGGCCUGUGGGGGGGGGGCAGUCAGUCUGCCUCCCUCUCACUGAAGACCUCCUUCAAAUCAGCAUAUUGUGUUGGCACCUCCCUUUUUUGCUCCAGGGCCACCCCAGCCACCCUGGCCACAGUCCUUCUUGGUUCCUUCCCUCCCAGACAGUGUUCUGAACAGUAAGCUGACCCAAAGGUGACCGACCGCUGAUGCCAUGACACCACUGGGUCAUGUAUUGCCAGCCAGCUCAUUCCCAGUAUUAUCGGGGGUCCUGCCAGCGUGGCCACGUGAAAGGCAAUGGUUUCCGUGUGCCUGGAGACACUCAUUCGCAUUGGCGGUGUCUGGUGUGUCACUUCCUCUCCCAGGAGUUCCCUGCCAUCGAUGGUGGUCACCUGCAAGGGAAAAUCUAGUGGCAACAGGUGGAGCUGGUGCUCCAGAGCGAAGUCUCUGCUGAAGAAAUUACACGAGCUGCCAGAAUCUAGCAGCCCCUCCACUUUGACGGGGUGCCCAUUUGGGAGUUCUAGCACCACCUCUAUGGCUAUAGCUGCCUUGGGAGGGUCAGGCUGGGGCACUUCUAUUGGUUGCUGGCCUGGCUGAUGCCCCUGCUGGUUGGCAGCCAGGCGUUGUCGUUUCCCUGCACCGGCUCUUCCUCCCCCUUAUCGUCGUGGCCUGCAGCCCCCAUCAUGCCUUGCCAGGCUUUUCGUUGAGGGCAGACCUUUGCAAAGUGUCCCGGUCGCUGACAGAGGAAACACUUCUUGGUAGUUUUCGACUCCUUUUCCCGCCCUUCCCCAUCGUUUGAAACUUCGUGCGUGCGCGCUCCAUCAAUUUCCAUCGGCUCCGCCGCCUGGGAAGGCUCCCUCGGCAUCUCCGGAAUGCGGUUGUCAUGGAACCGUUCCGCCCUUAUCUCCCGCUUCUCCUGAGCCCGCGCUUCCUGGCGUACACCGAUCGCAAGCACAGCCUUUGUGAGUUCUUCCAUCGACCGCGGGCGGGGCGCUCGGGCCAACUCGUCUUUCACUUUGGGGGCCAAACCCGCUUCAAACAACAUUUGUACUGGCUCAGAGUCCAGAUCCCACCCGAACUUGUGGACUAACAUCGCAAAAUGCGACCAGUAGUUUCUGACGGACAGGCUCCCCUGCUUGCACCCCAUCAGCUCCCUCCGUGUCACGCUUUGCUCAAUCUCGCUGGAGAACAUCGCGUCCAUUGCGAGGUAGAAUUUCUUAAGAUCUUUCAAAGCGUCAUUCCCCGUAGCCAUCAAGGGCCUGAUCCAUUCGCACGCCCCAUCCUGCAGAUGUCCAGUAAUGUAAGCCAUCCUCUCCCCGUCAUCCGCAAAGUCGUUUUUCUGCAAUUCCAAAGCGUACUGAAUUUCCGUUCGGAAGGCAUUGUAGUCUUGGGGCUUUCCACCAAACUUGUGUACCAGCCCCGGGACCUUCCUCCCUAUCGGGGUGGCUCUGACCUGUGCAUCCUGAGCCCGUCUCUCCUCCAGCCGCGCAGACAGGGUAGCGACAUGCGUCUCCAGGUCUUGGUUCCUCUCGACCAGACCUCGCACCAUGGCUUCUUGCUCUGUCUCUCCAGCCGGCCAUGUUUGGCUCAUCAUGCUGCCUCUCCUGUGCUGCACACGAGCAACGUCAGGGAUUGACGGAUUGCUGUAAUGGUUCUAGGGGUUGCUCGUGCGUAAGCCGGUGCAAACACCUGGCUGGGUUGCCUGAGUGAACCUUUUCUGUCCGGACAGCCACUCACCCGUGGCUGUCUCAAUCGCUUGCAGAAUCCGUCAGUGGGCGUUUCUUAAACUUCUUCCAGCAAAGAAGCUCUUUGACGCCUAGUCUCCUCCUACUCUCUCUGCGCGAAAGCCUUCUGCCCAAGGAGGGCGUAGGCAGCGGAGGACCCCUACUCUCCCCGCUGGUCCCCAGCAAGGAGUCAUGGCACCGCCUCGCCGCUUCCCCCAUCUGCCCCCCUUCUCUACUGGUGCUACGCUGAUUCUCUUCCCCAGAAGAUGGGGUGCCUCUCCCACUCCCGGGACGCUCUCCGGAAUCCCUCUGGAUUUUACUCUCUCCCCCCGGCACUGAUGGCAGUUCCCUGACACUCUGUCUAGCAGAUUCAGAAUGAAAUGUCUCAACAACAGUUCUUUAAAAUUACUUUAAAUUACAUCCCCCUGUGACCGUAACAGCAACAAACGUAAGCUAUAAACUCUGCACCGAUCUGAAUUCUGAACUUGAAUAAACUGAACUAUAUCAUUGACAAAGCCUGAGGGCUUUCUGCCGUAUAAAUAGCCUGUGAGAAACUUCCAUUUGUUUCUACACAGGCCCUGCAGGUGCUUGCUUUCAGGAGAAAAUGCUGGAAACUAUGAGAAGCUUCCAGAACCAAACUACCUGUGAUGUGACUGGUCAGUUGGCAGAAGCCACGCCCACCGCUCAGUUGGACUGCCAGUUGUGUCGCUAGAAAGCGCCACAACAUACAUCAUCCAAAUGACCUCCGCGAGAAUUUCAAUUUCAAAUAUCCUGAUUAUUUCUACAUUUACUAAAGUAUUUUUAUUUAUUCACUUGGUGGGGGGGGCAGCCUGUAACUUUAAUAGUUGUGUGUAAAAGGUGGCAUUUUGGAAAGUGCAGAGAUGACAAAAACUCAAAACAAUGAAAGAUGCAGAAAUUCUAUUCUUUACAUCUUGCCACUCUACUCACUUAUGCCAGCAAAGCAUUCUGGAGGUGGCAGCAAACAGACACAAAUAGACUUUGGGGUGAGGAUAUUAAAAAGGGAUUAGACAAAUUCCUGGUGAAUGGGCCUAUCAGAGGCUAUUAGCCAUUAUAGCUUAAAGGAACUUCCAGGUUCAAAAACCUGUUGCUGAAGGAAAGUGGGAGUGCUGUUGCCUGCUAGCAAAUUUCUUGGAAACAGAUACUUGGCUACUCUGGGAAACAGGCUGCUUGACUAGGUGGGCCCUAAUCCUGACUCUUACAAUGUUUGGCAGGACUCUUACAAUGUUUGGCAACUCUGUAGUCAAAGGUAGUUUAUUUACUUGUUCUGUAAUAAUAAACUGGAUGUGGGGUUGGACCAGAUGACCCUCGGGGGUCCCUUCCAACUUUCCAACUCUGUGAUUCUAUUGUGUCCCCAUAGUUGUCCUGCUUUGGAAGAGAUAGAUUGUAAUAGAGGGCUAAGCAUAUUAUGUGAAUAGCAGGUGAAUGCAUUAGAAAGACCAUUCAGAGGGAAAGUACCAUUUUAAAGCAAGCCAGGUCAUUGCCUGCAUUUUCUUUGUAAUGGAAAAUUGAUUUGAGUAGCUAUGAUUCAAAAAACAGUGUGUGGUUGUUCCCUCACCCGCCCCCAUAUACCCAUCAGUGGGUGGUGAAAUAACUACUGAAUGCCUAAUAAUUGGUUUAAUCUCCUCCACAGCUAGUGUAGCCUAAGCUCAUCAGAAUUUUCCAUGCCAUGCAUCUAAACAGCUCCUCUGCAGUGCUGGCUGAGUUUAAAGCAAAGCUUAUGCUGUGCCAUAUUUGUAGCCUUAUCAGUUACAACACUCAUUGAUCCAGCACCACAAUCUAUAUUCUUUCCUCCAGCAUUGUCCUGAGCACAUUAAAAGAGUAAUUUAGCAGGGCUGUUUGUUUGGAUACAAUAUCAAAACAAUAAAUACAAUAUGUGAGAAUUUCAGUUGGUAUGUUUGUUACUUAGACCUACUUUUAAAUAUAUUUAUUUCAAAGUAAGCCCUAUUGGAAGCAUCAGAAUUAAACUUACUGUGUUUAUGAAAAAUGUUACUAGCUAUAUUUUUAACUCAUUAAUUACUGAAUGAAAGUAAUUUCUGGUCCUCAAGCUUAAGGAAUGUGUUUGACCCCAGAUCUUGGUUGUGAAUCAACUCCAAGUAUUGUUGGUCUACAAAGUUUAUAUAGGCUCUUUUCUUAAAAUAUAGAUGAAGGCAUUUUAGCUCUGAACUCUUGCUGUGGUAGCAGAUUCCAUAGCUGGCCACCUCUCUGUGAAGAAUGCUUUUGCUAUCCCUGCCCAAAUUGUUUGAGGGUAGAAUAUUGUCAGGAGACCUGGGUUUUAUUGUUGGACUUGCUAUUACUUUGCUGUGUGACUGGAAUGUAUCUUUUUUCUGUGCCCCAUCAAUAAAAAGUGGAUGACAUAUUUGCAAGAAGAUGUAAGGCUUCUUGAAAAGUGCAGUAUGAGAAGUGCUGCAUAACCUUUAGUCAAAUCUUUUGGUACUUGUGAUCAUUCUAGGGCUUAGAGAUGAUUAAUGCUAGACUGCAUCUGCUCAGCUUUUGCUGGGGUUGCUUUCACUUUAUCAGCCGUAAUAACUCAUUGCCCACUUUACUGCCAGAAUCUAUUUUAAAUCCAUCUCAAAGUUUGCCCCAGAAACUUUCCAUGCUAAUUCCUCUUUCCUUGUGUGCAUUGCAGGUAAGGAAGUAAUUAAGUCAAAUAUACAUCCCAGCACUGACAAGAUUAAAAGAUGUUUUAUACAUGAAUGUCAGACCUAGAUCACUUACAGAUAGCCUGUUUAUUGAGGAUUUGUCCUGAUUUGUUUGCACAUUUUCGGGGGGAGGUUAGAUGAGAUGGGCUGUUUAUUGAGCAUUCGUUUGGAAUGAUUGAUUUACAUAGAGGUUAUAUGACAUUGCAUCAAAUGAUUGCUGUCCCCCGCAUUGUAUUUUUAUAUUUUAUUAACAGGUAGAGUUGGUUUUUAUUGGAAAUAAUAAACUGCUCUGUGGAGGAAGUUCCUCAAUAAGCAGGAUAUAUUAAAAUAAGGUUUUUUUUAAAAACUCUUCCUGCCCUUUGUGAUCCCAAGGACAGGUCACCAUAGCAACUGUUAUUUUUCAUGUUCCAAAGAUGCACAUAACCACAGUCACUUAGAGACAACUAUGAUUGAGUGGAAUUUAAUUUUCUGAAAUAUAUAAAUAACUUCCUGAUCACUGAGUGAGUUUGUUGAGGCUGAUAGGAGCUGGAUGGGAGUUGGGAGUCCAACAAUAUCUGGAGGAUACUUGGACCCUGAGAUCAUGCUCUGAGGUCCUUCUUUGUGUGCCUUCUCCAGGAGAGGUCUGGAGGGUGGUAACAUGAGAAAGGGCCUUUUCUGCAGUGGCUCCCCAUUUGUGGAAUGCUCUCCUCAGGAAGGUUCAGCUGGUGCCUUAUUAAUUUUUCUUAUUUUAUUUUAUUUAUAUCCCGCCCAUUUGGGCGGCAUCCAGCAGAAUAUACAAAACAUAAGAACCCAUCAAACACCAAUUUGCCUUAAAGAUUAUUGUUCUCAUGAAUUUAUUUAUUUAUAACAUUUCAUACCUGCCUUUCAAUGAUUGGCUUACUUUUUAAGCCAUUAUACACCUUUAAGCGCCAGGUGAAAAUGUUCCUCUUCAACCAGACCUUUGGCUGAUGGAGUCCAAUGCUCUUUUAAAUGUGUUGUGGGAGGAGGGAUUAUUGGUUUGUUUUUGUUCUUUUUUAUUAUGUAUUUUGCAAUAUACAAAUUUAAUAAAUAAUAAUAAUAAAUAAUAGGCUCCCCACUCCCAUGCUAUGCUUCCAUACUUUCUAGUGGUGACCCUUUAUAAAGGCAGCCCUGUUUCAUUCUAAAUCUAAAUACAUUGCUUGUGAUUGCAUGAAAAAAUGUCAAAUAGUGCUAUUUUUCUAGAAAAAGCGGUGCUGGCACUCACCAUGAAUGCCUCCCUUGUUCUCUUACAAUGGCAAUGGCACCCACCUGAGAGGUGCUGAAGCUGAGUUCCGUUGAGUCCCAUCUCAAACCCCCCCCCCCCAGCUAUCACUGUAGCAACAUGAUCAGGACCUGGGACCACAGCACAUGGGAGGGAGGGGGAAUGAAAUGUGUGUUCCAUCCAUCCUUACUUCACACACUCCAAUUAAUUCAUUACUUCCUGAUUAAUUAUGUCUACCUGAAAAAGUUCAGAAGGUGGUGGUGCAUAGGUGGGACUUCUCUGUGGUGGCUCCAUGUAAUGUCUACCUCCCUACCUUCUGCCCUAUCAGUCUCAGUGAGCACUAACCUCUACUGGUUUAUUUAUAUAUGUAUUUAUAAAUAAAAGAAUAAACACACACACACACACCUUUCAACAAGACGCUCAAGGCAGCUUGGUUUAUGGCAUCUACGUAACUGGAAGGGAUUGGAGAGUUGGGGGCGUGAAGUCAUCAGUAAGCUAAAUGUCCUUUUCUAUCAAGGAGAGCGUGUUGAGCUGGUGUGUAGGGUCAAACAUCAGUUAACAAAUUGGGAUUUAAUCCUCUUCUGGGUGGUAGCUGACUAAGUAAGAUUUAAUCCAGACAAGAUAGAGGUGUUUUUGGUUGCUAGGACUAGUAAUCUUGGGAUAGUGAUGCAGCUAGUUUGGGAUGGGAUUAGACACACCAUGAAAAAUCAGGUCCACAGCCUGGGAAUGCUCCUGGACCUGGCUUUGAUUCAGGAUGAUCAGGUGGCAGAGUUUGCCCAGUUUAAGCUGAUAUGCCAAUGGUGCCUCUUUUGUGGGAGGGAAACUUGGGGCUGUAUUCAUCUAACCUUUAUAUGAAGUAGGUGCAAGAAAUUAAUGGACCUAAGUUAGUCAUGGUGGGUCUACUCUGAAUGAAAAUUUCUUGAAUACAACCCCUGGGCGUGAUCACUCAUGUCUUAUUUAAAUUGACUGUCAGGAGCCAUACUGUAUCUCCAGAACUACAAAAUCAAUUUCAUGCCCUCACCUCGGACACUGAUUCUUGGCCAGAGGAGCAAGAACAGUGGUUGCAGAUCUCAGAAGACACUGAGGUGGCAGUGAAAGGUACAGUGUACAGAAUUCCUGCUGCUCAUCAGAAAAGGAAGAGACGUGUGGUGGUGGCAGGUGACUCCCUGCGGAGGGGGACAGAGGCAGCAGUGUGAGGAGGAAUGGCUCUCCUUGACCUGAUUGUCUUCCUUUCUGAAUGACUGCCAUAAGUAUGGGAAUUGAGUGCCAGUCCAUUGGAACGACUUCUUAGUGCUUCUUUCCAGCAUGUGUGUGUCUUUUCAAAAGGAAAUUACCUCCCUGUUGGUUGGAAAUUAAAUAAGAAAAAAAAAGUCACGUAGGAACAGCACGAAGGUUGCUCUCUCCUCUGAAAGCUUUAGUUAGCAGCAGCAUUAACAGCUAAAUGUGUAAUUCUAGUGCAAGUUUGCAGCUGACCACUAUGCUCACAUUGUUUUUUACAAUCUAUUUAGCAUGGAAUCCUUUGCUUUCACAUUUUUUAAAAAAAAACCUCUGCCUUCUGCAUAAUGGCAGAUUUAACUGUUUUUGGUCUUGCUAAACAGAAGUAUCCAAUAUUGGUUCCUGUGUCUGGUAAUUUUUAUCCCCGAGUGAAGACUCGUUGAAAUAGAUGUGAUAUGGUUUUAUGUGAAAACAUUAGUUUCCUGAAGCACUUCACUGUUCUGGCACUGUAAAAUGAGAAAUACAAAACAGAUAAAAUGAUUCCUUUUAUUAGAUUCUCUUCUGUUGUUGAAGACACAUGCAUACCUUUCAGUUACUUAGAGCUCUUUAUCAACAGGAAGUUGGUUCAAUAAAAGAUUAGAUGAAUUAAAAGUGUUCUGUUUUCUAUUUUGCAAUUUACUUCCAAUUUAUGCACAUUUAACUUGUGCACGUUCAGCUUUACACACUGGACAAAAGAAAUCAAAAAGAGGUGGAAAGAGACUUUAGCAGUCCCAUCCACCACUGAAUCCAAUUGGAACCCAACGUGUUUUGACUAUACACAAUUUUGGCUUUAGGCAAUAUCCCCAGAGCAUAACCCCUGUGCAAGUUAAGAGUGGCUUGUAUGAGAAAUUGAUUCAAAAAGUAUAUGGUCUCAAAACAUGGAUUCAGUAAGGGUAGAUCAUAUAAUUGUUAACAAUACCAACAAGGCCAUAAAUUCAUUAUUUUACUACAUUUAAAGAGAUAUUUGAUCACAUGGAAUAAGGAAAGCAAAUCUUUAAUUUUAGAAAAUGAAGAUGAAUGUAAGACUUUACAAGCAUAAGUACCUUCUGCUUUUCAUCAGUUGCCUAUAUGGCCCCCAUCUUCCAUCGCUUAUAUUUUUUAAGCCAGGCAAAAUGUUUGCCCUUCUGCCCUCCAAUAUUAAGCAGCUAUCAGAUCUUCUGAGUGCCAUUUAGACUAUUGUUUAUUUUGGCUUAUUAAAAGGUAAGAGAUUAUGUUGGAACAUCAGUCAUUUUAAAAGGUAAUCAACAAAAAGGAAACAUAGAAACUGAACUAGUCAUGGAAAUUGGCUUCAUAGGCAGGUGAUCAGCACUUAAGUAAACAGUGGCUCUUUGUCUUUGUUCCAAAGCUGUUGGAAAAGUUUUGUCUUUGCAACUGCAAAGAGUGACUGACAUUGGGAUGUCUUACAAAGCAUCAGACACUUAUGUGGAAGGAAAAGAAAGUUUGGUGACAGAGGUCUGCUUAAUUCUCAGAUAAGCUGGUUAAAGCAGUAGUUAUCAAGAGUAGAACAAUGUAUGCAGCUGCUCCCUACAGAUUUUAAUAUCUGUAUGGAUUGUAAUUGCUGGCAGACAUGGAGUGAUUUAUGGGAAGCUAUUCUGUUGACCAUAAGGCACGCGGGUGGUGCUGUGGGUUAAAACACAGAGCCUAAGGCUUGCCAAUCAAAAGGUCGGUGGUUUGAAUCCCUGCAACGGGGCAAGCUCUCAUUGCUCUGUCCCUGCUCCUGCCAACCUAGCAGUUUGAAAGCACAAAGUGCAAGUAGAUAAAUAGGUACCACUCUGGCAGGAAGGUAAACAGCGUUUCCAUGCCAGAAGCGUGGUUUGCCAGAAGCGGCUUAGUCAUGCUGGACACAUGACCCGUACGCCGGCUCCCUCAGCCAAUAAAGCGAGAUGAGUCCCGCAACCCCAGAGUCGUCUGCAACUGGACCUAAUGGUCAGGGGUCCCUUUACCUUUACCUUUAUUCUGUUGACCAGUCAGCCAAUACAGCCAGGAUUUGUGGUGCUAUAUGGUUACAUGUGCAAAGCCACCCAGGGGUUUUCUGUUCUUAGCUUGGAUUGCGUAGCUUUGCAGUAGAAAGGCUGGGCUUGAUGACAUAAGCCAAAACUGGCUGGCUAUGUUGUAGUUUCUGUACUAUUUCUUGGGACCAGCCUCUAAGAGAUGAUGAUGUAUGAAAGAAAUUGAAAGAUCUGGACUGACUUCCCACUUUCUGCAGAAAUCUAUAUUAGUGUGGGUGGCAUUCUUUAACCAUUUGCAGCCCUUCGUUUCAACUAUCUGCAAAAAUUGGAGGGAAAAAUUCUGUAAAACUCUUGUGAAGCUUUGUUCUGCAUACUGGGGUUAGUGAGUGCUGAAAGUAUAUAUGAUUGUUUUUAGUUUCUAAUGGUUAUAACCAUCAUGUUAAUAAUUAUUGCACAUGCUGUGUAAAUGCAAACACUGAUCCAUGUUCCAAAGAGGUUGUAGCUCAGUGGGCUUAUAUAAGUGAACGAGAGACUGCUUUUGCUAAGUAAGCAUAUGUUUCUUUUAUUGUCAUGGAAAAUAAAAGAUGACCCUGGACAGCUAAACUUCAGAAGAGACUUUGGGAUUAAAACCUACUGUAAAAAAUGACAAUUGCAUAAGUUAAGAAAGGGAAGCAUAAGACCAUUACAUAAUUUAAUAGAUUUUGCAUAAAACUGUCUCUAAAUGGUAUGAACAGAUAAUUUGCCAUUGUAACUUGUCACCUUUUUAAAAAGAACAACAAAACAAACAAAGGCUUUAAAAUCUAUGCUGUUGUUAGGGAGGGAAAGAAAUUAGCAUAUUAUAUUGUUCAGUGAAGCAGAAAAGUUUCCUGUUCCAGUGCCUGUUUUGCUAAUGGCUUGAUUUCUUGGUGGGCCAAUUAACCAUUUUUAUGUUUAUGGAUGGAUAAACCUGCUUAACUGCUUGCUUGGAGUGCAUUAGUGGGGAUAUUUAGCUUAUAGUGAGUAGUUUCAACAAGGCACUUUGUUGCAUGACAUCCACUAACAUAUACACCUUUCUAUAACUAAGUGAGGACAUUAUAGUAAGUCCAACCAUCUUAAACAUAAAACAUCCCCAGCUGAUGCCUGCCUUAAUUUCUGAGGUAGGAGACAGCAUAUCUUCUUUCUGUACCUCAUGCCACAGGAUAACUGCUCUUCAAUUUGGCAAGCUGUUUCUAAUAUGUAACUUUAUUCUACUUUACAGUAGGUUAUUUCUUGUCCUGUCUUCUGGGCAGGAUGAACAAUUCCCCGUGUUUCAUUUUUUGAGAUACAUUUGUAAAACUCAUAUUAGCUCCCCGCCUCCUUUUCUUGAGGCAGUAUAUAAUUAGCUGUUUCAAACUUUCUUCAUGUGUGCUUUCUAACCUAAACUUACUGUUUUCUAAAUUAUUUCCAGCUUAAAGUUUCAUGGAACAGAAAUGCCCAGAACUGAACAUAGCACUGCAUAUUACUAGUGCUCAGUGGAAGGCUACUAGCUAUGUUCUACCUCCUCAGUUGGAGGCAGUAUGCCCCUGAAGGCCAGUUGCUGGGAAUCACAACUGGGGAAUGCUAUCAUGCUCAGGUCUUUCUUACAGGCUUUCCUUUGGCAUCUGGUCGGUCACUGAAAACAGAAUCCUGAACUAGACAGAUGUUCCGUUGGCCUGUACUUUUGCAAAUGAUAGCCCAGAUUUCACAUUCUCUGACCACUAGCACAAGGGCUGUUGUGCUAGCAUAAGGGUGAGAAUCAUGGUUUGGCAAAAUGAAAUCCAUCACAACUAUUACACUAGCAGAAGUUGGUGAAAGUGGUUGUGCAACAGGAAGUAUUUGUGCUAUAGCCAUCUGUUGUGCAACCAGUCACAAGAACCAUGCUGGCUUCCUGCACCUUCCCAUUUAUUUGUUUAUUUUAUUUAUUUGACUUCUUAGUCGUUUGUCACCUAGCAGGUCUCCAAGGGACUCGUACAGAAGAACAUAAACAUAGGCACACUAUAAAAUAGAACCAUUCUGCUAGUGCAACAGGGCGAAGGGACUUUCACUUAGCACCACAUUGAACUUCGUUGAUGGUUCUGCUGAUCGCAUAGCCAAAAAUGGCAUUUGUCUUUUGCAUCCUAAUUUUUGACUUAUGGCUCAGUGGUUAUUCUGGAUAAUCAGCUAACUGUUUAAUCAGGAACUGAUUUGUUGACAGUCAGCAAUUGACCAAUUAACAAAAGGUUCCAUUUGAAACAAAGCUUGCUUGUUGUAAAUUAACCUAGCGUGAAUUUGGAGCGCAGUUCUAAGGUGGGGCCUUUGAUGCCAGUUCAGUUUGUGUGAACCAAACUCAUUAAUGUCAAUGGAAAAUAAAUGGCAAGUACAAAUAUAUUCUUUCUCCUCCCCAAGCUAAACGUGCAUGUGAGUGUGGAAAAUAAUUUUUGAGUGCACUACAUAUGUCAUGAGUUCAAGUUUCUGUGUCAACAGUAUUUCUUUAUGGAAUUUUAGGGGGGAUGCUGAAGUCAUCUAGUCCAACCCCCCAAAGAAUACAGGAAUCUAAACCAAAGCAUCCCUGACAGAUGGCCAGCCAACCUCUGCUUAAAAAUGUACAAGGAAGGAGAGUCCACCACUUUCUGAGAGAGUCCAUUCCACUGUCAAACAGCUCUUACUGCAGGCUGUUACGUUGCAUGACUUAAUUGCUUGCAUUAAGUCAAUAACAUCAAAAACAAUUACUCUAUAAUCAGUUGCAUUUCAGCCAGCCUGAAGGAAACAAUAAAAUGUUUGCAGCUUUGCAAAAUCACCCAUCAUCAUUAAUUUUGCAAAUUGUCACUUGCUGAUCACUUGAACAUAGGCACAUAAAACAAUUGAGUUGUUCGGAGGUCCUUGAUUUGUCUUUCCUGUAGAACUGUGUUGAGCGAAGUGGCUGUUCAGAGCCCCAUCAGAUGUGAAGAGGCCAGCAGUGCCCACUUCUCCUUGGGCUGUUGGGGGUGGAGGGAAGACUGCAUCCUCUUGGCAUCUGUCCCUUUCAUUAUUGCUCCUUCCCUUUCUCAUUGUGUUUCCUGGCUUUGCUGCAUGUAUGUGCUGCCAAAUUUAUGCUAACUGAGCAUCAGCCAAAGGAAUUAAAGGGGAUUGUUAACUUACAAUCACUCAUUUGCCGUCAUGUCAAGUAGGGCUGAUGCAUUUUGUGGUAUUUUAUUUGUAAAAAGAGAGUUCUCUUAAAAGUGUGUGUGUGUGUGUGUGUGUGUGUGUGUGUGUGUGUGUGUGUUGUACAUGUCUGUCCUCUUUGCCUGAAUGUUUGGUUUGGGUUUAAGGCAAGUUGGAAGUUUCGGUAGCAGGAAAAAGGAAAUAAUUUGCCUAUGUAUAACUUAGGUCAGCAUUCAUAACUGUUUUAUUUUGAUUCAAUACUUAGACCAUAAAGGCAGAAGUAGGUUGAAACCUAGCCCAAGGCACAUCUUACACUUUUACCCUCCUCUUAAACACAGAAUCCUCUGUUGAGUUAGUGUUUUGUUCUGUUGAGCUGAGUUUGCUGCAUUUGUCCUUGAAGGAGGUUAGAGAUCAUCAGAAGCCUGGUACUGAUAUAAAGUGUUCUGAACUCAGCAAGUAUUAAAAUCAUUUAUUUUGACUUCCAGAUGAGUGGCAUCACUCCAUAGUUCAUCCACCAAAAUGACCAGCAACCUCUGUGUUAGAACAAAACAGGACUGAAAUAGACCUAGAUAGUCUCAUCCAGGAAACUGAUUGCACAGCAACCUACCACUCAAGCACUUGGGGUAGGAAGGGAAUAUUUGCAACUAGGUCUAGAGGGGAAUUUUUCAGGAUGAGUUGCAAAACUUCUUCAUUUAGGGUGGUUGGAGAAGCCCUUCUUUGAAGGAAGUGUUGUUCCAAUCUCUUCCUGCCUUGAUAUUAUGAGCUAAGAAAAGCAAAGGGUUAAGUAUAUAGGUUGUAUGUCCAAGGACUCUGUCCAGCAGCUGAAAUUCAUCCAAUGAAGCAAGCUUACAUGUGCUCUGGUUACCUUCCCUGGUGACCAAGUCAAGGCAAAUAUGAGUGGUUUCUGUUCUCAAAGUGGUGGUGGUGAUGAUGAUGAUGAUGAUAAUAAUUUAUAUACCUCCCUUUAUCAAAAGAUCCCAGGAUGGUGCACAAUACCAGAAAUGCACUACAAAACAUCAACGAUAAAAACAUAAUAAAAACAUAGUAAAAAGCAUACAGACAGCCUAAUUGUAAAACAAUCAUAUUAAUAACACUCCCAUUGCUUUUAUCACUGGUGUUUGGUGUCUCUCUCACUGUGUGUUUAAAACAGCAGUGUGACCCAUACUUGACCAACCUAGACCAGGAAUAACAGCUACACCAAAACCAAGAAAGAGUUUUAUGGAACCCAAUAUACUAACUAACAAAUUUGUUAUUGCAUAAGUUGAAUUAGAUGCAUGAUAAUGCUUACACAACAUAAUGUAGUGAUUCUUUGUACAUCUUUUCUUCAUUUUAGGACAGGAAGCUGACCAAAGCUGAGCAGCAGAGGUUUAAAGAAGAAGCUGAGAUGCUCAAGGGAUUGCAACAUCCUAACAUUGUCCGAUUUUAUGAUUCCUGGGAAUCAACUGUUAAAGGAAAGAAGUGCAUUGUAUUGGUAACUGAGCUGAUGACAUCUGGAACACUGAAGACGUACGUUUUUUCUUUCACAAAUUUGAUAUAGUGGUUUUUAAAAAAUGUAUAUUCACACCUGCUGGGACUGUUUUCACCCACUCCCCAUUAUGUGGUUGUAUUGUAGGCCAGCAACAUCAAAGUUCAGACACUUGGCACCAGAGCUGCAUUGUGGCAUAUAUGGGAUAUAUGUAAAUAUCUUGCUACCCAUCUGCGGCAUGGUGGUUUGCUGAUUAAUCUGUAUGGUUGAAAUCUGCUUCAUGUCAGUACGGUGUACUAAACAGUGUUGAAUUUGAAUAUGAGGCAAUCAGAAUCACAGACCUGUAAAGCCACAAGACUCAUUGGUUGGCCUUGGGUAAAUCCUUAUAUGAUAGGUGGAAUAAAGGAAACAAAAACUGAAUACAAAUAAGCCUUUUAAAGUUCUAUAGAAAUUAUAACCAGUGUAGUUAGCAAUGAUGGUUAAGUUUUCUUUGGGGUGGGAUGGGGGUAGAAAUAAGAGAGUGUACUGAGAAGUCUCUUGAGUCAGUGUUCCAUGGCAGCAGCGAAGAUCAACUAAAUUGCAAAAUUGCUGCAAUUAACUGAUUUUUAGGGAUUACUGAUUUCAAGCUGGCAGAUCAUAUACGUUAUGUGAGUUGGUUAUAAUCAGGAAAGAAAGAAAAUGUGCUGGGAUUUUUGUACUGGGGCUGAGAAAGCAUUCCUGACUAUGUAGAAAUUCUGUGUAAAAGAAUAUUAUGGAAUACACAGUGUAACAAGAAAGAUGGAAUGUAUGACUGAGGGAUGGAAGCCUAUUCUGUAAUUUUGGUCUAGUCCUUCUCUAAUUUCUACUACUACUUUCCCACCCCCAGGUGUAGAAAACUGUUCAGCAAAAAUUAAGGCCGUUAAGAUAAAUUAAAAAUGUCAAAUAACUUCAUUUUUACAUUGAUGCUAUUAACUUGAAUUUAUAAGAUCCCACCCCCAAGAGAGAACUUGUGAGAUUACCUGUGUGAAGUUUCAAACUUGUGUUGCGUCUCCCUUGUGAAAAGGCCUAUAGCUCAUCAAUAAGUUACUGUAUGUGAUGUAUAAAUCAACGGGCCUUCUGUUAAGCGCCAAGAGAACUGAAUGGCUCAGGAUGUAACAAUCAAAGGCACAAUUUGCAAUAGAAGCAAAAACCAAGAAUGCUGCUAAUAGCUAGAGAACAAACGAAAUAGAAUCAUGCUUAAUAGACAUCAAAGGCAUGGAAGACAUUUUCAAUUGGCACUGAAAAUGUCAUAAAGUGGGUGCUUGUCAACUACGUAUAGCUGGGCAGGGAAUUCCAAACUCUAGGUGCCACAGCAGAAAAGGUCCUGACUUGAGUAGCCACCCACCUUCCUUCUGAGCUGGGGUAGGAGUGAGGGGAGGGCCCUGGAAGCAGGGCCUGCAGAUGAUGAUAAUGCAGAGGUGGGUUUACAUUUGAGGGAGCAGAUAGUUCACCAAAAACUCCAGUUUUUGUUUGUAAGCACAGAUUUCUGCUUGUAAGCACUGUAUUAAUACACUAACAUCUGCAUGUCCAAAUUAAUAAUUGGGCAGUCAAAUGAUGGAUCACUUGAGAUUUCCACAAGACAGUGGUGCCAUAGGUCAGUGUCUGGUCGUCGGUGGUUCAUGCCCAUUCAGGGACAGCUGUGGACAGGAUUACUGCAUUACAGGAGGUUGAAUUAAAUGACCCUCGGGGUUCCUUCGGACUCUACAAUUCUAUGAUUCUAAGGCCCACAUAUAGCACGUUAGAUGUGAUUGUUAUAAACAGUUGAGACAGAUUUCCUUGUAGUAUGCUGACUCCCUCUUUAUCUUUUGGUAUUCUAACCCAGUGAUUAUUUUUCAUUUAUGGAACCCCUGCUCAUGUUGUGAUAUUCUGCAGAACCCAAACAUCACAAAAACUUAUUAAUAUUAUUGGAAUAUUACUCAGAAUCACUGAAAUGUCAGUGUAAAAUUCCACAAAAACUUGAUUGAAAGCACUAUGCAAGUGGAUUAACUUGAUGGUGUGGUUAACAUCUGCGGUGUGGUGUUCUCUCUCAUAGGUACUUAAAGCGUUUCAAAGUCAUGAAGCCAAAGGUGUUAAGGAGCUGGUGCCGACAGAUCUUGAAAGGGCUGCAUUUUCUGCACACAAGGACCCCUCCUAUAAUCCACCGUGAUUUGAAAUGUGACAACAUCUUCAUCACGGGGCCCACUGGUUCAGUGAAGAUUGGCGAUCUGGGACUGGCCACCUUAAUGCGCACAUCGUUCGCUAAGAGUGUCAUUGGUGAAUACAGUGUGUUUGUGUACUCCACUGGAGAGCCACUUGUGGUGUGUCUCUCUUUGUCCUCAGUAGAGACUGGAAUCUGCAAUUGUAUCCAAGCAGUGCUACUGCUAUAGUGCAUAAAGAGUUCAAGAUCAGGCUUCCUAAAGUCUGCCUCUUGACUGGUUCCAGUGUAAUGUUUCUGAUCCACUGGAAGAUUUUGACCAUGAAUGAAAAACAUUUCUAACACACUCCAGUGUAAUGUUUUUAUGUUUUAAGGUCCUAAAUUCAGUACCCAAAUUCUGCUGCCUCAUAACUGAAAUCUAGAGAUUGAAGGGUGGACCCUAAUACAUGAGCUGCCAUAUUAUGGUUACUCAUCUGCAUGAAUUCAUUCAUGGGCCAUUUGCUAGGUUGAAGCCCCUUGGCUUCUUCACACAAAUCAAAGGCAGCUAACAAAAGUUUGAAUACAGUGGUACCUCGGAUUACAUACGCUUCAGGUUACAUACACUUCAGGUUACAGACUCUGCUAACCCAGAAAUAUUACCUCGGGCUAAGAACUUUGCUUCAGGAUGAGAACAGAAAUCGUGCUUCGGCGGCGCAGUGGCAGCAGGAGGCCCCAUUAGCUAAAGUGGUGCUUCAGGUUAAGAACAGUUUCAGGUUAAGAACGGACCUCCAGAACGAAUUAAGUACUUAACCCGAGGUACCACUGUACAUGUGAAACAUAAAUCCAAACAAAUAACAAGACUAAGCACACUAAUAACAGAGCCCUUAAUCAGGAUUCAAGUGGCGUAGUCCCCAAAGGUCCGUACUGUGAAACAAAGGAAGGAACAUAGGAAGCUGCCUUAUACUGAGUCAGGCCAUCUUGCUCAGUGUUGUCUACACUGACUGGCAGUCGCUUUCCUGCAUUUCAGAAAGAAAUCUUUCCCAGGCAUUCCUGGAGAUACUAGGGAUUGAAGGUAGGGCCUUCUGCAUUCAAACCAGAUGCUCUAAGGCAUCUCUCCCAGCCAGCCUUCAGCCACCUUUGAUCCUUCACCAUAGAUGGAGCCAUCUGGGCCUUGCUAUGUAGGGCAUUCCAAAAUAAGGAUGCCAUGACUGAAAGAGUUCUGUUUCUGAUACUUGCUCGUCAAAUGCCUAAUUCAAAUGCUAGAGGUUCGGAUAGAAUAGAAGUAUGAUUGUUUCUUUUUAUUUUCUUCUCCUUGGGGUUUUUCAGGAAGUCAGAAUAUGCAGAAUUAGGGUGGACAGGUGGGAUCUGCAGCAAUUUUUUCUAGGCAGUCAUAUUGUCUUUUGGGAUGUUCUAUUCCAUGUUUCUCCUGCAAUUUUUUGGUCCCUCCUUCUAAUGGUCAGUUAGCAUUCUAUGUCAACUGAGUACAGUGUACCUGGUUGUUACUGAAUUAAUUUCACCUGCUCAUAUAUUUUUGUUAUUAGUUUUUUUUAUUGUUUUCCAAACUUGCUGUUCCCCCAUAGCUAGUAUCUCCCUCUUUUGUGUGAAAUGCAGCAGUUUGGCUAUCUAAGGAUCACAUUCAGAGAUUAUGUUCGCUAUUUUGUAUUGUUACAAAAGUUGGGUGCCUCUCCCUCUCUCUGCUGAGCAGUAGCAAGAGUCCAUAGGAUUCCAGGCACUCACCUAGGGUCUGUGUUCCUUUGGAAAAUUGAGACACGGCGGAGACUGUCGUAGCUUUAAAACAUAUCCACCUAUUUACAGCUUCAGUCUGCAUGGAGAGAGUCCAGAUCUUACACCAUGGUCAUUUCAGGAGGGGCUUGUCCCCCACAGCAGUGCAGCCAUGGAAUCGAAGUCAUCUCUCCCAGCCAGCCUUCAGCCAGCCUGCCCAAGAUGGAUCCCCGUCUUUCUUCCUCCUUCUUCCUGGAACAGCUUGCUAAAGACUCCCUUUUCCUGUCACUUCAGACACACACCCUGUCACCUUGGCAACAUCUAUCUCCCCAGGCCAACGGACCCCUCUCAGAUAGCCCAUCAACCCAUUUUGCCAUGUUAACAGAUUAGCUCUUUGCCAGGCUUGCCAGGCUGGUUUGCAUAAGCCAGCCCAGGGAUUCCUUGUCUGGCACAGUUCUGCGGCUUGUACUUUCAUACAUAUCCCCGUUAAUCAAAAUCCUACCCUUUAUUAAUUUCUAGGGUUUAGGGGGGUCCCCCCACCAAACCAAAACAGUAUAUAGGAUACUACUGCAUGGAAAGCAGAAGCACUUGCAAAAUGCUUGUUGGUGGACUGCAGCAAUCCAAAAUGUGGAAAAACAUUGGCUUAUUUUUACUUUUUCUCCAGGAACUCCUGAAUUUAUGGCUCCUGAGAUGUAUGAAGAACAUUAUGAUGAGUCUGUUGAUGUCUAUGCUUUUGGAAUGUGUAUGCUGGAGAUGGCGACCUCUGAAUACCCAUAUUCUGAAUGCCAAAACGCAGCUCAAAUCUACCGAAAAGUCACCAGUGUAGGUGUAAAUGUAACUUCUUUGUUAGGGUAAACUUGUAUAUUGGGAGCUUAAGGCAACUAAGCCAAUUAUUCAGAACUAAUGCUAGUCCUGUUGCCCUCAAAGCAGCUGCUAAACUUAGCCUGGACUUAUCUAGACAUUGCUGAGUUCUUUCUGGAGUGACUGAUAGUUUCAGGUGUGUCAUCUGCAGAAGAAGUUUAACUACUGUUUGGUGUUCAGAUGGCACAAUAUGCAAGGGUAAGCUUGCUUAUUUUUGGCCAAAAAAUUGAAUGGAUGGUUCCUUAACCAAACUUUGUCUAUUUAUUUAUUUAAUUUCUAUACCACCCUUCCCCUGAGGAUCACAGGGCAGUUAACAAUAUGGAGCUGCAUAAGUGUCAAUCCCUGCAUAAUCUUUUCCUCCCAGCUUCAUAGUCAGACUGGCAACUCAAAUGAUGUGUUCAUUCAGACAUCAAAAAUAGCUUCCAUGCAUUUAUUCUCUGGCUAAUGUGUGUGGCUUGUUCUGUAGCUGUAGUGAACUAGUUACACUGAAGGUCGGUGCAUCGUGUGUGUGUGUGUGUCAGAAAACAGAUCAGAGGAGAAGGAUUUUGUGGAAGUAUUUAAUAGCAAAAUCACAAGGAUUCUGUCUGUCAUUGCCAAAGGUGCUCCCUCAAGUUACCAGUAGUUGCAGUUUUCACACUUUACCAUAUUAUGGUAUUUUCCCACUUGGCAAUAAAAGUUGGCCAGGACUAGGUCAAAACACAAUGGUGGGACAGAAGGAAAAUCCAAAUGAUACUCUCUUUCUACUAAUUAACAUGGAUGCAAUUUAUUAAGAAGUUGUCUUGUGCAAACUGUAUUGUCAUGAACAGGAGCUACUGUGCUUUUGCACAGCUGUUUAUUUCUACAGUGCUCUGCUCUUCCUGGCGAAUUGUGCCCUGUGGGCCUGAGCUCUCAUUUCCCACUCUGCUGCCUGUAAUGGCAUCCAAAAACCAAACAUUUGAAGCAGCUGCUUCACUUUGUCUCAUGGUAGGGGAGCUGCUUCUGGGUAUUGCCUAAUGUAGUUUUUUUAUAUGUACAUUCAGAGUACAAUAUUAUUUUAGCAUACUAGCCAGAGUACUCAGAUAGUUUUGAUGAUAUUUAUGUUUCUCCAUGAUGAAACUGAUACUUUCCUUGAUUGUACAUUACAUUAUAAUAUCCAGGAGUUGAGGAUACAUCCUGGAAAGACACUUUAGAGGUAUAGAAGACAAAGAUUCUCAGCUUUGUGACAAAAACAUUUUGCAGGACACUUGUGUGUUCUGUGUCCUCAAAGAAAGCAAAAUUGGGGUGUAGCUUAUUCUUUAUUAGGUUAAGUUUCAUGCACAGGAAAGAAAUGUUCUUAUUUCUGGCUGUGAAUGGCCAGAUAAGGGUAAGAAGAGAUUAGUCAAAUGAAUUAGAAUGAUUUUUGACCCCUUUCACAAUGCAUAUUACAUAAAGCCUGGAUAUCCAGCUUGAUUUUGUUUAGAAGCAAAAGCUGGGAUUUUAAGAAAAGGAAUAAUGGCUGCAGUUUGGAAGUCAGUUGGGUGGUAUUCACUAUGACUUAUUUCCAAGUGAAUGUCUUCAGGAUAAGGGUUUAUAUGGUUAAGAUCUACUGUACUAACUUAGGUUGCUUGGAAGAGCAGUUGGGGAUUUCCCAUAAUUCUGUGUAGCAGCAAUGGAGAGAACUCCUGCUGGGUAUUAUCUAUUAACAUCACUUCUAUUCAUCACUUCUCUCCUAGGGCAUUAAACCUGCCAGUUUUAACAAGGUUAUUGAUCCAGAAGUGAAAGAGAUCAUUGAAGGUUGCAUUCGACAAAACAAAUCUGAAAGGUGAGCAGGUCUGUUUUAUUGUGCUCUUCCUCACUCCAAGUUGUGCACCCUAAACUUAAGGGGUGGUCAUUGUGAGUUUAACUAGGGAGUUUUUGGUACAGGCAACAAAAAACCUGAUUAAGCAAAGCAUUCCAGCUUUGCAUAGUGCUUUUAAGCACCUGCAUAAGGCCUUUCGAAGUCAAAGAAAACUGGGAAGCUUUUACUGUUUCACUUUCUCUCCCCUCCCUGCAACAGCAUGGAAAAUUAAGGGAAGGGAAAUUAAGGUGUCUGCUUGAUUUCCCCUGAAAUACUGCUAAGUGCUUAAACUGUAAAACAGUGCCCAUGUGGUACGUAUAGCAAGAUGCUGAUUCAAUUCUGUCCCAGAGAAGCCUGUAUCUGUCUUUAGUUGGAUCUUUAAAACUUUUUGUUUAGUAUUUUUUUGAUGUGUCAUAAAUGCUGGCUGUCCAGUUUUGUUGUUUUUAAAUGCGGUUUGUCAAUUUUUAAGCAAUUGCUCUUGUUUUUAAAUUUUGUUUGUUUUGUGUGUGCUGAAUAGGUGAGUUAUAAACUUAUUGGAUAAAUAAAUGUAAUGCCUAUCACAGAAGUCCCUCAGGGAAGUUUAAUACGGGAUGAAAUCACCCCACCAGUUGUCAGUUAUACCACUGGUGUGGGCAGGGCCAGAUUUAGGUUUGAUGAGGCCCUAAGCUACUGAUGGGGCCCUUUAUAUGUCCAGCUGUCCUUUGCCAACAACAAAUUGUCACUGUUUUUUGUGUUGAAUAUAUGCUAUAUGGUAAUUUAUGGACCUAAUAGGUCCAUACACAACACAAAACUGUUGCUGUAUGUAAGUUUUUUUUGUUUUUUGUUUGUUUUGGAAAUGUACAUCCCAUCCCCCCCCCUUUUAAAUUUCCCAAGGGAGUGGGACCCUAAGAUAUAGCUUGUUUAGCUUAUAUGUAAAUCCAGCACUGGGUGUGGAUAUCAUAAGACACUCUGUGAUUGCCCAUUGUUUUGUUGCCAGGCUAUCCAUCAAAGACCUUUUGAAUCAUGCCUUCUUUGCUGAGGACACUGGACUUAGAGUGGAGCUGGCAGAGGAUGAUGAUGGACUGAAUUCCUCCCUGGCUUUGAGACUUUGGGUAGAGGAUCCCAAGAAGCUGAAAGGCAAGCACAAAGAUAAUGAAGCCCUUGAGUUCAGCUUCAACCUGGAAACAGAUGUCCCAGAGGAGGUGGCUUGUGAAAUGGUAUGUAUUACCUUUGCUUCCCUUACCUUUUUUCUUUCUGAGUUGGCAGCAUCUCCAGACGCUUCUUAUUUGCUUCAUUCCAAACAUGGGGUUUACUGCACCAUUUUUUUUAUUCCCACUUUUACACUUUCCUUUAGAGAGUGUUGCAUUUUUAUUCUUUAUUUCUUUGCUACGCUUUUAUGUUGCCCAGUCACUGAUGCUCUCUGGGCAAUUUAUAAGAAGAAUAAAACCAUAAAACAAGACUAUUGCCAUGGGCAGCAUAGGACCAAGUGUCUUCCGUGGGGGUAAAUCUUGACUUCUUUGUUGCACACAGUUCAAAUAUUUGGUUUACAAGGAGAAAUAUUUUUGCAACCCAGUCCUAAAGAGGAUGACACAGAAGCAAAUGUAUAGGAAUGUCUCCCUGAGAACUAGGCUAGAACUUUCUCCAUGGAGCCACCAUUUCUUAAAAAGAAACCGCACAGGAGCAAAGGGGUAUACAACCCAUCUCCAUUCCAUGGCCUUGAUCCAAAACUCUCUCUCCACCCAUCUUCCCAGCUUCUUUUCAAGAAACAAAAAAAGUCUGUGGGGGGAAAGUGGGGUUCCAGUCACAGAACUCCCACUUAACUUUAGCUUAAUAGUGCACUCCACCCUGCUCAGAGCUGCAAGUUUAGUUUUCUGUGUGCAGGGAGACAUUUGGACAGGUAGUAGUGCAUUUUACGUACAAGGAAUAAGGUCACCUAAGGACUGGUCACCUUCUUGCCAAUGGGUGAGCAUGAUUUCUGAAGCUGUGGUUUUAUACUCAUUUACAGUAUGUGAAUCGUAAGCCAGCCAAGAGCUGAUGAAGUUUUUGCAUUAGUGUAAACAAGUCUUUCUCCCUCCUUUCCUCUUACGGUUUUGUUUCAUUUAUUCUCCUUUGCCCAAGUUAUCUGUUUAGACUGCAGAUUCUUCAUUCUGCCUCACUGUUGCCUUGGUUUUGUUUUCACAAAACAUUUGGCUACACAGCAACCUGACAAGUAACAGCUGAUGGCUAAUGAUACUGCAAGGAGUCAUAGCAGUGCAUCUGCUCAUAUGUAUAUGCGCACAAUUGACUCCUGCUUAAGCAUCACCCACCAGCCAGCUAUGAAGUCUCCUAAAUUGUUGUUUCAGGAUGCUUUGUUCUGUGUCUUAUGAAUGGCUCUGUGAUGUUGUGCUCUAAAGCUGUUGUUUGGGUCUAUUUUCCCUUUAUUUUUCAACUAGGUUUGGAUGUGACUUUGCUAACAGUUGGUAGCUAAGAACCUCCCCUUGGACGGUUCCAUUUUAAUGCAACACCUGUGCUUGAAUUCCUUGUCUUUUAAACUGGAUCACUACUUGAAAAUAUAACUGUACGUCCCAUCAGUAGAAAUCUGUCAUGGAUAAUUCAAGGAUUUAGCAAGAGCCACUUGUUACGUGACUGUUUUCAUAAUAAUUCCUUUUCUGGAGUAGGAUGGACAGUGUUGUGGUUAUAUUUAUCUUGUUCUAAUUAACUUGUUCUAAUCAAGUAACAUAAAUAUCAGAGGUGGGGAAUAUCUGGCCCAUGAGCCAAAUGUAGCCCACUAGGCCUCUCUCUCCAUCCCUUGAGAUUCCCCUAGGCCGUGCCCCUCACUGGCACGGCCUUGGACCUUACUUGAGUGUUCUUGCUUGGUUGGAAUGUGUCCUUCAACUGCAAUGAUGUCUCUUGUUUUCUGGAGAGGUGUGGCUUUUACAUGCCUAGAACAUAGUGUACUAUCCAAAGGUAAGAGACAGAUCUGUUGCUCUGUCCACUUUUGCUUCUGUCUCUACCCAUUUUCAUCACAGUAUAUUAAUGUUGAAGACAGUCACAUAAGUACUAAUUAGUAUUGAUCCAGCCAAUGUACUUGGCCUUAACCCAUAGCCAAAGUGUAGCAGCACUUGAAUUUGUGGGUCUGUAUCUUGCUUGCUGUAUUGUUUGGCGCUCCAUAUAAUAGGUCCAAGAUUGAUCUAGUAUGUGGUCAAUGCAAGUUCUGUUGUAAUGGAACCCUGAGUUAAUGUGAAAUUACAGAAAAGCAUUGCUAAACACCGAUGGAUACCAGUUCAGAGGAGCAGAGUUAUACUUAAUAGAACCGUUCUUUUUUGAUGUCCAGGUGAAGUCAGGAUUCUUCCACGAAAGUGAUUCUAAAGCUGUGGCUAAGUCCAUCCGGGAUCGUGUCUCCCUGAUCAAGAAGACAAGGGAGCGGAGGCAGGUGGGCUACCUGGAGGAGAGAAGAGACUCUCAAAGCAAGCUGCCAAGUGGGCUACCAUUACUCCAGCCACAGGGUUCAUCAUUCACCACUCCUUCCCAACAGAGCAGGACGGAGUGCGAGGAAACAGAGGUGGACCAACAUGUCCGACAGCAAAUCCUUCAACAAAUGCAGCACAGCUCCUCCAUUGCUGGUAAUGAGCAACCAAAGGCAGCCUGUCCUCCCAAAAUGCUAUCCUGAACUAAGGUUAUAAAGAGUGAAUCAGAGCGUCAUUUUGUUCAUCCAGAUGCAUCACCACAAGGCAUUUAUUGAACUCCUGGCACUUUUCUGCUUUAUUGGAGGUCAAUUAGCAUGUAAACUGUGACUUGUAUCUGUGGCAGUUGCCCACAGUUUGAAUUGUUGGCUAAUAUCAUGUACAUCGGUCUUUACCAAUCUGAUGCCCUCCAGAUGUUUUGGACUAGAACUCCCAUUAGAUGUUUUGGGCUGAAUCUCCAAUCAGCCUCAGCCAGCACAGCCAUGAUAAUCUGAUGGGAGUUUUCUAAUGGCCAAUCCUUUCACUCACAACCAUUUGCCUACUCAGAAUUGCUGCGCAGCCCAGUUUCUUUCUCCUUUACUGAUACAAAGACUUGUACCAUUUUUUUUUCUCAGAGGGGAAAGGCAGCUUGGGGGUAGCCAAGUUGUGUGGCCGUUUUGAGCCUUUUCCUCCUCUUCUACACUGCAACCCUUCACACAAUAUAGAGCCACCUCCUUGCAACCACUUUGCCCAAUAAAAGAACAUCUGAGGUCAGCAGAUGCCCAUGAUGUUGCUCCCUGUUCAAUUGGUAGACGUGCCGCACUGGAGUAGUGAAAUUAGAACAGCAGGUUGAUCGUACCUCCAUGGCACUGUUGGCCAGGCAGAGCCUCAAGUGAAGCAACUGAUUAAAAAAGUGUAGAAUAUGAAUACCAUUUGCUGGGUAUCCUAAGUGGGGAGAGUUCUCUUGAACUCAGGUCCUGCUUGCAAACUUCCCAUAGGCCUGAUCCAGCAGGGUUUUUAAAAAAUAUAUUUUUCAAAUAUUGUAGUAGUAGUAGUUGUUGUUGCUUACCCACCCUUUACCUUAAGGUCCCAGGCAGGUUACAACAAUUAAAACAUAACAUUAAAACAAGAGGGUCAAAACUAAGUACAAUUCCAGUUACUGUACAAUAAGACAUUUGAUUAUUCCCAACCCAGAGUAAUGUUCCAUUACAAAUCAGAUCUUAUUUGGUGUUCUGUUUCCUCCUCACCAUUUGUUUGGCAUAAACAUGUGAUAAUAUUGCUUGGUUCCUUCACAAACCUCUCCAUAAGUGUUGAAUAUUUUUGAUAAGGAUGCUGGCUUAAAGGUCAGGAGUUUGUCCUUGCCAAAGAGCAUAUAGUUCCCAAAACAAGGCAUGGUCAUGGGUUGGUGUCAUUGGCAGAGCUGAGAAGAAUUAAAUGAAAAAGCCUUUGUUGCCUGAUUUCAGAAUUUACAUGGAAUGCAAGUUUGUCAUGUUUAUGCCUGCAUAGGAUUAUGUUCUGAUAAGUAGCUUUAUCCUCUUUUGUUUUCACAACCAUCUUGUGAUGUAGGUUAGGUCAUGGGAGCCUAAACCACUGAAGCUCAUGGGCUUUGUAGGUCUGUGAACCCUAGUUUAAGCUCAGCGCUCUAUCCACUGCUCCAGACUAGCUCCUAGUAGAAGCAGGAGAUAAUAUUCCAAAGAGGUUUGGGGCUUAUGUACCUGAAGCAUACAGUUCAGUGGCAGAGUACCUGGUUUGCAUGCGUAAUGUUCCGGGUUCAAGCCAUGACAUCUCCACAUAGACCUGAAUUCUCAUUCUUGUCUGAAAUUCUGGAGAGUUUCUGCUAGCAAGUAUAGACAACAUAGACCAAACUGAAUGCGGUGGACCAGGGUUCUUGCUUGAUUUAAAGCAGCUUCCUGUGUUCCAUGUAGAAAACUUACUGAUGUCAGCUUAAAAGUAUAGGGUUGAUUUUUAUUUUUUUUUAAAGAUUGGAUCACCCUUCCUUCCCCUCAACUAGAAUGCAGGCUUGCAUUUUCUUGUAUUCUUUUCUCAAGUAAAUAUUUGAUCCUUGUAGAUGAGGCAGAUGAGGCAUUUCUAGACAGCUCCUGUCAUGCCCCUUGAAUUUAGUGUAGCACUAUAGCAGUUGUUCCAUCAGCACAAGCUUUUCAUCUUACCAGACAGAAAGAUGUCUCCUCUCCUAGCCCCAUGCAGUGUUCCCAAUUUUGGGAGGUGGGGUAAGGAGGGAGGAGAAGAGUGGGGAAGCUUCAUUGCACUAGUAGACAUUGUUUUGUAGGAUUCCACCAGUGGGGCCAGUUCAUUAAGUCCCAGUGGUUUGUCUUCAUGAGGCAGUGAUAGGGAGAAGGAUGGGAAUUGUUAUGGAUUCCUCUGAAACAGCUUAUCUUUUGUUCUUUCCCUCCUCUUACACUGACGCAGCUGACAGUUUAUCUGAGAGAGGAGCAGGUUCAGUUAUACUUUCGGAUGCCUCCAGCCAACAUAGUCUGGCUUUCUCCUCGGAACAGAUUAUGGGCCCCCAGCAGGCCCCCAAUCUCUCACAAGCUGAAAACAGUGUUCAAGGACACAUCUACGCUUCCCAGCAGCUGGUGGGACAUUACCAGUCGAUGGCAGGGGUAAGUGACCUAUCAUUUUCUUAAAUAUGGUAAGAGAACUACUUGUAUCGAGUUUCUGGAAAUGUUGUCGUGACUGUGCUAGUCUUAGAGAAGGAAUAAAAUAAGAUAGCUAAGGCAGUAUCUUUUAUUCAGUCGGCCUCUGUUGAUUCAGGAUACACAGAAUUCUCUGACAAUUAUAAAACUUCCUGAGCUUAAUGGUAGGAUAUAAGUUAAAAGGAUAUAAACAACAUUUACUUGUAUGGAUUUUUCAGAUAGAGAGGCAUUAAACAAAAUGGUGAUUUCCCACCAUUCUACCUUCCUUUUGCUCUCUGUGUAUAGACCAGGCCUUUGUCUUUUUUCAAAAAUACAGUGGUGCCCCGCAAGACGAAUGCCUCGCAAGACGGAAAAACCGCUAGACGAAAGGGUUUUCCGUUUUGAAGUUGCUUCGCAGGACGAAUUCCCCUAUGGGCUUGCUUCGCAAGACGAAAAUACCUUGCGAGUCUUGAGAUUUUUUUCGCUCCCCCUUUAUCUAAUCUGCUAAGCCUUUAAUAGCCUUUAAUAGCCUUUUAGCAGCUAAUCCCUAAGCCUUUAAGCCUUUAAUAGCCGCUAAACCGCUAAUAGCGCUAAUCCGUCAAUGGGCUUGCUUCGCAAGACGAAAAAACCGCUAGACGAAGACUCUCGCGGAACGGAUUAAUUUCGUCUUGCGAGGCACCACUGUAUAGAAGUCAACCGUUUAAAGGUCCUAGGUUUCUCUAGUCUAUGCAUGUAGUAGAAUUAAGAUAGCCUAGAAUGGGAGGAGUCCUGAACUUGUUCCACCAUGUGUAUCCAGAGGCACCCUUUAUCAUCCAUUGAGUUUGCCUUUUCGUAGAAUUACAGAAUUAUAGAGUUGGAAGGGAUCCCAAGGGAUGCCUUGGAGGAGGAAUGUUUUCCUAAGAAUGGUAGUGAAAGGUGUAAGAGGUGCAUGGGGGCCCUUCCAUACAUUUGCUUAAGCUGUUGGAUUCUGCAGUAAUGUAAGUAAUGUUACAACAGUGUUUUGUGUGGCUCACCAAUGGUAUAGGUUCACAAUCUCUGCUGUGGGUAACAUGUCUCAGGAUGAUGUAUCAUUUCCCCAGGAGAAUAUGUUGCCGGAGAAUGCAGGCAGGGCAGCUGAGACCAGGAGAGCUGAAGCACAGGCAAUCAAUUAGUUUUUCUAUGAACGGUCCAUUUAAUUAUCUUUUUGUUAGGUGCAACAACAGCCAGCAAAUGUGGCCCACCCCAGCGCUUUACCACUAAUCCAGAGUCAGCCUUCAACCCUACCCACCCACAGCUUGGCCCCCCCUGUGGUUCCUCAAGCCCAGGCGUCUCCUGUUGCACUUCAGCAGUUCACACCGAGGCUGGUAAGGGCUUCCAGGGAUAGUCCGACUGACCUGAUGGUCUUUUCAAACCGUCAUUAAAAUAGCAUGUCACAAGGGCAUCUUGGACUCUGAGCCAUAUGCCUACAAGGGACUACGCCGUGACGAGAGCAGGCAGUCACGUAAAGUGGGAGAUAGCGUAGCAGACGUUCUUGUUGUUGAAAAAGAAAUCUGUCCGGAUGAUGUGUGCCGCUAUGGAGAAGUUGCAUGGGGCACGUUCGCAGCCUCUGGGUUGUGGUGGGGGGGGAACACCCCCCCCAAAUGACAUCAAAUGUUGAACAGGUGAUGGAGUUUGCUUCACAAGUCGAAGUUAAACUGCACAUUGCAACAUGUCCGUAUGUAACACAAGCCUGAUGGUCAUUUCUUCACUGCAAAGGAUUCUCAAGAGGGGGCAAUUUGCAAUGAAGAAAUGACAGGGGAGAAAGAGUGUCACUUUUCUUCUGAAAAUUUUACUUCAAUCUGCUCCCCCCCCCCCAGGGGAUUUCACAGACAUUUUUCUGAAAUAAACUUGGUCUGAAAAACUGGCAGAAGAAAAGUGCUUGGCGAGGGAAGGGUUAAACAUCCCCCACCCCGCUGCUUCUGUUCAUAAACUGUCUUGUCUUAUGAACACUGUGCAGUGGAAGAGGAGACACUGAUCUCAUGUUUCACCUGCUUGCAUUUUAACAGGGGGUUUGGUCUUAAGUGCAUCACAAAAUGAUACCUAGUAGGUGCCAUGGCACUCCGGCACCCAUACCCCAUUCAGUGGUCACAAUAACAAGAACAUAGGAACAUAUGGAAGCUGCCUUAUGCAGAGUCAGAUCAUUGUUCCCUCCAUCUCAGUAGUGUACACGGCGGCUCUCCAGAGUUUCAGGUGGGUGUCUCUCUUAGCUCUACCUGGAGAUGACAGAGAUUGAACUGAGGACCUUCUUCUGUAUGCAGAGGAGAUGCUCUGCCCCUGGGUUGUGGCCCUGUUCUGUCAGCAUCAGGAGCAGUGGUGGUGGUGCAAACAUUUUCAUGUACAGAGUAUUGCUCUUUUAUCUCAAAAGUAUGCAUCAUUACAUGCAAAUGUGUGCAAUGGUACGCUGAACUAACUGCUUUAGGAGGGAUAAGCGGUAGAAGAAAGACAUUGCUCAACCCUUUCUCUACCCAUUGCUUUCAUACAUUUGUAGGUAAAGGUAGCUUAGCUCUGAACGCUUGGAAAUUGAUAUCUCUGCAACAAGUUGUGUGCAGCAAGUGGAGAAACGCACGUUGCAUAAAAAUUAAUUGUGCAGAAAGGCUCUUGCGCAAGGCUGAGGAAUCAGCUUCAUAGGUGGGGCUGUGCUGGUUGGGUCAUGGUGGACCUCACAAGGUGCUAUACUUUAUUUACAAAAGCUCUGCUUUGGGAGAGGAUGGAAGAACUCCACAUUCCAGCAACAAGAAGUGACUCUUGCUUCUGUGGAGUUCUCACACUUGAGAUACAUUAGUCACAAUUAACCCCAAAAUGGUCGCUUAUGUAAAUAAAUUAUACCAUUUACUUUACCAUCUUGUGGGAAAAACCACUUUGUAAUUUUUGGGUGUGUCUGGAAUUGAUGCUGUCCUCCUUUUCUUAAGGCAGCUGCCUGAGCAGGCGUGCUUUACUCUGAAUAUCUGAUCCCGUGACAGAGUUGUAGGAGUUUUUAUAUGAUGCAGUGGAGGCUGAAGCUUGAAUGAUAAAUUAUGAGCUCUGUUUUAAGCAGAACUGAAUGCACGCUAGGAAAUGCUUGUAGAAUGAAGCAGUGGCAGUCGGCUCCCUGUAGAAUGUAUUCAUAGAAUGGACCAACCUUCAUGAAAAAUAGUUCUUCCUCAGGGACCCUAAACAUAAGAAUUCAAUCCAUCAUCCCACUCCUUCAUUCUAGUUGGAAUAUAGCUAAGUUAAAUACUGGCUGUCUAGCUACUGAAAUACUUUUGAAAUUGCAAAGAAGUGCUAGUGGUUCUUUGCUACCCUUCAUAUAGCUUACAGAUAAGGUGGUUAUUUUGGAGCACUGAAAGUGUAUUGCCAAGGUGAUGGAAUUUUACAAGCUGCUGUUUAUUAACUUAUACAAAAUCCCUUGAAUCUUGAUGUUCCUUCUACAAGUUCUUUUUGUUAUAGUCUUCUCAGAGUGAUUCAUCUGUUGGUGGUAAUGAUGAGGUUCCGUAUAGUAAGAUUUGGAGAAAGGACGAUCAGUUUAACCACUUUUUAAAAUACCUUCUUCUCACCAGGCUCCAGAUGCACAGGUGUCCUACAGUGCAGAAGGGCAGACAUUGGAUGGAUCCAUCAUGGGAGUCCCUCAGCAGAUCUUGACAGCCACUUCCCCUCAGACUAUCCCUGCUCCACAGAUGGUGAACCAACACCUGCCAGCUAACAUACCGUUGACCUCUGCUGCUAGAAUCGGUAGUCAGGCUCCAGCUGCUGCAGGAUCAAUGGAACUGGAGCAUCCUUCUGCCAGCUUUGUGCCUGCUGGUCAUUCACCUGUGCUACAGGGGCAGCCUUCAGUUCAGUUUGUCAACAAUAUGCCAAGUUUAGCACAGGCUCUUCCUAACCCUUCAGCUCUGCCGUCAGUUCCACAGGGAGUUACCUCCAUUCAACAACCCCAGCAAGUUCCCCAGCAGGUAUCAGCUGCACAGCAGCCCCAGCAGGUGGUGUCAGUUCAACAGAUGCCCCAGCAAGUUCCCCAGCAGGUGGCACCCAUGCAGCAGCCCCAGCAAACUGUUCAGCAGGUGGCAUCUACACAGCAGGCUCCUCAACACAUGGUGUCAAUGCAGCAGGUUCCACAGCAGAUGGCAUCCAUGCAGCAGCCCCAGCAAGUUCCCCAGCAGGUGGCACCCAUGCAGCAGCCCCAGCAAACUGUUCAGCAGGUGGCAUCUACACAGCAGGCUCCUCAACACAUGGUGUCAAUGCAGCAGGUUCCACAGCAGAUGGCAUCCAUGCAGCAGCCCCAGCAAGUUCCCCAGCAGGUGGGAUCCAUGCAGCAGCCCCAGCAAGUUCCCCAGCAGGUGGCACCCAUGCAGCAGACCCAGCAUGUUCCCCAGCAGGUGGCACCCAUGCAGCAGACCCAGCAAGUUCCCCAGCAGGUGGCACCCAUGCAGCAGACCCAGCAAGUUCCCCAGCAGGUGGGAUCCAUGCAGCAGCCCCAGCAAGUUCCCCAGCAGGUGGCACCCAUGCAGCAGCCCCAGCAAGUUCCCCAGCAGGUGGGAUCCAUGCAGCAGCCCCAGCAAGUUCCCCAGCAGGUGGCACCCAUGCAGCAGACCCAGCAGGUUCCCCAGCAGGUGGCACCCAUGCAUCAGCCCCAGCAAAUUGCCCAGCAAGUGGCACCCAUGCAACAGCCCCAACAAGUUCCCCAGCAGGUGGGAUCCAUGCAGCAGCCCCAGCAAGUUCCCCAGCAGGUGGCACCCAUGCAGCAGCCCCAGCAAGUUCCCCAGCAGGUGGCACCCAUGCAACAGCCCCAACAAGUUCCCCAGCAGGUGGCACCCAUGCAUCAGCCCCAGCAAAUUGCCCAGCAAGUGGCACCCAUGCAACAGCCCCAACAAGUUCCCCAGCAGGCAAUGUCCAUGCAGCAGCCCCAGCAUGUUCCUCAGCAAGCAACAUCCAUGCAGUCCCAGCACGUUCCUCAGCAGUUGGUGGCUAUGCAACAGCCCCAGCAAGUUCCCCAGCAGGUGGCACCUGUGCAGCAGCCCCAGCAAGUUCCAUCCAUGCAGCAGCCCCAGCAAAUGGCCUCUAUUCAACAGCUUCAGCAGGCAGCAGUAAUGCAGCAGUCUCAGCAUAUUCCCCCACAAGUGGGCUCCAUUCAGCAAUCUCCACAAAUUCCCCAGCAGGUUGGUUCCAUUCAGCAGUCCCAGCAGGUUGUGCCAGUACAUCAGGUCUCUGCCGUGCCACAGCCGAUUCAGCUUCCACAGUGCCCACAGUAUCCCACGCUGCCCCUCGAUGCUUCGGCGCAGCCUUCCCUGGUGCAGCAAGAGCAGCAAGCUAUUCAGAUGCACCAAUCCACAGAUCAACAUCCUUGUGUAAGGCAACAGAUGUUAUACCACCUGCCCCUACAGCAGCAGAAACAAGAACAGUUUCUUUUCCAGGGCAGCUCUACGGAGCAGUUGGCAGCUGUCACUCAACAAGUUGUGGAAAAGCCGCAGCAGGCCGAGCUCUCGGGUUCAACUCCAGAGCAGGUGGCUUAUCCCAUCCAGUACCACCUGCAAGCCCCAGAACAGCUAAUAUAUCAAACGCAGCCCCCCCACCAUCUCCCAGCUUCAGAGCAGCUGACACCUCAAGUGCAACCCACCAACCAGCUCCAGGCACCAGAGCAAGCACCAUGUCAGAUGCGUGUCGCUUACACAAUGCAAGGCUCCGAUCAGCCUCCGUGCACAGAGCAACUGGUCUAUGCAGUCCCUGGAGUGUAUCCAGGACAGCCCUUGGACCAACCGACAUAUCCAAUGCAGUCUUUUUACCAAGGACAGGCAGCUUUCGUAAACCAGCCAGCGCCAUAUCUAAUUCCGCCCCCAGAGAUCCAGCAGGCUCACUUAGCAGUACAGGUCGCAGAUCAACGGAGUUUUGCCAUGCGCUCUCCUGAGAAAUCGUUAUAUACGGUGCAGGACAGUGGCACUGGCUGCAUGGAGCAGCAAGUUUGCCUAGGGCAACCAGUGGAGGCCCAUGCUUAUCCCUCCGAGCAGCUCCAGCCUGAGCAAUCAACAUAUCUGAUCCAGCAGGAUUCCGGUAUGGGGCACCAGCAGCUGCAGCCUCCUCAGGCGGGACACAAGUUUGCAGAAGGCCAACAGCCAGGAUCGCAGGCCCCUUUUGUCCCAUCUCAGCCAUCUUUUAUCCCACAAAUGCAGCCACAGGCUCCCUAUCAAGAGUUCAACCAGCAUGCUAUUCCUCAGCCCCUCAACGCCACAGUCCCACAGUCUGCCCCAAACGCACCACAGACGGUGUCUUCCAUGCCAGAACAGUCAGAGCCAGCUUAUGCAAGGCAACAGCCGCCAGAACUGCCCGGGCACCUGCAUGGUCCUAGCCUCCUCCAGCAACCUCCAGCAUUUCAGCCAGCUGAUAAUAACCAACCAUUUACAGCUUCCUCAGUACAGUCAGCAUAUGUGCAGCAGCAGCAGCUGCCAAUGUGCCAGGGGUCCGUGUUGCCUGCAGAGCCAGUGGUCCAGAAGCAGGUCCCUUCAACGAGUUCUGGAGCAGCAUCAGCAGCCCUGAACCAGCAAGCAUCACUUAGCGCAGGGACACAGCCACACCAAGAACACGUUCAAGGACAAGACAUUUCACAGGUAUAUCAUUCGUGUUUUUUUUAAAAAAAAUCUUGUUUCCCAGGAUUCCCGCCCCCUUCAAAAGAAAAGAGAGUCACAACAAAAUGCCUAAGUAUUUUGACUUUGUAAUGGUGAUUGCAUACUUUAGGGCCAAAUUGGACGAGAUGUUCCAUGCUUCUGUAUCUGGCUGUCAGGGCUCUCCCCAGGUCAUGCCCCUCCAUACUGGCCUGGCUUGCUUGAGUGUGUUUGCGGGGCUGCAAAGCGCCUUUGAGCUGUGGUACGAUCAUGGAUUGGCUGGAUGCAGAGGAAUGGUGGGAGGCACCAGCCGAGGAACCCCCCCUCCAAGGGAAGAGGAUUCAGAGCCAGGAGCUUGGUGGUGGGUGGCCAGAGAGAGAAGAGGGUGAAGCAGAAGAGGUAACAGGGUUUAGUGAGAAGGGAGAGACUGUGGCAGAGAGCAGUCCAGAGGUAGAGAUAGAAAUGGGAUGGGGAGGAAUGGGGCCAGAAGGCAGAGGGGCUGGCUGCAGAAGAAGCCAGACAGUCUCCCCAUUCUGGUGUGACCAGCUCCUCUCCCUGCUGGUCUCCUUAGAACACGCAAAGAAAUCAAGAGGGCAGGGCAGAGCUGGGUUGUGCGCAGACGCCACCUGAGACUGAGUGGGAAAGACCCUGGAGAGGAGGAGUCCCAGUGGACACUGGGAAGGCAGGCAUCUUCAGCCCUCACAACUGCUUCAUUGGGGCAAGACCUUGAAAGAGUUGCUGAGAGCGACAGGCCAGACUUGUGGUUUGUUUCCAUUGAUUUAUUGUUUUGUUGCUGCCCUAUGCCUGACUCCAGCCCUGACAGAUGUGCCCCUUGCUUCCUGAAUGAAGAGUAGAGAGGUGUGGGUUGAAACCCAGAGUGUAGCCUUCCUGUGUACCAAGGCAAGAGUUGCAUCUGUUGGUCUGCCCGCUUUUGCCCAUCCUGCUUUUGGCACACAGGCCCUGGAAGGCAGCCCAGGAGGAAAUGCUGCUCUCCGGCAGAAAAAGCUUUCUCUCCCCUACACAGUCCCCACAGCCUGGGUUUGUUUAGCAUGGGAUGGUGAUGACAUUUUCUUCAGCGCAAACAAGACUCAACCAGAAACUCUUGUUCUUUCGAGAGGGUGCAGAGUUAACCAAAAGUGUUUCCUGUUUUGUGUUUAAUUUCUUGCUAAUCAGAUUUGUGUGCUUCUAAUCUGCUUCACAAGUGGUGUUUUUGACAACUGGCAGGCAUAGCCUUCCAUGAGUGCUACGUGCAAGACUGGGUCUAAACAAUGGAAAAAUUGUUCUAAUCCAGUAGCCCUGUCAGGAAAAAGAGGUCAACCCUAGUCCCUCCUUUCUUUGUCUAUGGUCACACCUCUGCCAACCUGAUGGUUGCCUUGUAGCUCAGUCAGCAGAGCAUGAGACUCUUAAUCUCGGGGUUGUGCCCCACAUUUGGCAAAAGAUUCCUGCAUUGCAGGGGGUUGGACUAGAUGACCCUUGUGGUCCCAAUUCUAUGAUUUUCUUCCUGCUUCAUCUUAGCUUGCCCUGCUUUGUCCAGCCACACUGUCUUUCAACCAGCAGUGUUCAUCCAGCAUUUUUCUCCACCCCUUUCUGCCCCAUUUAAUACAGCUUCGACUGCCUUGUUUCAAUAGUCCUCUCCUUUUGCUGGUCACUUUCUUCCUUAAUUCCCUGUCUCUUUUCCUCUGCUUCUACCAUCUGCUGUUCUUUUAGGUUUCUGUGACUGCUUCCACACUGGACAUGUACUGCUUCCUUACUCAUGCAAGAUGGCAUGAACAAAACAUUUUCCUCUCACUUUUUCCCUGUUUCACUUCCUUUUUUAUGAGCUUAGAAAACGCAACUUUUUCUCAACUUUUUUGUAGCUGCAUACAGUACAUUCCCUGGGCAUUGGUGGGCUACUGUGCUGUUAUUCUGGCCUAUAGUGACCUGUAUAGAUUGUCCCACCCCUUUUCUAGAUUGCUGUAGCUACUUUUUCUCUCUCUGGUUUGUUUCUCCUCUCUAGGAAUUAGUUCUAUCAGUCUGACCUUUCUCUUUCCAAAAAGUGUUGCACUCUUUCUCCCACUCCUCCUUACAUUGCAGCAAUGGGGUGACAUGAUAAGGAGUACCGUGAAGGAGGAGGUAGUCUUCCCUCCCCCCUGGUCCCAAUGACCCCCCUCUCAGUAACUGGAGUUGGGAAAAGAGGGACGCAGAACCUGGCUGCAGAACAAAGUGUUAGGGUCUGCCUUCAAGAAGUGUGGAGGCUGAGUUGCUCUUCAACUUUCAGCUGAAAGCAGUACCAAAAUGAUGAGGGAUUGCUAAAUCAUCCAUACCUGGAAGCACCUUUUAUCUCUGUUCAUUGCAGACUCUUUCCCGUUCUUUUGGCUACCUGAGCCUCUUGUUCCUUAACUUCAUCAUCUCCUGAGACCUCUUCUUGCUCAUCUUGCCUACUGUGACAAGAUAGCUCUUAGGGUUAGCACACAGUUUCAGUUCUAGACAACCUGAUUUCUCAUUUCUGAGGAGAAACUAUCUGAACAUCCCCUGUUGCCUAUUUUGUGUUCUCAGCACUUUCCUUGUUGCAGUUGUGUCUGUGGAUAAAGGUCUCUCCAUUCUCCUGCAUAUCUAAUCAUGCCACCAAUGUCAUUUGUAGCUAUUUGUGACACCUUCAAACUGCGUACUGGAUUAUAGACUGUAAUCUAGUGAUCUAGCACAAUGCUGUGUCUAUUCCAUAAAAAGGAAAAAUGUUGUGGAUAAACUAGGUUUAACCUCCUUAGAAUGUUUUAUCCUUUCCGUUAUGCAUGCAAGAGGUGGUCAUUCUAAUGAUCUUUAGUGAUUGUAUGUCUUUAAAUGUAGAGUAACUUGUCUCAGCUUUCCAUUUUAAUAACUUUUAUUUUCACUUUUUCUCCUGGGAUUGCAAAUAGCAAGCAUACAUUUCUGAGACUGUAAAUAUUUUCCUAACCAGGGAUGGGAAAUAUUUUCAAAGCAAAUGCAAAGCUUGGAAUAGAAUCUCGAGAGCUAGAUAUUAUUCAAGGUUAUCUUUAGAACUGGUGCUAAAUGUUACUAGAAGAAGAAGAAGGGGGGGGAGCAGAUCCAGGUCCUGAGGAUGUCAGCCUGGAAAAGUACGAUUGUGUUUCAUUUCAAGCACACAAAUUGUUUGCAUUUUGUGUAAUUACUUAAUUUGCUUAGUAUCGCUGCAUCCAAGUGAGGAUGGCAAAUGCAGAACCAACAUAAUUAAUUUUCUCCCUCCCUAUUUCUAGGCUUCCAUCUUGGUACCAGAACAACAGCCAUCAGUUCAAAAUCAGGAUUUUGUUCAAGGGUGAGUCUGCUCCAAGGUUAAUUUUUUUGGCCUGGUGGAAGGCAGGAAUGCUAAGUGCAUGGAGAUCAAAACUAGUGAACAUCUCCAUUUUCCAUACAGAGAAGACAAGCUCAAGGCUUGCAGAGGGGUGGGAAGGGGGGAGUUCACUUCAACCAGAAGAAAGCUGGCAGAGUUGUGGUAGGAAGAAACAUUAUUGAAGCAUAUGUACCCAAAGAUAGGAACUCUCAUCAUUCUCUCCCUGCUAAGAACUUCAGUUAAAUUUAGGGAAGUAAAUACUUAGGAUAACUGUUAGGAAUUUUCUGAUCAAAGCAGUAGUGUGCUAGAAAGUUAAUUUAUGGAUUUCACUGGAAGACUUUAGGUUUGGGAUUCCCAGAAUUUGCUAAUCCUCAAUGCCAGUGCCAAACCUUUUGCUAAAUGAGAUGUGAACUAAAUGACACCUUCCCUAGCCCCCCCUCACAGCCUAAGGUCACCAGUUGAAAAGCUUUCCCCACAUCCAUCUCUCCCUCCUCCCCAGUCAUGUUACCAGCCGCUUGCUGCAGGGUCCAGCCCUGUGCCUUAUUACCCUAAGGUAAGGACUAGUCCUGGUCUCCCAUAACUCCCCCUUCUGUACAUCUGCAAAGGUGCCAUCUAUCCAUUAGCUUGCUCUGCAUGCCACCCCAAGCACCACUAAGACAAAGUAAAGAGAACAAUAGUAAGAAAAUGUUUGUGAAGUGCUUUUCCUGAGUGUUUGCAGUACUUGAGAAGACACUUCGUACACAACUACGAAGUUGUGUGGGAGCCAGUUCUCCAUAGCUUUGCUACUUCCAUUUUGUUGCAGUAACCUUUAGUGCAGUAAUCUGGGCCUUUCUCACCUGAUCAUUGCCUAGAGGACAGUGGAUGGAAGGGUGGGCAUUGUUGGUCCCAUCUAUGUUGCACUGGGAUGUUGAACAUGAUCACAGUGGCCUAGAAAGAAGUCAGGGAAAUCCCGCUGCCCCACAGAUAGAGUAAUGUAUACAAUAGGGGGACCAUCAACAGCCCUGUAAGUUAAGCUAAUAUUCUCCCCAUUACAGAUGUAGUGUGUCUGUCUCUCUGUGUGUAGUUGAGACUGAGAGAAAUGUGGUUUGUCCAUGUAAAUUUCACCCAUUUGAAUUUAAGUGUUUAACCAUCAAUGGUAGUGUGACAAAAUAAAUGCAUAUACCAUAGACAGCAAUGUCUGCCUAUGGUACCUAGCCACCUUCAACUCACUUAAAAAGUAGUGUUUGUCACCAGCCCUACUUUGAUCUACGGUAUUUCCCUAUUCAAAUAUUGAAGCUGCUGUGAGGUAUGCAAGCCCUCAUUUGGGCUAGUUGAUAAAAGGAAAACAAAGAUUUACUUAAUGUUCAGAAGUUACAGAGAGCAAGGCUUCCCCUCAGAAGUGUCUUGGUGUGCUCCUUCUAAGAGUGCUCACCUCUUUUCCUAUCUUUUAAGACCGAUUCCUGAUGUAGCCAUUCAGAAGGAAGGUGCCAAUGGAUGUGACCUUCCAAGUGGAAAUGGCAAACAAGACAAAAGCAAGCAACGGAGAGCUUCAUGUGCCCGAACAGAGAAGGGAACCAAAUUUCAGCUCACUGUGCUGCAGGUAUGUAUGUUUUAACAAUCUAGGCUAAACCAUGCAUAGCUCCAGAAUAGAAUUCAAUGGAAUAAUAUCUGUCUGGAAAAUAUAUUUGAGGUUGUUUAUCUGGGCUCUACUACCACCGUUGUACAAAUUCCCAUUUGCAAGCAAUGCUUUAAUGACUAUAAAUUCUGCAACUAUGUGUGGAAUUCAAUUGGAGUAUGUGUCCAGAGAAUGAGAUCCACUAAUGCAAUGAGACUUUUCCACCCUCUCCUUACCCUGAAUGACCCCAAACCUUUUCUGGGUCCGUCCCCCCCCCCCCCCGAGCAGAUUUAAAUGGUGCAGGAGGGUGCACGGGGUAGGAGAGGAUGGAAAGUUCCAUUGUACGGGGACUCCUCAUUCUGCACAUGCAACAACUUAGUUGAAUCCUGCCCUUGGACUCCAGAUAAUCAUUUGUUUAUCUGGUUAAUAUAUGUUAAGAAGAAGCCCUUUGGCUCAGUCAAUUCUUAUAUUCACAGAUCAUAUUUCAGGGGGCACCUCAAUAUGGGGAAGCAGAGUUUCCCCAUAUUGCAAGUUGUUCUUUUAACACCAUCUUUGAGCAGAAGAGCACUUUUAUGACUUCUAUAAUCUCAGAUUUGCCUAGAAUCAGUCUUUGUUGAUGGUAAAUUGUGGGAUGAAUUUUGAGACUUGCAAAAUGGACUGAUUAAAACAAUUGAUUUAUCCAAUGUUGUACACUAUUAAUGUUUCUACCCUGGUUUGUGUGCCUGGUGUCAGAGAUAGCAGAUGACUUCACAGUUUUUUGUGUAUCUUUUUAGCUUAAGUUUAUUCUUGCAGCUUCACAAGAUCAGAAAGGAAUGGGUUCAGGUCAGUUGCUUUUAAAACAACAUAAUGUGUGAACAGGAUCUAGAAUCCAUUCCAAAUGUUAAUGAAGGCAAGUAUUUGGAAUCAGGUCAUAACUGGAGGGGAAAAUUUGAAUAUAGUCUUUGGGUGAAGAAGUAUAUUUUCAAGCCUCCAGCAAAUGCUUAUUAAGUCUUUGGAUGGAAUAUUUGAAACUGAGGUCACUGAAUCCCAAAGACCAUCAAGUGCUGGCAUUUUCAACAGAUGCCGGAUUCUACAGAAAUGAAUCCUAUCUAUAUUCAUUAUCAUACUAUAGGACAACAUAUAAUGUGUACAUAAUUAUCUAUUCAAAACAACAACAAAGAUAAUAGGUAGUGUUAAACCUUUUUAGUUAUUGGUGCUUUGCCACUUCAGCCUUUGGACAGGUGCUGUCAUUUUACAGGAUUGGUGUCACACCAGUCAGGUAGAGGUGAUCUUUGUUUGCCAAGAAUUGAAGAAGAAGCAGGUUCUGACUCUGUCUAAUUACUCAACCCCCCCCCUUCAAUCAGGUGUCAACAUCGGGGGACAACACGGUGGAGUGCCAGCUUGAGACUCAUAACAACAAGAUGGUCACAUUUAAAUUUGAUGUUGAUGGAGAUGCUCCGGAAGACAUUGCUGACUACAUGGCAAGUUUCAUAGAGCCUGCUUUCCACUAGAGAUUUCUUGUUCAAAUGCUUGGGUUGCUCAGGACAAUGUGCAAUAGCCUUGUGUCUUGUUCAUAGCAUUUCUCAAGAUAUGGAAACCCCUGAGGUCUAACCUUAGUCUUCCACUUGACAUGCCCUUGACUUGCACAGAUUAUUUUGAGAACUAACUUUGAGAGGCUUUGGGGCAAGAUCCUAAAAAUGGGGCUGCUGAAGGAAUCAAUGAAAACUGGGUUUGGAAGUUUGACUAAGCUCAGCCUCCCAGGCACUGUCACCUUUGGAAACGUUGCGUGUAAGGACUUCAAGACAAACGUUUUAAAAAUCCUUAAACCAUUUGAACUAACCUUCUAAGUUAUUAUUUCAGGUUUGCUGCAGACUCCUGCAGGACCAUCUGUUGUUCCUUGGGUUAAUAAGAUUCAAAAUGGUGUUUUAGCCCUAAACAUUAGAAACUUGGGGUGGGGGGGGAGUGCAGGUUGGAUAAAUUCAUUUAAUUCAAUGGAAGAAGGUCUUGCCUCCUUAUAGACACUCCCCCCCUUUUCCUAUUUCCUUCAUUGCACAAGUUGUGUUUUUAUUUCUCGUUUAUAAUUUUAUCCAUUUCAUUCACUUCUGAAUUUUUUACUUUUCUUUGACUUUAUCAUCAAAAGCUCCUUGUAUUAAACUUACAUUAUUUUGUUGUUAAUGUUUGUUUUUCUCUCGUGUGUAUUGUCUGCUUUUGUUGUUCAGUAAAAAUUAACUUUUUAAAAAAUAAGCGUCCAAAGACUUUGACAAUAGUACACAUUUCUUCUUUAGACAUAAAAUUUGCUGCCUGAUCCUAUACAUCUUUUAACUGGGGUAGGGGGUUUGUAUAGCCCCGCUCAAGGUGUUGUGGAUUACAAAUCCCAUCAACCCUGAUCCUUUGUCACUGGCCAUGCUAUCUUGCAGGCAUCACUCAGGUAAUGGAUUCCAUUGGAUGCACUGAGGCUAAACCCCACCCAGGGAGCCAUUGGGUGCUUCUGGGGGUGGGGCCAGGACCUGUGAGCAGAUUUUGAGGGAAACUUUCUUCCUGUGGUCGGCUUCUGGAUUAUAAUUAGGUCUGGCGCCUGAUUUUGGCAUUUUGCAAAAUAAUAUGUUUAGAAAAAGGAAUACUUAAGUAUAGUAAUACCAUUUUAGAAUGAGUAUGUUCCUCCCCUAUUACUGGGGAAACUUGAGAUGGCUUCUUGCUACAUAGACACUGGCACAGUUUCAAUUGUUUUGGCUAUAUAUGAGUUUUCCUUCAGCCAAACAAUAUUAUUCGUUUGGAAAGCUAAGAUUUCUCUGAUUGUAUAAAAUGUAAUAGAAGAUGCACUUACAUCUUCUACCCUGUUUUUUCCUUCCCAUGUUAGGUUGAAGAUGAUUUUGUGUUGGAAAAUGAGAAAGAGAAAUUUGUUGAUGAACUGAAGGCUAUUGUUUGCCAGGCCCAGGACAUCAUCCGCAGUCUUCCGGUUGAAGAGCGAACUACUGGCACAGAGUCUACACCUUCUGAUCUUACCCAAGUAAGUUAUGUUUGUUUAGUGAUACCACUUUUCUGGGAAAGUGUGUGCUUGUAUUGGGAAAUUCCCUUUUUAUAUUUAUCUAUUCAUUUUUAAUUCAGACAGGAUCUUCUGAACAAGUUCAGAUAAACCCAGCAUCUACUCAAACUGGCAGUAAGUAACUAUUUUAAAACAUUUAACAUUGAAGGUCAAACAAAAAAACAAAACAAAACCACCCUCCUUAAAGGUGAAAGUGAUGAAAAUAGUGGAUAUUUUGGCAGGAACUAAAGCAGAUUUGUUCCUUGUCAGUUAGGCUGCCUUUUGUCUCUCAAAUCUUCUUAUGGUAGUUCACGUCUUAGGUGGAUUCAUCUUGGCACAUAUAAUUGAUUCUCUGCAAUGGUCCUGAUAACUGUAUGGGAAGAUUGUAAAGAUUUUGAGUGACAUUAUUCAAGGCUGAAAGAAGACAUUUAGAAAUCUUCUAUCAAUUAAGCAGUAUAUACAUUUAAAAUAAAUAAAUAAACAAGUUCUUAAUGAGUAUAGCCAAAUUGGUAUCAAUUCUGGGGGUGGUUUGAUGUAGCUGAGCAAAGAAAAAGGUCUGGAUUUUACCUUUAGGAAACUAGAAUCCAAAUUCCUUCAUUGUGUUUGGUAGUGACUCCUUACAUUAUCCUAAAGCAGGUGAAGUUACAAGCCAGCUUCCAUACCUAUAGAAGGAUAGCCAGUUAGGUGCCCUCCAGAUGCCAUUGGACUACAUGACCAAGUUGCCUGGGGCUGAUGGGACUGGAGUAGGAUCAUAACUAGAGGGCAUCAUGCUGUCUACCGCUAACUUACAGUUGGUGAUGUGGUUUGAAGUGUCUGGAAAUCUAGCCAGUUCAAAAUUUCCUUUUUGAGGUUGACUACAAAAAUACCCCUAUGUUUAUGUAGCAAAUAUCACGUGUGGUGUCAUCAGUUGUGAAAUGUGGCGUGCACAUUUAAAUGGCUGAGUUUUCAUUUAAGAAAUACAGAAGCAAUGGUUGAAAGAGGGAAAGAUGCUCUCUCUUGUGUAUGGGAUUUUUCGUAGUGGAAAGUGAAAUGCACACAGUCAACUGUGUUCCUUUAUGUGAUACGAAGGCAGUUACUUACCAUGAUGGACUACUUUUCAAGCACAUCAGAAGAGUCCAACAUUUUACUUGGCUACUCUUUGUUCCAUUAACACUGAAUGAUCUCUUUUUCUCUGAUUCUGGUAUGACCUUUGUAUCAACAGAACAAUGCCAGUGGUAUGUUUGUUUUUUACCCACAAGUUGAGCAUCUGUCUGCUCUUGAUUUGUUAUUUCUUCCUGCUCCUGGAGGACUGGAACACUUUGGCCAGGAUCCAACAAACCAUAGUUCCGUGCAAUUAAGGGGAACUUUGGGUGUGUUUCUGAAAGAGGAGUCUUCCUUACCACAUGUCAGAGCAAUUCUGAAACUGAGGAGAACCUUUCAAAAGCAGACUGUGAUAUAGCAUAGGGAUCAGCUGUUCAAAUAUAUAUAUAUAUAUCAAGCAUGUUUAAACCCUGGGUAAGCCUGAAGCUGUUGUGCUGAACACUUUGAUAAAUGUUUAUUCGGACUACUAAUAAGAGGUACAUAUUACAGUUUCUUGUUUGUUCAAUUUGUAUCUCACCAAAUGGUGUUCAAGGCAGCAAACGGUGCUCAAGCGAUAAAUGUAGAUACUGUUCCCAAUGGCAGAGUGUUACAGGUUUUUGUCUCAAACCAGCAAGUGUUCUUAAUACAGUAUGGUAUAAGCGGGGUAAGCACUAUGAUAAAAAUGAGAUGUACAAUGCCAUCCAGGUCCAAAUUAGAGAGCCCUAUCUUCUUGAGCCAGAAGGAAAUACUGGAUUAAAAGUACAUCUACUGAAACUGGAUAAUGGCCCUAUUAUUUUAUGGAUAAUUAUUUUAAUCAUAUGUUCUUGUUAAAUGAUUUGAGCUUCUUAACUUGCGGCCUAGAGUCAUGGGCUAGUUUCUGGUAAUUUGGUGGGACUGUUUGUGGGAAAUAGUAGUGUAACAGAAUAUUCCUGUUGUUGUCUGAGCAAUGUGAUAUGGGAAAACCCGCAACAAGUGCACCAACACAUGUCUGAUCCUGACUUUAUUUAUUGAUUGAUUGUAUUUACCGUAUUUUUCCGUCUAUAAGACUAAUUAGGUUUUUUCCCUAAAAAAUAAUGUCAAAAAUUAAGGGGCAUUUUAUACACAGGGCCAUCUCCCCCCAUUUUCUUAAGUCUGAGUCCCCCAAAAUAGGGGGCGUCUUAUGCAUGGGGGUGUUUUAUAGAUGGAAAAAUAUGGUAUAUCCCAUCUUUUCUCCAAGGAGCUCAACAUGGCUUACAUAGCUCUCCCCCUCCUCAUUUAACCCCCACAACAACCCUGUGAGGUAGGUUAGGCUGAGAGGCAGUGACUGGCCCAAGGCCACCCAGUGAUCUUCAUGGCCAUGUGGGGAUUUGAGGCCUGGUCUCUCAGGCUUUAGCCUGACAUUCUAACCACCACACUGGCUUUAGUAAAGACAGGGGUGGGAAAGGAGGUACAUGCAUGGCACAGUGCAUUACUCUAAAGCAGAGCUUUCCAAACUGUGUGUCAUGACACGUUAGUGUGUUGGCUGCAGUGUGUCGGUGUGUCGCACAAAUGCUCCCUGCACUCCUCCCAGGCCUGCAAAGGGGUUAAUUUAACUUCUGGUUUGCUAGUAAAACUGAAUUAAUGUGUUGCGAAAUCGUGCAUGUCAAAAAAGAAAAAGAAAAAAAGUGUCAUCAACAUGAAAAGUUGGGAAAGCUCUGGUAGUCCCUAUAAAUAAAGGGGCAAGCAGCAGAACUCAGGCAAAGCCAAGGAAGGAUAGCUUCACCAGCAGCAUUCAUUUUUUUCUGUGCAAGGACACUGAUCCAAGGACACUGGCGAAAGUCAGAUCACAUCGGUUCAUGGCAACAAUCCCACUCUGAUCAAUUGAGUUUACUCCUCCCUAAGUCUAUUAGAAUUGCAGCCUUGGUGCCUUAAGGCCAAUUCCAGAAUCCCGACUGCUAGGCCUUGUUGUUCCUAAGGCUUCUGCUCACAGCAGCAGUGAUGUUCUCAUAGUCCUGUUUGAGCACAUCUUGAUUUUGUUUUCUUGUUAUGCACAUGAAAGAUGGUAGAGGAAUGAUCAUCUCCUGUACUUCUUUCUUUCCUCACAGGUGAAUCCGCUCCUCAGUCAUCCCCUGUUGGCCGCUGGAGAUUUUGCAUCAAUCAAACAAUAAGGAACAGAGAAACCCAGACACCUUGCACUCUUCUACAGUCAACUACAGCUGCCCCGGGGUGUCAGAUAACAGGUGAACAUGUGAUGCUGUAGAAAGCCUGACUCAAUUUUGACUUGUUUGUGGUAAAGUGUAGCAUCCGUACAGUUUUGGAACUGUAGCCAGCACUGAGUUCAGGCUUUGUGUCUCAAGUAAGAAUGGCUCAGAGUUUCAGAGUGGAAGUUUCCAGGUUUAAGUCUUUAAUGCUGCUGAAGAUCAGAAAUCUCUUUGUGGGGAAGAAUUCCCUCCCCUUCAACAUUUUCCUAAUGAAGGCAAGAAGUCAUUCUCUAUCCCUUGGCAUAGCAACUCCUGUCUAGUACAGAAAGCAUGUUCAUAGAAUAAUAGAAUCACAGAAUGGCAGAGUUGGAAAGGACCAAAAAUACCAGUUGCUGGGGAACACAAGAGUAAAAGUGCUGUUGCACUCAUGUUCUACUUGUGGACUUCCCAUCGGCAUCUCAUUAGCUACUGUGAGAACAAGAUGCUGGAACAGGAUGCCUUUGGUCCUGAUCCAGUAGGGUUGUUCUUAUGUGUAACAUAUGACAAACUUCCUUACGGCAUCCGAUGCUCCUGACUCCUCCCCAGUUGAUUCCCUGCCUUCACCCAGCAUAGAACAUUGCUUCAUUGUUCCCUUCUCAUAAUCUCAACUCCAUACCUUUAUACUUCGUGCUCCUCCCAAACAGAUGUUCCUGUGCUAUCCACUUCCUCUUUCUUUUUCUUCUUCUUUUAAAAAAAUCUUUAUCAAUCUCUUUUUCUUGACUUUCCCUUCAUCCUUUAUGGCUCCUUCAGGUGGGCAGAAAGCCAACAAGAAAGAAAGAAAAAAAUGCAACAUAUUAGGCUAGUUAAGGAAGCAAAAAUUAAAAAGAAGCCCACUGCAGCUACUAUGGAGCCUCCCACUGAGAACUUUAUUAGCAAGAGCUAAAUCACCUGUAGAUUUGCAACUCUCACCUCCUGAGCCAGCUCAGCCGACAUCCCAGGCAGCGUUUGUCUCCUUGGAGACCAGAUCAGCCUCCAAAGAAGUACCCUUUCCAUCCGCUUUGUAAAAAAAAAAAAAUUAGUUGAAAUGAACACCAAGCCAACCAAACAAAAAGCCACUAGACUAGCUCAGAGGAUUGUAUACUGUUUCCCCUCAGGCAAUGGAACAGUUAAAAGUCCCAGUUGUGGUUGCUGCAGUGGAAGUCCUUUUAUUGGACUCAAUCCCCCCUAGGCGCAAUGACACAUUUUCCCGAGAAAGAAGUAGAAAGAAGGCAUACCACAUUUCUUUUAAAAGUCCCAUGAGGCUCCUGCCCUGGCUGCUGUCUUUACCUCUUUAAUGCUGCUAUAGCUACGGUUCUUUGGCUGGAGGAUAUACUGCAAAAUAAGGAUCGGGACAACAAUACCCAUCAGAGGGUAUUGGUCAGACUUACCACGGCAUCAGCAUUCACUCCAGUGUCAACCUAGGUGCUGUUUAGCCUUCUUCAAGGAUCAUUGUAGCAUUCACAGUAGCUAGAAGGUCUUGAAUUUCCUGGUCAAAUCAGUGAGCAGCCCACUUCAGAGGGACUUGUCUAUUUAGUGAAGAGCUGCUCAAAGUGCACCUUGUAGAUAAAAAAGAGACCCUUGGCACUCAUACGAAAAGGAAGCAACCUUACUCUUUUCAGCCCAAUAGGACCUCCUUUGACCAAGGCUGUAUAGAAUUCCUAAGCUAGUGUAGUCUAGUUCCCAUUUCUCACAGUUCCUCCAUCAGACAGCCCUGGCACCAGCUACAAAAAGCAAGACAACAGUUCUGGUGGUUAGGAGGCCUUGGCUACAAAUAGCUCAGUUCUCAACUUCUGUCAGUGUAAGGACUUUUGACUACACAAUGAAACUUCUCUCCCUGCAUGCUCUGGACCUCCUAAAUCUGUUAUGGGGUUUCUUUCAAUCCCCUGGAGCUGAUUUGGGAAGAGCGCAGGCUACACACAGGGAGAGAAGAGUAGGUAAAGCUAGGUACAAGUGCACUGACUUGCUGGUGGAUUUUUCAGUAGAUCCCAUCAUAUCAGUAGUAGCACACCUCCUGCUUCAGGGCUUACAUAUAUAGCCUAGGAUUGCCAUAUUUCAAAAAGUGAACAUCCAGACAAAAAGCUGUUGAGCUUCUUGGGGGUGGGCAUCAGAGUUAUUGAGCUUUUCUUGCAAAAUAGCAAAAAUAAUUGCCAUUUUUGAGCUAUUUUGAACAAUUAUUUAUGAAAAUUGGCAAAAAUGGCACUGCCAACAUGGCUUGCCAUAUGUCCGGAUUUUCUGGGAGAUCUUGCCGGUUUCUGUACAGACACUGCUUUCGCCCACAGUAUUAUGGACAUAUGGCAUCCCUAAGAUAGCCUUUUCUCAGCUCUUCACCCCAAGACGGGGCUCAUCUACACUUCCUAGUUACUCUAGCCUUUACAGAACUACAGCUCCAUAGUUAAGCUCCCCAAAAGCCAUCUGACCCGUCCGGAAGACUUUACUGCUUAGUAACACAGUGGAACACCCACUUUACUGCUUAGGGACACAGUGGAAAGGCUAAUCUUCCUCCCAGCAAUGACAGACCUCACCCCUGUCAUCCAGCCUCUCUGGGAAGAACUUCAGAACCCUGGCAAACAUCCACACAAGCACUGAUUUCUCAGAGGCCUGUUUCUUCAUGGCCACAGGAGCACACAAGUUCUCUUCCUUGAGUUGAAAGGCAGUCCUCCAGACCACCACAUUUUUAUCAUUGUUAUCCCAAAGUGUGUCCUUCCUAGUGGCCAUAAUCUUAGUCCAUGAGGUUUCAGAGCUGGGAGCCCUGGCACAUCUGUGUGACCUUUUCACAAGGGUAGAAUAAAUCUGUGCACAGCCUUCUUUCCAAAAACGAACUCUGCUUUCCACCGAACAGAACAACUGAUCUUGCCCUUCUUUUGCCCCAGCCCCCCAUCCCCUGUCACAGGCUUAGUCUUUACAGGGUUCUAAAGACUUGUCCCAGACUCACUCAAGCCUUCCAUCAAACAGACUCCCCAUUUGUAUUCUUUAACCCCCAGGUCCCUAGGGGAAAAAGACUUCACCCACCAUAUUAGUGAGAUGGCCUAAAGCCUCCAUGGUCUUGACCUAUCUGGCUCAGCACCUCCCUACAUCACAAAAAUGUCAUGGCACACACUCCACAAGAGCAGCACCAGCAGCCGUGCUUCCCCCUUCAGUUGCUGAUGGCAUGUAAGUGGCCAUGUGGGAGCCUCCUCCUCCCUUUCCCUUUGCCUCCGUAGAGGUGACAUUUGACAGCACGUUCCAGCAUAUUCUUCAUCAUCGUUACUCCCACUGGUUUAUCUUAAAUUCCCUCCCUAGAAUCAGAGUAGCUUGAAAAGGUAAAGGUGAAGGACCCCUGACAGUUAAGUCCAGUCGCAGACGACUCUGGGGUUGCGGCUCUCAUCUCGCUUUACUGGCCAAGGGAGCCGCUGUUUGUCUGCAGACAGUUUUUCCGGGUCAUGUGGCCAGCAUGACUUUAGCUGCUUCUGGCGCAAGGGAACACUGAAACCAGAGCAGCGCAUGGAAAUGCCAUUUACCUUCCCACCGGAGUGGGAAGCACAUUUUUUGGCGUGCUUUUGAACUGCUAGGUUGGCAGGAGCUGGGACCAAACAAUGGAAGCUCACCCCGUCGUGGGGAUUCGAACCGCCGACCUUCUGAUUGGUAAGCCCAAGAGGCUCAGUGGUUUGGACCACAGCGCCACCCACGUCCCUCAGAGUAGCUUAUGCAUAUCCCAUUCCUAUUGGAUGCUUCUUCAGGUUGAGAAAGGAACAUGGAGCUCCUGUUGACCAGUGAGCUAAACAAUUUCUCUUGGCACACACAUUCAUCUGCAGAUACCUCCAAUCUGUGCUGAGUCAUCUCUUACUAGGAGGGACCUCUCUCUUCCUGUGUUUUGCCUUUUCCUUCUUUGACUCUGUCUCAAGCUUGGCCAUGGGAUGCAACUGGAGCAAGCAUCAUUUUAAUAGAUUAUAUAUGAUAUGAAUAUAAUUUUAUUUAUUACGAUGUUUGUUUUUUAUUUUAAUGAUAGUUUUUUCUAUGGUUUUAGCAAGUCUCGUUUUUAUAUGUAAGCCACCUUGAGUCCCAUCAGGGAAAAGGUAGGGUAAUAAUAAUAAUAAUCAGCAUCCAAUGCAGCAACAAAGUUAGUCAUGUGCUCCCUGCCUCAUAGAAGGAUGCAUUGUUUACCCCAAACAAGAAAGAACCUUCACAGUAAGCACUGAAAAAGCACUAUCCUUUUCUAACCAGAAAUCAGGUUUCUUUCUUUUCUUUUUUAAAAAUCUGUUUUUCAGGGCAAGUUCCCCCACAAAGCAGUAUGUAAAGACAGUUGUAUAAAACAUAAAGGAAUAAUUUAAAAUCUACAUUACACUUCUAAAAAAUAGCAGCAAACUAUCACUAAAAUAAAAUGAUACAGACUGAAAUAAAAAAAAAUACCUUUAAAGUUCCUUCAAAAUCAUUAAUGAAAGACCCAUGCAUACUUCAUGGGGGAGAGCAGUGCAUGGAUCAGAUCAGGUUUAAACAGAGAUAAGAAAUAAUGUGUGGAAUGAAGUGUGCUCACAGUUAUUGUGGUCAUGGCUGAUGAUGCAGUUGUCUUCUUUUUUAUUAUUAAAAAUUACAGUCUUACUGUGCCAGGUGAAGACUUUUUUAAUUGACUGAGGGUUUUAGUUGCCCCAAUGUUUUUGUUUUGUCUUGACUGGUAAUUUUAUCUUGUGCUCACUUUUUUCCUGCUGCUUUCACAACUUUACUGUGUUUCUAUAUUUAUGAAAUUAUUAUGAGGCUUUUGUAAAAAGUGUUCAAGAUGAAUACAAAAUUACAAUAGUGACUGGCCCUCAUAGGACACAUACAUCACCUUGAGCUUGUUUUAUCUAUAUAAUCAUAUACAUUACACUCCUUUAUAAAAAUGCUAUGUGAAUUUAUUUUAUAAUAGCCUAAAAGCUUGUUCUGCUGCAAAUAUGUUGGGCUUGUUUUUCUGAGCUGUUUCUGAAGCAGAGGUGGGAAACCUUUCAGAUCAAGGCAUUUCCUCGUGAGCAACCUUCCCGGUGCCAUAUGGUGGGUGCGGGCAAAGAGAGGAGGCAGGGAAGUGAGAGGCGAAAGUGGGCAGAGCAACAGAUGUGAUUCUUACAGUAGGCUGCAUUCCAGCCAGGCAAAAAGCAUAGGUUUCUGCACACAUGUGUACACACCUCUCUCCUUCCAGGCAAGCAAUAGGCAUUAUCACAAUUCCAAGGACAUAAUCCAGCCAAGCAAAAGCAUUCAAGGAAGGCACCAUUGAGGUGGAAAGGGGUGUGACCUGUAGAGAGCCCCAUGGGCUGAAUAGGAGGGCCAAAUUUGCCCCCUGGCAUAAGUUACACACCCCUUCUCCAAAGCCAGCAACCCUGGUUUUUAAAGUCAUAAUUUUGAGAACUAUCCCAUCUUGAAUUGCAAGUUUUAGAAGGGACACUCUCUGCAGUUAACAGGGGUUUUGUCCUUCUAAAGCAGGCUUCCUCAACCUCGGCCCUCCAGAUGUUUUGAGACUACAAUUCCCAUCAUCCCUGACCACUGGUCCUGCUAGCUAGGGAUCAUGGGAGUUGUAGGCCAAAAACAUCUGGAGGGCCGAGCUUGAGGAAGCCUGUUCUAAAGGGCCAUACUGCAACAUAGCUUUCCCUAGGGUGUUAUUUGUCAACAGUUUUAUCUCUUUGUGUUUUCAGACCAUAUAAAGGAGAGUACCAAAGAAGAUCACCCCCAGGAUUGUCCACAGGCUGUGGAAAAUCUCAGCAGCCAGCACAGAACGAUCCCCUCUUCCAGCUCAAAUGAGCUAAGUGACAGUAUGGUAUCUGAACCCCAAACAUCGGAAACUGAGCAGUCAGCAAUUCCUCACCAAGUGGAAGGCAGCAUGGAUAAGCUGCUGUCUGCCACUGCUGGUGACAAUUAUGAUGUUACUGCUUCCGAUUCUUCUGCUUGGCCAGAGUCUUUAGAGGCAGAGACCCAGGCUGACGAAACUCACUUAUCUUCAUAUAUACCCCACCCAACAUCUGGCAUUGCGGAGCAAAGUAUGCCCACUGAGGCCUUUGUGCCCAGACCAACCACCUGCCACAUCCCGACCCCUGAGGAAGCAGAUAACACGAUGAGCACAGAACAGGCCAGUGCUUUGGCUCAGACCCCUGGACAAGAAGGCGCCCCCUUCGCAUCCAAUCUGGAGUCAGACAGUGAGGGCCCCCCUAAGAUGGACUUUGUCGACAACAACAUCAAAACUCUGGAUGAGAAGCUGCGGACGCUUCUGUAUCAGGAACACAGCUUGUCGGGCACUUCCCCUGAGAGCCAGAAAGACACACAAAGUGCCGUGGAGUCUCCAUUUUCCUCGUCUGCUGAAGAAACUCUUCCUGGCCCAGUUCUUGAUGCACCAGACUCCCCCCAAGAGACCCAGCAAAGCCCCACCAAGCUUUCAGACCCCCAGGCUAUGCUGAUCCCAUCUGCAAGUCAUCCAGACAGUUUGCCAGUGCUGAGGAGGGAGCCCAGUGCUAUCACCUCUGCUCCCAGUGAUCUCUGUACGCAUGUGAGUACUGACAGGGAGAUUGGCUGGGGUUGAAAUCUUUUCUUCCUGCAACAAGAAAUCUAUAGCUAUGCUAGAUGGCUGUACAAACCCAUUUGCUAGCUUAAUGGGUGCUGGCAAGUGAGAGGUAAGUUUCCUUUUCAGGCAUACUAUCCCAACAUUUUGUCCUGGAUCAGUUUUAUUAGAGUGCUUGAUGAAUAUCUGGUAUCUGGGAGUUACCAGUGCUGGGAGAGGCACAGGGUGGGAGUUAGAUGAUAUUUUUACAGCAACAGUUUGUCUAUAUUAAUAAAGAACUGAACUUUACUAGGCCCUACUUGGGCUAAGAAUUGGAAAUGUCCUACUUGGAGAAAGGCAUUGUAAAAUUGUUGAGCAGUUACAUAUAACCUCCUAACCUGUCAUUGGCUAUUUUAACCUGACAAAUUGAUCUUUUUUAAAAAUAGGCACUUCAUUGAGCUUGGAGAUUUGAAUGUGCAACCCUCAGCAAGAAAGCAAUCUCUAAAACAGAGAUAGCUAACCAGGAGCCCUGCAGAUGUUGUUGGACUCCCAGCUCCCACCAACCCCAGCCAGGAUGGCCAGUGGUCCAGAUGAUGGGCGUUGGUAGUCCAACAAUACGUUGGCUACCCCUGCUCUUAAAAUAUUUAAGGUUCGCCUUGUAUAGUGCAAGACUCCCCCUUGCCAUUAUUCAGACACCACUUUCUUCUGUCCCUUCCCCACCCACUUCUUUUGUUCAGGAGAUGUCCCCGGAGGCUUCAUUUCCUGAGAACCCUGUGGCCUGUCCUGCUUCAGCAUCAAGUGGUGGAGCUGUGCACCUGCAUGCAGGAGGUGGAUAUUUUGGCCUAAGCUUUACUUGCCCUAGUCUCAAAAACCCUAUUAGCAAGAAAUCCUGGACUCGCAAAUUAAAAAGCUGGGCAUACAGGCUACGGCAGACCAGCUUUUUCAAGAAAUCAAAAGUCCGGCAAGGUAGUGUGCUUACAGUCAGGGAUCUAGACUAGGUAACAUCUGUUUUGAUUUUUUUAAGUAUGGUUGUUUUAUUUUCUCUCUCCCCCCUUUUUUAGCAUUUCCUGCCUUUUCCAUUUAUACAUUUUUGCUCCUUUACUCAUUUGUGUAACAUUUCACCCACCACCACUUUGUUUUCCAGUUUGAUUAACCAGUUUUUUCAUUCCACAUAGAAGUGUAGGUCUUUAGAUACAAAAAAUAAAAUAAAAAGCCUACAUGUAUAAUAGAAUCAUUCUUUUUAUAAUGCAAUGUUGCUUUUUAGUAUUAUCAGGGUCCCAGCUUUGCCUGACUGUGUUCUUUUUCUUUGUGUUUGUUUUCGACAAAAAUAAAAUAAAUUACACAACAGAGGAGAUGACUGGCGAUGUUGCUCCUGAUUGGAUUUCUCUCUCUGAGCAUGCAACAGUGCAGAAUAAAGCACCCGGUCAAUCUGUGGCUGGAUCAUUCCAGCGAGGCCGAUUUCAGGUGCGUAUAAUGUAAUCCACAAAACCAUGUAAAUCCAAAUAUGCAUGCAAUGAUUGUCUUACUUCCGCUGUUUGUUUUCAUUACUACCUUGCUUUGCUCAAAAGAGCUCAAGGGUGGGGGACUGUCUUCAGACUAAUGGCCACAUUCCCAUCUGGACAACCUUCUGGGAGAGUGUGUGACAGUGACAGAGGCAAAAUGAAGGCAAAAUUUACCAUUGCCCCACCAACUCUUUUGAUAUGUUGACUAUUAGGCAUACCUCCUGGACCAGGUUUUGCUGGCAUUUCCCCAUAUUUGGAUUUUUAUUUUAUUUUUUGCAGCUGGUGUAGGUUUGAGCCAUCUUAUUUUAACUAGAUAAAGCAUUUGAUUUAAUCUGAAGUUUGAACUAUGGCUUUGUUGGAGAUUUGCAUUCUGGCUGUGGCUUGUUCGUUGCAUUAAAGCAGUAAAGGGCUUGGAUAAUUGGUCUAAAGUUAUGAUGCGCCAAUUAUGAGUUAUAUAAUGCAUGUUCAGUCCACUAUUUCAUUUAUUGUGAAAAUCACAAUUUCAGCUUUUGCCAAGUUUAUCUAUAGUUCGCAUUUAUGAAACAAAUCUUUGUCACAGCUUCAUAUUGUGACUCAACUCUUACUCUUGGAGGUAUAAAACUUCAAGGAAUGGGAGGUAUCAAAUUGGAGCCACCUAGUGGCAAGAAACAAAUACUAGAAUAAGGAGAGAUCAUUUUUACUGAACUUUCCAGGGACAUAGUUGGUCGCUGCUCAGAGCUAAUCUUUUGCUGUAAACCCUCCAGAUGUGAGAGGUUUUAAAGGACUGUGAGCUGACUCUUCUGAAAGGAAGAGGCUGGUACUAUUGCAAGCUUUGCUAAGCUGAUUCAUGAAGAGUAAAGAAGCUGUUGUCAUCUUAGUUUUUAUCACUGCUUUGAGCUGAGCUAAGUGAGCUAAAAUCCCUACUUGACAUGGGUCUUUCUUUCCAUCUACUCUUGUUCAGUUUGCUGAGUGGAUAUGAGAAACAUCUCCCCACCCACAAACCCACACAUCAGUCAGAGCAUCACUGUGGAGCAAGCCAUGUAUUUUACAAAGAACAAUGUUUUCCGUUGAAGGUCACCCCAUAAACAGAGUGCACAGGCUAUUUGACAAAGCAGCCAGUUUUUCAUGCUGUUGUUUCUUUCUUUUUUCUUUUUUGUAAUUGGAUUAAAUACUUUUAUUUUUACUACAUCUCAGAUCUGUGAGGGGGGAAGCCUUUACCCAAAUAGACAAAUUGAGGUCCAAAUUUUCCUGAGUUGCAGCUUGAACCAAAAGUUGUGUAAAUGAAGAUAACUCCUACAACUUUCUAGCAGGGAGGAAAGAAUGGCAGAUUGCCUAAGCCAGUCAGGACCCUGGGAAAUCCCCAAUAGCCCUGCUGGCUGAGUUUUGGAAAGCGGUGUCUCAGCAGAGAGCUAGGACCAUCUGAAGCCUAAAGUAGGCUGGCAAGGUAGUUGGCCUCAACUACCUUGAUGACCUAAAAGGCCUCGUCCUAUUCUGCAAGCAUUGAUUCCUGUGCCAUGGAAGGGAUAUCAAUAUUAUUGGAGGCUCAUUGUUUGAGGAAGGUUGAGAGCUCCGUUGUUGGGCCAGAAGAGCCCAGGGAGAGAUGCUGAGGGCCCCUCUAAGUAGAGCAGCAUGUAUUAUUUCCUCAUCAGUAUCUUUCUCAGUGUAGUGCAAGAGCCUGGGAUUGGGGUCAUGAUACCAAGAAAGCAUUGGGUCAUAUAGACAUUGGUCAACAGAGAUCUGAAGACUUUGAUGAGGAUGGGGGGGGGAUUAUGCAAGGUUGAGUUGGUUGCUCUUUAGGUGGGAAGGCACAUUGCCUGAAUGGCACACCCUGCGGGACAAUUGUGUAUACACCAAACUGAGUCUGGACACUUAGCAGUCAUAAAAAGUAUAUUCAAUACAAAAUGCAGUUACUGGGAGGAAAAACCUUGUAUACUUUCUAGAGCAACAGGAGAAUACCUUUGCAGCUAUGGUCUGGCAGUUUUUACUUUGAAACCAGUGCUCCCAGUGCUACAAUGAUACAUAUUGUGGGGAAGAUAUUGGGGAGGAUGCUAAAACCUUCCUGAAGCUAUUCCUUACUGAAAACUGAGGGUCCUCUGUGUACAUGUUACCCAGGGAUUGGGGAGGAACAAUCUUCACGCAUGAAUCAAGCAUGUUACAGCACUGUACUAGAGAUUAAAAAAGGAGCUGUUCUUCACAUUCUCUGGCCUCAGUCACCCUUAGGCUCAAAGGAAGUCAUAAAGGAGGUGGAGGCACUGCUUGGGGUGGGAUCAUUUCCCACUCUACAACCUUUCAGGCUGCAAGGUCUUGCCAGACUCCUUGGACUCAGAUGACACAUGCCCAGUACAGUCCUCACCGUUGCACAAUGUAGGAGGCAAAGGCUGCAGAAUUGGGCAGUGGCCUUUUGAGAACACUGGCUGUUCCUCAGAGGGAGUGUGAACAAUACCAGAUCAGCCAGCCUCUGCACUCUGCUGAGGCAACAGUUCUCCUUGUGUGUAAAUGCGAGCACAUGAGCCAGCACCAUCUGUGGUGCUCUGUCCAGGGUCCUGAAAACCCCCUGACUUGCCUGUUGUGACUCUCUGCUACCAGUAAGUGUGUCUGCUACAGUCAGCUUCCCCUGAGCCUUGAGCUGUGUUCUUGCAAUACGUGUGGCUUGCAACAGGUAUCAUACUCAGCCUACCAGAGAGGUAACCUCCCAAAUCAGGGUACAUGAAUAUUUAGAAGCUUUGGAACCUACAUUUGGGAGUAUGAAAAGUGCUGAGGAACUUAUCUAUAGAUUUCAUAGCAACAUGCAAAGGUGAUGAGAGGAACUGUCUGCCUACCUGCAGUGACUAGAGAAAAUCCUGCAACAAGCGGUCUCAGAGGUGGCAUGAUGCUUGACCAGAUGGGUCAAGGGAGUGUUGUCCUAAUACUAGAGGGGACUCUCUAUGAUAAACAGUUCUUAGUAAAAAAUUGUCUGAAAGAGGAGUUACCAGUGCCUAUGGGUUCUUUUCAGAUAAUGAAAAGGGCUGUGUCUGUUGCUCCAUCUCUCUGCAGUAAUUCUUCAUGCACUAUAAGUAUUUUGCAUUCUUAUAGUGUAUCUUUCCUGGUGAACCGUAUGUAGGUCUGUAUCAUGUAGCUCCCUGUGCUUUAAAUUGCUGUACGUUUUCCCCCUGUCUGUCUCUCACUCUCUCUGUUCCCCCAUCAAUGUAUUGCAGUCCUUAUAAAACCACUCAGUUUUGUCUUGACUGGAAAGUUUUGCUGCAGUUGCUAUAGGAUCUCCUAGCAGGCCUUUGCAAGGCAUAUUAAUGCAUAUUAAUUCAAAGUAGUUUUUAAAGAAAUCUAUGAAGCUGAUUAUUGACAGUUUUCUUAGUGUAUCUGGUAUUUUCUCUUUGAAGUCCUCUCUUCAUAGAUAUUUAAUACAUGGGGUGAGGGGAGUUUAUUCUUUGUUUGGUGUGGUCUUUUUAGCAGUAGGGUCAGCUGACAUUUAUGUCCCUGUAGUCCAGGUCUCUCUUGGCAUGACAUGAUACACUGUUUCCCCCUUUUUCUGAAUGGAAGAUAAGAAUUUGCUCUCCUAUUUAGGUCAUGUAAGUCAAAGCUUUUGUGUGCAUUUAGUAGCUAACAUACAUAAAACCUUUUUAUUUGUGCAAGGUGUGGUUGAACAUUAAAAAAAAAUGCAAUAUUUUUAAUAUUUCAUAUUUUAAAUCUAUUUUAAAUGAUAUUGUUAUAAAUGUAUCUUGUUCCUGGGUUAAGCAUUUGGAGAUAAAGUAGGUUAAAAAUCCAACUAAGGAAAUGAAACCCCAGGAAUCCUGGCUCUUUGCAACCCCUGCUCAUUCCUCGUCGACUCUUAACUACAAUCUGAGGCCCAGUAGUACAAGUGUGUCAUGUUGAAGACACCAAAGUGGGAGCUGCCGCCUGGGCUUGCAGUUGUAAAAAAAAUACUCCUUGGGGACCAAAUCCUGCCCAUUUUUCUGCCCCACACUAGGUCAACUUUUCUAUAAAAGGGAACCUACUCAGCUGACGUUUUUCUCUGCCUCUCUCUUUCUCUGUGUGUGCUUCAGGUCAUCACAGUGCCACAGGCUUCAGGUGGUUCAGAAAGUGAACCCUGUGAGAUGCCUCCUUCCUCAGAACCUGGUCCAGAAGAAGAGUCUCCCAGAAAAGGAGAAAUUGCUAUGUUGGCUGGUGCCAUGGGUGAAACAGACGCAUCCCCUACCACCCCUGAGCAGCGGGACCUGGAGGAGAAGUCUGCUAUCGCUAGCAGGAUGCAGUCCUUCUCAGAGCCAUGGGCCAAAGGGAGUUUUGUGCGGAAGCAGCCUAGCUCUGACAGUGAACUUUCUGCCCCCAUGGGUGGUAGCCUGGAGGGCUGGGAGCGAAGCCAGCAGUCACAAGAGGAGAGGGAUGGCACCCACGUAAAGAGGCGCAGUUCACUCUUUUACUCCCCCUCUUCCCCAAUGAGCAGCGAUGAUGAGUCUGAGAUUGAAGAUGAGGACCUGAAGGUGGAGCUGCAGCGUUUGCGGGAGAAGUAAGGGCACUAAAAUGGGGCCUUGUAACGUAUUCGUCAAGGUUCUCAUUAUAACGAGGGACCGAAAUGUGGAAAGGGUGGAGCAGAGUAAGACUUUCUUUGUGCUCCAUUACAUUCAUUUUUUGAUUUUGAAGUUAGAUAAUAUCACAAAGCUUCGGUAAGUCUGGGUCUGCUACUUCCAGAUGAUUCUGCCACUAUUUAGCAAGCCAGAUUGGAUGGCUAUUUGAUGAAGGAAUUCUCAGGUGAUCUGUCAUACAACCAAUCAAUGUAACUGAAUCUACAUAAAUUUUCAUAUGAAGGAAAUUUAUUCUGAAGGGGGGGGGAUCGUUAUUUCUUCUUCUUUUUAGAUUAUGUAUAAUUGCAUCAUAGUAGUCUUAAUCUUAGAAGUGGCCUUCCCUUCUGGGUGAGAGAAGGAGCAAUGCCUCUUCUAAGAAGGAACUUUCAGCCACAGAGUUGUAAGUACUUACCUUACAAAUAAUUACCUUACAAAAUAUUUUGCCUGGUUAGCAAAGGGCAGCUUUUUAAUCAAGCAAAAAAGUUAAUUAAUACAUCAGUCUAGGUGACUCUAUUAAACACUGCAGCCCUUACUAUAGAUGUGUGAUAUAUUAAGUAGAAGUAGGGCAGAGCAACCUUAUCCUCUAGUACCCUAGGGAGACAGGGAAGCUGCCACUAUACUGGCACAACAUUUGCCAUAUCCAACCCUUGCCCAUCACAGAAGGUGGGUGGGGGACACAUGGCUCUGAAAAGAGUAGGGUGGAGCAGCAGCAGCUCCACCCCCAGGAGCCAUGGCAACGCCACCUGCACUUGAACAUUUAAUUGUGGCCAAUGUGGCGAAGUCACGGAAAUGCCCUAUGGCCACCAGACAGAGCCAACUGACUCAUGCUGACAUAGGGGCACCCCUGCUACACCCCUGACCCACCCGCAACAUGCAAUCUGCCAAAUAUACAAUGAUGCUCCAGCACCUUCUGCUGUGUGAGUGGCCAAGAGCCGCAGGCAUCCCUGAACAGAGGAGUCCAGUUCCUCUUACACUGCACACUGCUGACAAGUACUGUUUUUCUUCACAACACAAAAGAAAGGAAAGGAAAGGAAAGAGAAGCCAUAUAACACAACACCCGAACUGCUGCCUUGGGAGAAUGCCUGCAAAGGGACGAGAAUUCCAGGCCACCAAAGGGGAAAAAGAGCAUUUUGCCACUUGGGGAAAGGGAAGGAGCAGGAUAGGCCCAAGAGGGGCCAUAGCCACACAUUGACAGCAGCAGCCUCCAGUAACUCAAGUGUAGGGAACAUGGUUGGGAAACGAGAGAUGCAAGAGCAAGCCCCAACAAGGGGAAUAUGAGCCCCAUGCACUUUUAGUAUGCCUGAGCCAGCAAUAGUCAUCGCAGAGGCAAAAGACAGGGAGCUCGUGCACAUGAACCCACACUGGAGACGCCACAGAACAGUUCCCUAACUAUUUAGCCAUAGUAGCAAACAGGAAGCAGAUACCUUAUGGAACAUUUGCUUCCCUCAGUUUCAAGACAUGCUGGAUUGAGACACGUCAAAGAAGCGAUUCAGUUAAAUGCGUUGCAAACUCAUACAGGGAAAUCCGGUAGGGAAAGUCAGGACUCCACAGCGCCAUCUGGUGUCACAGUGUCAGAUUGCAUAUACAACGCAUAUAAAAUGCUUUUUCUUUACCAGUCUAUCUGAGUCCAUAGUCAUAUAUACCAGGAACACAUGGGCUGCAGGAAAACCCCUCGCCUGUGGAGCAGCUUAAGUUUCACAUGCUGUGUGUCCCAGGUCUCAAUAAAGAGUACAAUCCAAUGCUACAAAUGGGGGGGGGGGGCAGACUUAGGAACUGCUGAGCCAAUCAAGAGGAGCACUGCAUGGGCCAAGAAGUCCUUUUGGCCCACCCCUCCCAGAGCAACCCAUGUGAGUGAGGAGAAAGUAAAGGAGCUCCUAACCCUGAGCCUUAGCACAAUCAAAGUCUCUGCCUGUUCCCUGGGCUGAAAGUCUCACAGCUGGUCCAUCACCCUUUGCCUGCAUCUAGUGGCUGCUGAGGUGGGUAUAGAGUAAGCCAGGGCUUGGCUUUGUCCUAAGGCUUUGUCCUCUUCCUCUUCUGUGUAGACACAUUCAGGAGGUAGUGAGCCUUCAGGCUCAACAGAACAGGGAGCUGCAGGAGUUGUAUGAGCGGCUGCGUUCCAUCAAAGAUAGCAGGUCAGAAUCCUCUGACAUCUCCCUGCAACUGUCGUCUCCACGCCGGCCCAAGUCUUUCAAAAGCAAGCUGCGUAGCAGGCCACAGUCUCUGUCGCAUGUUGACAAUGGCAUCGUUUCUCCCGGUAAGAGAUGGGAGUGGGAGGUGGUUCAGAAUAUGGGUGUAGGGAAUUGUUAAAACUGAAGGGUUCCUUAAUGUAGAAGAAAAGUCCCAAGUUCACAAAUGCAUGAAAGAGUCCGGUUCACAAGAUAAGUUUUCCUUUCCACUUUGCAUUCUUUGCCAUGGGAAUUCUAUAUUAUUUCGUUGUUGGCUCAUUACAUGUGAUGCAGCAAAAGUCUAGAGAGCUUCCCCAUUGCCACUUUCCUUUGUUAUGUUUUGCCCUGGUGAGCUGAACUUUUCAAAAAUCUCUUGACAAUAGUCGCUAGUUGGGUGCCCAAAUCCCUGAGACAACUUUAUAAAUAUUACCCUUGGAUACAGAUCCAUUCAUUUGUCAUCUUCUCCAUUCCCACCCCAUAGUUUUGUUACCUCUAAUCAUGUGCCUCCCCCCCAACUUUCCUUCGCUUUACAGAAUGCUGUUGUGCUACCACUGCUGCCUCUGUGAUAGACUAUCAGUUGAGUAUUCAGGCCCAUUUGCUGCACCAGAGCUGUUCACAAGCAGAGACUAGCCAAGGUAUUUGCACAUUCCAUGCUUCUCUUCUGAAAUGCCAAUGCUUUAUAUUUAAUAUCUUCCUGUUGGUAGAUGACACCACCACUCCAUUGUAGGUCUGUGGAUUGCAGGUGUAUAUUUUGCAGACUAAUAAUUUUUACAUUUCUGCAACUUCACCAUGCAAACACAGAAUCUGAUAGCUAGCAUUGUGGGGUGUGUGUGUGUGUGUGUGUGUGUGAGAGAGAGAGAGAGAGAGAGAGAGAGAGAGAAAUAUAGUGUGUGUAAAAACAAGUUUCUAGCUGCCAUGACUGAGAGGCAAUUCAUAUUUUAUACAGUGCUUUUGGUACACCAGUGUUUGCCGUAAACAUCUAGGGUUUGAAAAGGGGAUACAUACUUCAGUACAUGUUAUAGAGGCAUUGCAGGAGAUCACAAACUUCUGUGGCUUCCAAUCUUCGCAUGUUUGGGGGAUGCACCUCUUCCCACUUCACUUGUUUCUGCUCAUCCUGUCAAACAAUAUAGUGUUGAUGCUGUGUAAAUGGUGAAGCUGAGAAUCUGGGAAAUAAGAAGGCAGUAACACAGCUUUACUUUACCUUUAAAACACAUUUUUCUUCUCAAAAAAAUCUCAGCUUGUUUAAUGGCUGCUGUCAAUUGUAACUGUCAGGGGUAAACUACAGUGUCAGAAUUAUUUGGGGGGGGGAAAUGUGCUUUAAAGGUUUAAUGUAUUCAGAAGCCCUGAAACUGGAGCCUGUGGACAAACCUUCCCACCAUUGGGUAGGACUGACCUACCUAGCUCCCUCUUUCACAACCAGCUACAAUUUCCUGCUCUAAACUUUAUGGCCAGGCCACCUAACCUAAAUCCCCUUGUUUUCCCCUCCCCCUGCUCCUCCUGUCAUUGAUGUAAAAGCAAAUCUAAAUUAAACGGCAACCUACAUUUGGAGAUAAAAUAAAAUAAGCUUAUAUAUGCAAAUCUGUUGAAGUGGCAAGGCUUACUCAGAGUGCAAAUCUGAUUUUCUUUGCUACGGAAAUACCUUUUGAAGUUCAACACCACGGUCCUGCCUCUCAUGAUCGCUCUUCCCCUUGCCCAGUGGCAUCACAUGGGUAGGGCCAGAGGGGCAGUGUCCUCGAGUGCAUUGGGGCAGGCAUUUUGCUCCUCACCGUCCUGCCAGCCCAGCGCCGCUUUGCGAUGCCGCAGGACUGUGGGAGGAAGACGCAACAGACAGGUGCGCUUCCCUGUUCGGGUUGCAUGCCUGUUGCAUCCUCCUCAUGCUAGGGGCAAACGAAGGCGUGUGACACCUGGGGCAGGGCGUCGCUACGUAGGGUGCAUGUGCGGCGUCACUACGUACGAUGCAUGCGCUGCACAUAGCGACACCGCACAUGCGCUGUACAUAGUGGUUUGUCGGCGCCGCUGCUCCAGCACCAUAUGGACAGUGCCAGGAUCCUCUACUUGCGGCUGCAGUUGCGAACGGAAGAUCCUCUACACGCGUUACGUACAGCGCAUGCAUGCGACGCCGCAAAUAUGCUGUACAUAGCGGUUUGCCGCCGACACCAGAAUCCUCUGCUCGCGGCUGCAGCAAAGGCACCCGCGGGGUGCCUUCUUGUCACCCCCCCGACAUGGCACCUGGGGCGCAACGCCCCCCCCGGUUGCGACACCAUUGCUUCACGCAGCACUGCAGCAUCGCUAAGCGGCGCAGAGCUGGAAGGCAGAGUGCGCCCUUAGGGUAUAUGUGCGUUGCGCCCUCCAAGGGCUGCAGGUGGCAGGGGCGCAGCGCAGCCCUACUUGGUGGCAGGGGGAGGGCACUCCAGCGGCAUUAGUGGUGUGGGCUGGGUGAGGUCUCUGUUCACCCCCCCACGCACGCUACACUCUGGGGCACAUGUACCCACACCAGCCACAUAAUCUACGCUGCUUCCCUCCCUAGUGGGAAGAGACCCAAACGGCACAUCCCAUUUUCACGGAUUGUUUCUGCAUUCUGUAAUGUGCUUUAAAAUAUUUCCCACUCCCUUAGACCAGCUCUGCAUUGUCAGCAGCACUGCUUCUUGUCAGCAGACGACGGCCAGUAAGAAAGGGAUGUUCACAGAUGACUUGCACAAACUGGUGGACGACUGGACAAAAGAAAAGGUGGGGAACUCCCUUAUCAAGCCAAGUCUCAACCAGAUCAAACAGAACAAGCAUCGGCUGGACUCCGACAGCUGGAGCAAAGUAUAUGAGGUGAGGGGGGUGGGAUUUCAUAAAAUAAAGUUCACAAGGGUGAACUUGUGCAAGCUGAGAUACCUUAGCUAUUGUCCUGCUGGGGGUGACCUUGCCCCCCCCCACUUAAUCAUUUUCACAACCCAGGCAUUAUGGGGAGGCACCUGUUUUUCUCUAGCUAUUACAAUAUGUGUAAUAGCUGGAGUCCAUGUGAACUCAGGGUUGUCACCUCUUCAGGGAGGGGAGGAGAGAGGGUUGAUCCUAGGUUUAAUCUCCAAGACUUCACUCAGGACUAGUGGAGUGGAUCUAAACCAAAGAGUUAUAGAAGCUCCCCCCCCCUUGAAUUAAUGGACCUGGGAAGCCACAGAAGGACGGACAGAUGGAGGAAUGGGGACACAGGCACCACAUCAGUUCUAGGAUGCAGAACUGGGAGCAGGUGUCUAAAAAGAGUAGCUUCUCCCUAGAAAAUCUUAUAAGGCUUGGAAAAAAGAUAAAGAUCUGAAAGGAACAUCCUUGCUGCCCACCACAUGCCAGAAUUUGUUCUUAAGUGUGUCUACCCACCAAGUCUUAGAGUCUCUACAACAGUUGGAAACGUUACCAUCUUGAGAGCCAUCUCCAGUUCAGUUAGACUGGAAAAAUCCAGGCUUUUAGUUUUCAUGGUGAUCAUGAGGAUUUAUUUAUUAUAUUUGUCUCCUGCCUUUCCUUUAAGGAGCUCGGCAGAGUUCAGACUGCUCUCAUUAUUUUAUCCUCAGAACAACACUGUGUAAUAAGUUCAGCUGAGAUAUGAUGAUUGACCCAGUGCCGCUCAGUUAACUUUAUUACUGUUUGAGGAUUUGAACCUGGGUCUCCUUAGUCCUCAUUUGACUUCUUCGCCACUGGCAGGGUUGAGUUGUUUCACUUCCUACAUUUCAAUCCUCUCCUGUGCUCCUUUGUUAGGAAGAUACAACAAAAGGUACAGAAUCAAUUGAAGCAAUGACUUCCUCUCAUUUUAAGUAGUACCUUAAGUAGCCUCUUUCCCUAUGAACCUACCCAGACCCUGAAAUCAUCUUCUGAAGCCUUUCAUCGUGUGCCUCCUCCAUAAGAGGUCCAGAGGGUGGCAACAUGAGAACGGGCCUUUUCUGCAGUGGCUCCCCAUUUGUUUUUCCCCCCAAAUUUUUUUAUUAGUUUUCCACAAAAUUUUUAAACACACAAAUAAACAAAAAAACAUAAAUCCUAGCCUUAUUAAAACUAAUCUUAUUAACAUUGUUAAGCGACUUCCUUGUAUCCCGUUGGUUGAAUUUCAGUGUGUAUCAGUUUAACAGUUUUUCAAAACCUAUAUUCUCAUAAAAUUAACUUAAUCACUUAACAUCUUUCUUUCUUUCCCAAUCUAAAUUUCAAUUUUAUCACAUUACAUGUUUAAAUCCUAAGCCUAUCUGGUAUUUGCAAGUUUUCCAAUUAAUUUAACUUAAGAUAUUUAACUAAAUAAUCUUUAAAUUUCGUCCAUUCUUCCUGGUAAUCCUCCUCCUUCUGGUCACGGACUCUUCCAGUCAGGUCAGCUAGCUCCAAAAAAUCCAUCAUCUUCAUCUGCCAGUGUGGCUCCCCAUUUGAGGAAUGCUUUUCCCAUGGAGGUUUGGCUGGCACCUUCAUUAUACACCUUUCCUUUUUAACCAGGCCUUUGGCUGAUUGACAUGCCCUUUUAAAAUGUGGGGGGCGGGGUGGUUAUUGGGUUGUUUUUGUUUCUAUAAUGUAUUUUCUGUUUUUAUAUUGUGAUUUUAAGUUGUGACCGCCUUCAGACCUGCAGGUAUAGGGCAGUAUACAAAUUUUAAUAAUACUAAUAAUCAUAAUCAUCAUAAUAAUUUUUUCUUGUUUCUUUUGUUUUUAAAGACGACAACAUCUACAGUGGGCUACACGUCCACAUGGAUUUCCUCGCUUUCCCAGAUCCGAGGGACCGUACCAGCUGCUUUGCCCCAAGGACUUCCCCUGUCCCCCUUUACCGGCACACUAUCGCCAUAUGGAGUACCCCACGUAUGCCAGUAUAACACCAUGACAGGGACAACUUACCCAGUGCAAUGGGUGGGCAUUUCAGGGACAGCCCAGCAGUCUGUUGUUGUCCCUGCCCAGCCUGUGGGACCAUUUCAGCCAGGGAUAAGCAUGCCAGCCUUUCCAGCAUCACCUGUGCAAAACCCAGCUCCCAUCCCCCCAAGUCCCAAAUGAAGGCGGACGGCUAAAAGGAUGAUAGAUAUGGGGACUGUGCCUAUAACUCAUGAUUCCAUUCCUCUGCCUUGCAUUCUGCGGCCUGGAUUUUGGGGUGAAUUCCCCAGAGCAGCAAUGUGGUGGGAGAUUGCCUUUGCAUUCUCUUAUUUGAAUACUUGAUAUAAUAUUCUUUGGGGGGAUUUUUUUUAUAUCAUACUUGAGAGAGCUUUGGCCUGUGCAUCUCAUUGUUCCUGAGAUGGACAGCAUGCCCAUGUGCUGCUUAUUAAUGACCCUUCCCUGUCAUUCUGGCCCCAGGUCCCUUGAGUUUUUGAGGCUGAUAGCAACCCUUUUUAAAUUGUUCACAUACUGGCAUUUGAGUUAAUUUAUUGAAGGAGUGGGAGCAGCAGGGAAAGUAACAAUUUGGAUCCUCUUUUAAUUUUACAUUUCUGUGUGGUUUCAUUGGCAGCUUUCAUUGACGGGGGGACGGGGGACGGAUUUUAUUUGCAGAAAGAUUUGCUGUCACUGAAUCCUGUCUUAAAUUCUCCCCUCUCCUACCCCAAGUGACAGGCCUUUUACAGUUGGAGGACCAGUGAAGGAAGAGACACAAAUGCCACCUAUUGCCUGUUACUGAAAGGCUUGUAGUUGUUCUUGAGCAAUUUAGUACAGCUGUUUAUAUAAUGGCAGCUCAAUCCUCAUACGCACAUGACAUUUGGGGCUGUUGGCCUAAACUUAGUACUUGAGUUUGGGGGAUGUAGCUUUUUAAAAAUUUAUUUUGCAGUUAGUUUGUUGUAGUGGAGAGGAAGCUGCAGAAAGGGUGGGAACAGAGUGGGAAAUAGCCAAACGGUAUUUAAAAACAUCUCCCAUCUCACCCCUUUGCCUCUCUUUUAUGAUCCAUACUUCACAGUUUUAAGGACUGAAACAGGUUGGAACAGGUGCACAGAGUUUUGCAUUGGAACAGGUGCACAGAGUUUUGCAUUGAGUUGACUGCCUUACAGUGGAUUUGAAUGGAUAGAUGCUCCUACUUUUGAUUAGUGUUGUCUCUUGCAGCAUAAAACACCUAAGUGGUUGCUGUGCUUUGAUCACCUACCGCCAAGAUUAAGAAGUCCCAUCUUUACGGAGAACUUUUGAAAAUUGAGUAGGUUGUACAUGCAUUUAUGAUGGCAAGAAAGUAGUGCCAGGGUCCACUGUGACAGGCUUUCUGGUUUUCUGACUUAAAGAGAAAAAUGUGCCUGUUCAAAAAUAGCAAGAGAUCUAAAACUAUUUUGAAUAGGUUACAUGCAUGAAAGUCCAUUGCCUGCUGGAGUCUUGUACCUCACAUAACCCCUUGAUUUUAUAAACUAUAUUUCAGCUGCCCUAUAAGGACCAUGCUUGCAAGUUGAUCUCUGCAGGAGACUAAGUCAGUUACAUUGACCUAAUUGGGCCAAGGGCAACGCAACAUUGCACUAUAGUUUAAACUAUGGUUUAGCCUACAUGAAUACCUUGCUCUUCCCCCAUCACUGACUGUGGAGCCAGGAAAUAAGGCGAAGGCUGGUUUAUCAUGAUGUGACAUGUGAAUCCUCACUUAUGGUUUUUUUCUGCCCAGAGAAUAGAAGCCAAGGUUUAUUCUUGGCUUACCACAUGAUUUAUCUGCAGGAAACAAACCACAAACUGAAUUCACACAUCACAACAAGCCAGACUCUGGCUUGUUUCCUUCCUUGCAUGAUAUAGCCCUGUGUUUUAAACCAUAGUUUAUUUUAAACUAUUAUUUAAUGUUACAUGCGAACUGGGCCAUAGACUAUGGAGGUCUUAAUUUACUGAGUCUUAAGACUAUAAGACUUAUAGUCUUAAACUUUUUUCAAGGUAAUAUUUCAUGUAGCAGUUGAUUCUUUUGGACCCCAGAAUCCUUGAAAUAUAUUCCUGAUGCACACCUUGACCUGUUUUCUCCCUUGACAUACCUGGACUGAUAUGUCAGGGAACUGAUAUUUCAAGCUCUGGUUCACUUUGAGUUAACAAAGUUAAAUGUUUGUCUUCAGAGUGCUGUAAGAGAUUUGCAAUGCUGUUGAACAUGGAAGCUGGCUUGCUUUGCUGAUGAAUAUUUAGAGAAUGAAGAGGAGGGAGGCUGUAUCUCUCUACAGUAAAGUUAUUUGGACUAGAUAAAUCCUGUUUAAAAUGAUGGGAUUAAAUAAAUCAGAGUACUUUGGUUUGGGCCUACCUGUAAUCCCACCCCCUUUUUUGGAGUAGCUGCAGAGACAAGCUACUUGUUUGAACUUAGCCUCUCAAAGGGACACUUGAAGCUCAAGUGAAUUUGGGAGCCUCUGGAAGUUUUGUGGCUUUCCUUCCCUCCCCACCAUGAACAAAAGAUCCUGUUUCCCAUGCAUUAUGCAGCCUCCUUGUUCUGCCUGCAAAGAUUUGCAGUGCCUUGUGAUAGAUAAUCUUUAGUAUCUUUUCAGAUUUUUACUGGAAAGUCAAAAAAAGUAGUUCUAGUCUUUUGAAGUUUGAUGAUGUUUAAACAGCGCAUUGCUGCAUCUCUCAUUAGGAUCUGCAGCAGCUGAAUUAUAUAUACUUUGGGGUGGGGGUUCAGUUUGAAGAACUGAGAGAACAGUGUUAUGUAUUUUUUCUUUGUUUUUUGCAAAAUAGAAACACAAUCCUGUUUGGUUUUUUAAAAAAAUGUUCCCCUGCUAUCUCUUUUAAAACAGACACUUUGACUACAAAUACAUGUUUUCUAGUUAGGAUAACUUGUAGGAAAGCAUGGAAUUGUGUGCUGUAUUUGAAAACUGUUGCCAAGUUAGCCGACUUGAAAGCCUUGAAAACACAAAUCUGCUAGGAAGUGGUAGAGGGCCUUAUUCCCCCCAGCAAUUGUGUGUGCCUUGGGUACACCAGUGGUAUACCAGUGUUUUUGGUGGCAGACGUGCACAGUGCAAAUGGCAAGCAUGUGUCCUUGAACACUGGUGUUCAUGUGUCAGGGUUCCAUUGGUCCAAUCAAGGUUUCCUGCUUAUUGUUGUAAAUCUCACGUUGUGUCUUGUGCAUUGAGCCAUCUGACCAUUCCGUGCUGUUCGGAGCUCCCAGAGCCAUUGCUUCACAUUUGACAAUAGGGGGCUCCCUUUUGCAAAUCCUGACAUGGUUUGUUCGUCUGUCUCACUUCUGAUAAUGGAAUGAAAAUGGUGGUCAUGAAGUAACCUAUGUUCGCCAGUGCUUACACCACUGUCUGUGGCAUUAAAAGCUAGGAUGGAAUUAAGGAUUACGUAGGGUGAGUGGUUGCUGCCCCAAAGAACCGCCACCCCUCUCCUCCAUAACCUCUGGCAAAGGAACAUGUGAUGUGACAUCAUUGUGCUCACAUAUUCUUCUUGUAGAGUAUGUGGGGCUACUGUUUUCAGCGGCAGCCAUGUGUACUUUGUAACAUCUGGUUUCCUGCCAUAUGUGGCCAGAAAUCAGAGGAUAAGUCCAUACCAGGGUGUGAUGGAGCCAUUGUUGCCCUUAAGUGUGCGUGAUUUUUUCCCCUGCCCCACAAUUCUUUGGUUAAACGUGUGUUUGUGGGAUUUUGAAACAUAACCAAAGCCUGUUUGACCAUCGGUGACAGUAGAGGGGGUGGCGAAUCAGUGCACAGUGAUGCUUCUUCUCACAUCACCUAACUUCGGAGGAAAUAAAGACAAACUUGACCUGACUCCCAUCUCUGCAGCUGGGGAGACCAGAGUGAACCACAGUCUAGAAAAUGGAGAGAGGCACUGAAAUGUACGUUUGACAAAACAGGAAAAAUAUUUGGUAUGUUUUAUAUGUUGGGUUUUGAAUCUCUACAUUUAAUGCAAACAUUUACUAUCCAGUCCCCCCCCCCCCUUCCUUCUUACAUUUUGCUGUUCUUUCAAACCUGAAUCCUGACAAGGAUCAAACUGUGAAUUUGGUUUUGGGUUUUAAAAGGCACUUUUUCUGCUGUGAUGCUUUGAGACUAAGCUUGUAUGAUAUUAAUGGAAUGUAUCAUUUUAAUAACUGGGUGGAUUUUUCAGUUGUAUUCCAGCUGAGUUGCUUUUCCAUGUUACAUUUCAAGUUUCAUUUUCUUAUCUACCUCAUUUGUUAGUGCUGUUUCAGUCUAGGCUGUGAACUAAACUACCAUUCCUGUAUAUUUCUUGUCUAUUUUAAAUUUGAGAUGGUGUUUUUACACACAUGACUCUUCACUCCCCCCCAGCCCAUUUCCCUGUUUGUAAUUUGGCACUAGCCACUCAAGCUGUUUACUGUUUUAAGGAGGAUAUUUAACUUUCACAAGGAAGACUUUAGAGAUUUAUUCAUCACAUUGAGUUAAACUUAUAGCGACAUGUGAAUGAAGAGAACAAGUCCAUGCAUUGUCUACUGUAUGUUGCAACUGGUUGUGGCAGCUUAGCAAAGUGUGUGACCCACUGCCUCAUUAGUCUUCCAUUUGACAAUGGGAAAAAUUAGUGCAAAAAGCUUGCUUUGUUUAGGAAGGAAUUCUUCCUUUGUAUAUGCAUUGAAUUAUUGCUGACAAUUAAACUACUGAGGGCGGUGCCAACAUAAUGCUCCUGAUCUCUUAACCAUGGUCAAGGGAUCCACAGCAGAAUGUGCAAUUGCACUCCCAUCUUCAGUCUGUACUUUUUGGGGUGCAAAUUCCUCCCACCCUCCCCUUCUGCUGGCCUGACUCACAGUUAUAGUUUGCGUUGGCCCCAAUCUCAACAGUGGUUAAUGUUAAAACAAGGGUGUGCUGUUUCCCAGCUAAAGCCAAAUUUCUGGUUAAAAGCAAACCCCCUUGUAUUAGUCACAGCUAAGCUUUGUACCGACAUUGGGUUGGAUCCAGAGUUUUUGUUCAGUUGAUGGUAAGACUUCCAGUGGGAACAGGGAGGGAAGCAAUUUCCAGCUACUGCCUCACCCCCCUGCAGCCCCCCAAAAUCUGCUGUGGCCUCCCAAUCCUCUGGAGCAGCGUUAGGAUGGGAGUUGGGGGACUGCAGGGGGAAUCACAGAAAACGGAUUGCCUCCCUAUUGCACUGACAGAAAGAAGCCUAACCAUCAACUGCGUGACUCUGCUGGAUGCAACCUGUUACCUUUAACUGUGAUUAAGACCGAUGUGGAGGGAACACACGGUCUCAUCCCACAGCUUGAUGCCUUAACCAAGUUUAAAGUGUUGGGAGUGUUAGAUUGGCAUAGGCUCUGAACAAGGUGUGCAGGGUACCUUUGGAAGGCAGGGGCCUUCUGUUGCAUUUAGGCAAUAAAAUGAUACAUUCCUGGUUAUUUUGAAUUCUGAAACCCAGCAACACUGUUAUUGUAAGUGCUGUCAUUUUUGUAGGCUGUACCUCUUUAAAGGUGAAUUGUAUGAUUUCAAAGUUGCUUCAGUUAAUCAACUGAAGUCCAGUUUAGUAUCUCUCCUGGAAUGUUGUUGUGGUUUUUUUUUUUUUGGUUUUUUUUUGCAAGGGGGGGAAGGGUUGUGUAUUUUUUAUACUUAUACAGCAAUUAGAUGGUGGAACGGCAAAACUGAUUCUGUAAGGAGUCACUAUACAGACUUGGGUCAUUCCCUGCCUCCUGGUUGUCUUCAAAAACUAUUCUUCUUAGUAAAUAUUUAUGGUGUCUAUAUUCCACCCCACACCUAUAAUUUAUUCACAUUUUAUUCUAUCAGAAGCUAUAACUGUGAGCAGUGUAGUACAAUAAAAUUGGUUCACCAAACCAAAUUCUACCCCUUGCAUGUGAACAGUUGUUCACAAGGGCCUGGUACAACUGAUGGGAUGCUAUUCUGCCCCUGCCCCCUCUAGAGCCCUGAGAAUAAAAUGCUGCUGAGGCAUUAUGCAUUUUCUACUUACUACCUUGCAGCUCUCAUUGAAGCUAAUGGAACUGAUCCAGCUUAAACCAGCAAUGAUUAUCGCAUAUAGUAUGUAAGAACAAAUCCCCUCCUUUUUAAAAAUCACCAUUUAUCUUAUUCUUUUGGGGUGGGGAAGGAGUUGGUUUCCAAUGAAAAAAAAAAUCUUUAAAAGGCCACGCAUGAAUUUAUAAACUGUCUGCUAAAGGAGGCCUUACUUGUAUCCUCCCGCAUAAAAUGCUUCCUUGACAGGAUGUAUUUCUUAUGUAGAGACAAUCUCCAUGUAGAAAAAUGUGGAAUAUGGCCAUGGGCAACCUCUUUGCUGCAAGCCAGUAGAAAGCAUGACUUUGGAAGCCAGUGCCUGUAAGAACCUGUAUACUUGCCAUAUACUUCACAUAUGAUGAUGGACAAUGCUUUUCCUACAGUGAGAUUACCUGUAUGUAGGAAAAAAUAUUAUGCAUGAAGUAGCCCUUAGUGAUGGUGCAGAAAGUGCAGAAAGUCCUGUGGAGCACGUUGUGGCCUGUUAUGCUUCAACCAACCCCUUGUAGGGCACUUGUUAUAUAUAAAGCUCUUUUUUCUCACUUCCAUCUGACAGAAGGAAGAAGAUGGUGGCUGCAGAGGAGGGAAAAAGAGGUGUCCCUGUCCUGUCAAGUAGCAAGGAAAACACUUUUUAUUGGAAUCUGUGGUAAAAUAUAUCCGAGUUGUACCACAGAUAUGCAAGCACAAAUAUACAUAAAUUGUUGGAAGAAAAUGCAAAAGAGUAAGGCUUUAAUUCUCCCUUCCAGGGCCAUAGAUUUAAUUUGCAAGACUAGGAACAAACUUCUGUUUUUGUAUUUUCAAAGCAUCCUAGAAGGGUGUUGUUUUGGUUCAUUUAUGCCUUAGAGAACUCCUAACCAUACAUUUUGGCAGCCAUUUUGGAAGUGCAAUUGUCUUUGAGGUUCCUAAUGCAGCUUCAAACAAGCAAACAAAAGACCUCUCAGUUAAAACUACUAUAUUCUAUUUAAAAAAGGUCUUUCAUUCUGUUUUUUGUUUUUGUUUUUGCUAGAGAUUGCUGAGGAGCAUGCAGGCCUACUAAAACAGCAUGAUAAAUUCAGGUAUAUGCUGUGAAUAAAUGUCUCCUUAGAUUUCCAUACUUGCUAACAACUUCUGAAUUUCAGAAAUAUUUUUUAUGUAUGUGAAUUAUACUUUAAUGUAGCAUCUUAGGACUUAUUUUUUAAAAACCCUUUCUUUACUUUUUUACAUUAAGGCUGAGAUUUUUAUGGCUGCAUAGAGGAUGCAGGUGACCGGUUCAUUGUUAACAGGGAUGAGGCAUCCCAUUCAGUUUUUGAAAAAUCAUAGCCCAGAACUUUAUGGUAGAAAACGAAUGUCUUUUAUCAGCAGUUGUUUCCAUGUGUUUUUUAAUUAUUUUUGCAAGCUGUGAGUUGACUUCAUUUGUACACAACCAUUAACAAAUAUUUUUUUAAACUGUUAUAAAGGAAAAUAAAGGCUGUGUUGAAAAAAACCCC